AAUCUCCUGCAGUUGGUGAGGGACGGCUGCAGAUCCCUCCCCAGCCUGUCUCAGAUUACACCACUUGCGAAGGGGUUCAUGCAGGAUGAGCGCCUGCCAAGGAUUCCUCAAAUACCUCCUGGAGGUAAAAAAAGAAAUGGAACUGCACUCUGCCCCAGAGCUGAGCAGCAGCCCCAGAGCUGAAGGGCAGCUGACGCCCAGAGCUUUGAGCUCAUCCCAAUGUCUCCAUAGGCAUCCCAGGCCUUGUGGCUGUAGCCCAUUUCUCUGGGCUUCCCCUCUUUUCUCGGCUUCACAAUGUUACUGCAGUAAAAGGGGUGAGAGGAGAUUUCCACCCCAUGGAUCACUCACCAUGUCUAAUGGCUACCGUACUCUGUCUCAGCACCUCAAUGACUUGAAGAAGGAGAACUUCAGCCUCAAGCUGCGCAUCUACUUCUUGGAGGAGCGCAUGCAGCAGAAGUAUGAGGCCAGCGGGGAGGACGUCCACAGACGGGUGAGCAAACAGCCCUGCAGGGCCUGGGGACUGCAGAGUCUGAGUUCGUUUGGCCCUGGAGGCAGAGCUGGGCAAGAGUUUUCUAUACUACUUAACUGAAGAAAAGUCACUUCAUGGAGCUAACAACGCUUCAGUGCUGGCAGUUCUGCCAUGGUGUCACUUAGAAGUUGGGCUCUGGCUGGAGUCUGUCCUUCUGACAGGAGUCGUCUGGGGUUCACUGCUAGUUAUCACUGCCUGGAGGAGGGUUUUGAAAUAUGGGGGGUGUGGGGAGCCUCGUGGAAAACACGAGAAGAGGUGAGAAAUUUGCACGUACCCUCCAUAGAUAGCUGUUGAACCUGCAGAGUUUGUGUUUUUUCACUUUGGGAACAAACUGCAGCACUAAGUAUAAUAGUCUUUUAUGUUCUGCUUGGUAAUUCAAUCAGACAACUUUGUUAAUGUGCACCAAACUUAGAAUUCUGAAAACAUGAGCAUUGGAGAAUAAAAUACACAUACAGGGUGACAGAUAAAAUACUGUGUGACAACAGAACAGAAUGUAUAGCAUCGAAAUAUAAAAAUGCAGUAUCUGGGCAACUGAAACUCAUCUUGUGAGGAUAAUAGUUGCAAGCAGAUGGGUUUCUCUAAAAGAUUUGUUUGUGGAAGGUGCUUGAUUUAUGGAUUUUUGGGGGUUCCUGGCUAAUGGGUCAAUUCCGUCUGCAUGAGCGGAUGCUGAAAGAAAGUUUGGACAUUGGAAUGUAUCCAAAGGAGAGGAAAGUGUGACUUUUGGUUGUUGGUCAGAAAUAUCAGAGGAGGAAGGAUUUGAAGGGUCUGCUGCUGCUUUGGGGAAUGGGAUACUGCCGUACAGAGAAGUACUCCUACUUGUCACCCAUAUAUUUGUGAAACAGCAAGUGUUUCAAAAAUUAUAUCUGUUUCCUUUUUUCAAAAAAAUUAUUAUUACAUUUUCAAUUUUUGUAAUCACAAUAUCCAUACAUACAUCAAUAAACUCAAACCUCGCUCUUACCAGAGCAUCGACCUCCUCCCACCCCUCUUCCGGACUUCCAUAUAUAUUUACUUUAAUCUUAGCAUUUCUAUAACCACUUUUUUACCUUCUCUAAUUUUUAUAUUUCCCCUUGUUAAAUGUAAAUCAGUUCCUUAUAUUGUCAUUACAAAACAUUUCAACUCAAAGCUAGAAACGUUUUCAGAUGUUUACAAUAUUCUUUCAUAUAUAAUAUAAAUUUGCUCCAAUCCUUUUGAAACAGUUCGUCGUGCUGAUUCCGGAUCUUCCCUGUCAGCUUUGCUAACUCAACGUAUUCCACCAUCUUACUCCGCCAUUCUUCCAAUGUUGGAAUCUCCUGUGAUUUCCAUUUCUGAGCCAAAAGUAUCCUUGCAGCCGUUGUGGCAUACAUAAAAAUAUUCACAUCUUUAAAAAAAAAUUUCAUCUCCAAUUAGACCUAGCAAAAAUAACUCUGGUUUUUUACUGAAAUUAUAUUUAAAGAUCUUUUUUAAUUCAUUGUAAAUUAUGUCCCAAUAAGUUUUCACCUCAGUACACGUCCACCACAUAUGGAGGAAAUUCCUCUCCUCCUUACAUUUCCAACAAUUUUUAUCUUGAUUUCUAUACAUUUUUGCAAGUUUGGCUGGUGUCAUGUACCAUCGAUACAUCAUCUUCAAUCAGUUUUUUUUGAGUGACAUACACGCUGCAAAUUUAAUUGUUUUGGUCCAUAAUUUUUCCCAUUUUUCAAAAUCAAUAUUAUGUCCCAGAUCCUGGGCUCAUUUAAUCAUAACACUUUUUACCUCCUCAUCCUUUGUGUGCCACUCCAGUAAUAGCUUAUAUAUUUUUGACAGUAUUUUCCUUUUACUACUCAGCAUUUCAGUCUCUAUUUUUGAUUUUGUGCUACCAAACCCAGUUCUUUUGCUAUCUUCUCUGAAUACAUCCUGCAAUUGGUGAUACUGCAACCAAUCAGUUAGUUUUUCUCUCAGUUCUUCAAAUGGCUUUACCUUUAGUUUAUUAUCCAUUUCGAUUAACAGGUCUUUGUAUGUUGCCCAUUCACUUCCCAUGUUUUUCUUUUUUACUGCAAAGGCUUCCAAUGGAGAAAGCCACCAUGGCGUUUUGCAUUCUAACAAUGUUUUGUAUCUACUCCAAACCUCGUAUAAUGAUUUCCUAAUAGGUAAAGGUAAAGGGACUCGUGGCCAUUAGGUCCAGUCAUGACUGACUCUGGGGUUGCGGCACUAGUCUCACUUUAUUGGCCGAGGGAGCCGGCGUACAGCUUCCAGGUCAUGUGGCCAGCAUGACUAAGCCGCUUCUGGCGAACCAGAGCAUGAACCUUUCGUACUGCUAGGUUGGCAGCAGCUGGGACCGAGCAACGAGAGCUCACCCCGUUGUGAGGAUUCGAACCGCCGAGCUUCUGAUUGGGAAGUCCUAGGCUCUGUGGUUUAACCCACAGCGCCAAUAGUGUGAUUUAAAAAACCUCUAUGUAUUUUAACCUUAUCAUACCACAAAUACGCGUCAAAUCCCUCUAAAUCCAAUACAUCUGUAUUAUCCAAUGUUAUCCAAUCUCUCAACCAGCAAAAACAAGAUGCCUCAUAAUAAACUUUUAGGUCCAUUUCCAGUACUUUCCCCCAACCCUGUAAACUUCUCUACUGCUCAGAGAAGAGGGGAAUAUGCAACAAUAUUUUUAAACGGUGGUUUUCAAACUGUGUUUGAAGGAAGACUUGGUGGUUCUCUGAAGUUUGCCAGGGUUUUCUCAGAGUGAGUGUCAGAAAUGGUGGGAAGCUUAUCUGAAAAGCAGCUUGCUGACCACUAUCAACCUUCUUUUGCAAUGUGCAGCUGCAGGAGAAUGUGAUGACUUUCUAGUGCACACACUCCAUUUGUUUGGUGUGGCGGCAAGGGCCAGGGAGCCUUGCCAGUGCUCUGGGUUAACCAAGGGUGUACCCUAGCCUACAACAUACCCCCAAUCUUCUGCCAUGUGCUGUGAUUCCUCAGCAGAAGAGUCAACAGGAAAAAAUUCCUUGGAGGUGGAAAACUUUAAAAACCAGCAUUUAGAGCAACUUAGUCAGGCAUGUCACCAGACUCUAAGGGAGUGGUGUUUGACUUACUCACUACCCACAAAAGGGUGUUCACUCAAAGCAAGUGUACAUAUCUGUUUAGUUUGCCAGAGAACUUGAUAGAAAUGGAUGUGGAAAGUUGUAAUGGAAUGAAGGCGGUGCAUGAGAGAAGCCUGUGGAGACGUGUCAGAUGUUGUGGGGGAUUCGCACUCUUCAGACGGAGAUGGAGCCUGGUUGGAGGCAGCUUGAAAGUGCCAUAUAUUAUUCCAUCUCAGAAACUUUGCAGGCAGUAAAUUGGAGAAUAGGUUGGGACCCUCUGCCCUCUGAAUCAAACCAAACGACACUUAAACCUAAGAUUGCAUUCACGGUGCUCUACUAGUUCUAGUCCCAACAGGGGUGCAAUGAGGACCAGAGCUUGGGGCCAAAAUCUGCCUGGCACCUGGCCUCUGGACCACCACAAGGAGGACAAGUCUCACCAGGGCAGAGGAGGCUGGUUUUCACAGCAUCCUUUCUUUCAUUUCAGUUUUUUAAGUAUCUUACAGCAAGGAGGCAGUUAGCUAGGCACAUACAGGGUGACAGAUACGCAGGGACUUUGGAAAACAAAGCCAGCUAUGGAGGUCAAAUUCCAAUGUCAAAAUGGAGCUAACAUUUUGAAAAUAUGCUUAAUGGCACUCUUUAAGAGGCCCAGGUAGCACCUGUUGUGAUUCAUGAAGCAGUAAAUAGAAAUACAAGUAGAAUGUCUUAUUAAGAGCAGGGCUGUAGCUAGGGGGUGGUGAGGUGGGCCCCUGCCAGGGGUGCAGGCGAGGCCCCCCCCCCAAACUAACGACUUAAAAAUAUGUCCAUAAAUAUACCUAAAAAUAAAAAUAUCAAUUAUUGCCUCAUAAGAAAAGGUUUUAAAUAGAGGGUGAAUUGAAUGGGUGGGGGUUAGAGGAGAGGCGGAAAGAAGAGUUAAUUUGUCAGUGACUGGGGAGGGGCGCAAUCUGUGCGGUUCUGCCAGGGGCGCAAGAUCACCCAGCUACGACUCUGACUAAGAGACUUACCAAGGCAAAGUGGAAGGGGAGACAGGAUAUUGCCUGGUUUUUUCCUAUAUUGACGCAGUUUGAUAGGUGCCAGUUAUGGUCCCUUCGUGUAUGACAAUUAAUUCAAGUGAAAUGUUGACAGCUGACUGCUGGACUUAUAGUAUAAUUCCCCAUCUUUAAGAAAAGUGGCUGGGAUAGCUGCCCACAAGCUGACCCAGUAAGUCUUCUUGAUGUCCCCUCAACACAUGGAUGGAAGAGAAGCAGGUUCUAUCCCCAUGAAAGCUGACUUUCACAAGGGACAUAGCACAAUUGACCCCUCUUUUGUUUUUUAAUUAUCUUAUUUAUAAAAACCUGCAUGUCACAUGUGUUGGUCUUUCAUCUGCCUUUGACUCCAUUGACUGUGAAGAGAUCCAAGAUUUAGAACCUCAAAGCCAAAGUGAGAGCAUUUGGGUCAAAAUUAAGGGAGAGAAGAAUAACAGUGACCUCAUUGUGGGAGUUUACUAUAGAUCCCCAAGCCAAACGGAGGACAUAGAUGAUGCCUUCCUGGAACAGAUGGCCAAGCAUGCAAAAGGAAGGGAGAUAGUAGUAAUGGGGGACUUCAAUUACCCGGAUAUUUGUUGGAUGUCAAACUCAGCCAAGAGCAUAAGGUCAAACAGAUUCCUCACUGGCCUUGCAGACAACUUCAUUGUCCAGAAAGUGGGAGAAGCAACAAGAGGAACAGCCAUUUUAGAUCUGGUCCUAACCAAUGUUGAUGACCUGGUUAGUGGGGUAGAAGUGGAAGGAUCAUUAGGCGCGAGUGAUCAUGCUCUUCUGAAGUUUACUAUACAGUGGAAAGGAGCAGCCAAGCAUACUAGGACUCAAUUUCUUGACUUUAAGAAAGCCGACUUCAUCAAACUUAGGGAAGUGCUGGGUGAGAUCCCAUGGACAGUAAUACUAAAAGGAAAGGGAGUUCAUGAUGGCUGGGAGUUUGUUAAGAGGGAGAUAGUAAAAGCACAACUUCAGGCAAUACCAAUGAGACGGAAACAUGGAAGGUGCCUAAAGAAGCCAGGGUGGCUAUCUAAAGAACUUUUAACUGAGUUAGGAUUAAAAAAGGAUGUGUACAAAAAAUGGAAAAGGGGGGAACCACCAAAGAGGAAUUCAAACAAAUAGCCAGCACGUGUAGACACAAAGUCAGAAAAGCUAAAGCACAGAAUGAACUCAGGCUUGCUAGAGAGGUUAAAAGCAACAAAAAAGGCUUUUAUGGGUAUGUUCGUAGCAAAAGGAAGAACAAAGAAACAGUGGGGUCACUCAGAGGAGAAGAUGGUGAAAUGCAAACAGGGGACACAGAAAGGGCUGAACUCCUCAAUGCCUUCUUUGCCUCAGUCUUCUCCGAUAAAGAAAACAAUGCCCGACCUGAAGAAUUUGGAGCAAAUGAUUCAGCAGAGGAAACACAGCCCAGAAUAACUAAGGAGAUAGUACAAGAAUACUUGGCUAGUUUAGAUGUAUUCAAGUCUCCAGGGCCAGAUGAACUGCAUCCAAGAGUAUUAAAAGAACUGGCAGAUGUGAUCUCAGAACCACUGGCAGUCAUCUUUGAGAAUUCCUGGAGAACAGGCGAAGUCCCGGCAGACUGGAGGAGGGCAAAUGUUGUCCCUAUUUUCAAAAGGGGAAAAGAGAGGACCCAAAUAAUUACCGCCCAGUCAGUCUGACAUCAAUACCAGGGAAGAUUCUGGAGCAGAUCAUUAAGCAAACAGUCUGUGAGCACCUAGAAAGGAAUGCUGUGAUCACCAAUAGUCAGCAUGGAUUUCUGAAAAAUAAGUCAUGUCAGACUAACCUGAUCUCGUUUUUGACAGAAUUACAAGCCUGGUAGAUGAAGGAACGCAGUGGAUGUAGCCUACCUUGAUUUCAGCAAGGCAUUUGACAAGGUGCCCCAUGAUAUUUUUGUAAAGAAGCUGGUAAAAUGCGGUCUUGACUAUGCUACCACUCAGUGGAUUUGUAACUGGCUGACUGACCGAACCCAAAGGGUGCUCAUCAAUGGUUCCUCUUCAUCCUGGAGAAGAGUGACUAGUGGGGUGCCACAGGGUUCUGUCUUGGGCCCAGUCUUAUUCAACAUCUUUAUCAACGACUUGGAUGAUGGACUCAAGGGCAUCCUGAUCAAAUUUGCAGAUGACACCAAACUGGGAGGGGUGGCUAACACCCCAGAGGACAGGAUCACACUUCAAAACGACCUUGACAGAUUAGAGAACUGGGCCAAAACAAACAAGAUGAAUUUUAACAGGGAGAAAUGUAAAGUAUUGCACUUGGGCAAAAAAAUGAGAGGCACAAAUACAAGAUGGGGACACCUGGCUUGAGAGCAGUACAUGUGAAAAGGAUCUCGGAGUCUUGGUUGACCACAAACUUGACAUGAGCCAACAGGGUGACGCGGCAGCUAAAAGGCCAAUGCAAUUCUGGGCUGCAUCAAUAGGAGUAUAGCAUCUAGAUCAAGGGAAGUAAUAGUGCCACUGUAUUCUGCUCUGGUCAGACCUCACCUGGAGUACUGUGUCCAGUUCUGGGCACCACAGUUCAAGAAGGACACUGACAAACUGGAACGUGUCCAGAGGAGGGCAACCAAAAUGGUCAAAGGCCUGGAAACGAUGCCUUAUGAGGAACGGCUAAGUGAGCUGGGCAUGUUUAGCCUGGAGAAGAGGAGGUUAAGGGGGUGAUAUGAUAGCCAUGUUCAAAUAUAUAAAAGGAUGUCACAUAGAGGAGGGAGAAAGGUUGUUUUCUGCUGCUCCAGAGAAGCGGACACGGAACAAUGGAUCCAAACUACAAGAAAGAAGAAGAUUCCACCUAAACAUUAGGAAGAACUUCCUGACAGUAAGAGCUGUUCGACAGUGGAAUUUGCUGCCAAGGAGUGUGGUGGAGUCUCCUUCUUUGGAGGUCUUUAAGCAGAGGCUUGACAACCAUAUGUCAGGAGUGCUCUGAUGGUGUUUCCUGCUUGGCAGGGGGUUGGACUCGAUGGCCCUUGUGGUCUCCUCCAACUCUAUGAUUCUAUGAUUCUAUGACUGAUAGCAUCUCUGGGGGGGAAACUAUCAGUUACUUCAUUUGACUGCUGCUUCUUAUACAACAACUGUACUUUAAAGUUGAUAUUAAAAUUGGAAGUGGCCUUGUCUUUCAGACUCAAUAUUUAUAUCGAGAGAUGCAAAAAAAGGUUGGACCCACUGAUGAUGAUGAUCCACUUAUUUCUCCAGUAAUAUCAUGCCAGGAUAUUUCUGCUGAAUAUGAGAAUGAAGUUAGGAUUCCUCAUAUUUUCAAGUACUCAGAUAUUUGGACUUCAUAUAUUAAAAUUGGGACACGGGUGGCGCUGUGGUUAAACCUCAGUGCCUAGGACUUGCUGCUCGCAUGGUCGGCGGUUUGAAUCCCUGCAGCGGGGUGCGCUCCCGUCGUUCGGUCCCAGCACCUGCCAACCUAGCAGUUCGAAAGCACCCCCGGGUGCAAGUAGAUAAAUAGGGACCGCUUACCAGCGGGAAGGUAAACGGCGUUCCGUGUGCUGCGCUGGCUCGCCAGAUGCAGCUUGUCACGCUGGCCACGUGACCCGGAAGUGUCUGCUGGCUCCCGGCCUCUAGAGUGAGAUGAGCGCACAACCCUAGAGUCUGGCAAGACUGGCCCGUACGGGCAGGGGUACCUUUACCUUUAUAUUAAAAUUAAAUACAACCAUUAAAGGGCGGCUUGUCUAUUAGAAGCAACUCUUUGGUCCUGCUAGCAGUUCCAUCAACAGCCAAAGUUUACUGUGCAACAGGGCAGAGUAGGGCCUUCUCUGUUAUCACACCGCAUAUGGCAGUCCAUUUGAAUGAACAUGUUGGGAGUCUGGACAGCAAGUCUUGUUCCCCUGAUUCUUUAAGAUAUUGCAGCCCUGGCCCAGGACUGGGAUUCCACAAUAGGGUUAGGCAAUUUAAGACCCUGGACUUAAAGAUUUUGCAGGGCCCCCAGGGCCAGCCCAGUCAUAAGGAUGGCUGAAGCAGCCACCUCAGGUGUCAGAAUCCACAGGGUGAUGUCCCCGCAGGUGCCCCAGCCAGGGUCCUGCAGUGGCUUCUUCCGGUGAGAUCUCAUGGCCAUGGGCAGCACCUCCCUGUUUCGCCUCAAGCAGCAAAAUGGGACUGGACGGGCUGCCCCUGAGGGCUCUCCCUUUAGAUAGUCAUGUGAAUUCCUUUGGUUCCCAAGCACACAAUUAGCAUUCCUCUUCUUCCCCAGUUCACUGCAAUUCCAUGCUUCAGAACGACUUCUACAUAGCUAAAAAUAAAAAAUAGUAUCAUUAUCUUAACCAGAAGGUUCCCAGGGUGGCACACAAUGAAUUAAAAUACAAUACAGCAAUAUUACAUAAAAAUAAUUAACAUAACAGCAGUCCAGCUUCAAAAGAAGCCAGUUUUUAAACCAACCACCUCCAGGCCUGAUGGAAGAAAUGCAUCUUUGCCUGACAUCUAAAAACAGUGAACACGUUCAGUAGUCUCAUCUCCAGUGGGAGGGAGUUCCAGUGAGCAAACCAAGAAGAAUCCCAACAGGUGAGGAAGAGCCAGCCCACAGCAGAGCUGCUCCCCUCCUCAGCUGGAGCAUUUGCGCAAUCGACGGCCUGGGUUAUGGAGGUGGGCGAGGCUCAUGCCACUGCCCAGGAUUGAAGGCCACCUCAAGGAUAGUACCACAUACAAUACAGAACCCAGUUUGACCAGCAGUGCAUGCGAGUGGAGGGCUGUGGGACCUGUGCCAUGGCUUCUUGUACUCCUCGGGUUCCCAGGAGUGUGUUUACUUGGGGCUUUUGUUCAUUGCCAGGACCAGCAAGACUAGCAGGGCUCAGGCUGCCCACCCUGCCCAGGAAGAAUCAGCCCGGACUCUGCAGGAGAAGGAGCUCUGCCUCACUAUCCUUUUAAAGUGUUUGGAGACUCUUAGAGAUAAGGAGAUGUCCAGAUUAUAUAUCUAGACUUGAAAAGGGCUUUUGACAAAGUCUCUCAUCAAAGGCUCCUGAGAAAACCAGCAGUCGUGAAAUAAAAGGACAUGAAUGUGGAUAUGGUGAGGAGUUAUAAGUGCCAUUUUUUUGGCUCUGAAAGGUUGCUAAAGUCCAUCCCUCCUGAUCAGGAACAAAAUAGAGAGAUAAAAGUGGUCAGUAAAUAAUUUGUGCUGAGUUGAAUAGCAUCUUUCAGCUCCCAUGAGCACAAAUGUGGGUGCACACAUGCUGCCUCCCAUAAGUAGCAGAAUAUUCCACAAAUGUGCUUUACCCACAGGGUCACGUAGAUGUGCAUUGUGGGGAUUGGUGGUAUAAACAUCUGUCUGCGUAUCCAUAGCCCUGUAUGAAAGGGGGGGGGCUGGCCAGAGCUCCGUGGCAGAAGGCCUGUUCUGCUUGCGGUGUCCUCGGGUCCAUCAGGCCUCCAUCAUCUCUGGUUAGAACAAUCUCGGGGGGAGAGCCUGGAAGAGACCCGAGGUGCUCGUGAGCUACCACCAACCAGAGCAGAAAAUACUAGGCUUGAUGGACCCAUCUUCUGACUUUGUACAAACACAUUCAUACUAAGAACUUGGAGCUAAGAGGUUUACAGUCAGUGCACUGCAAGAGAAAUGUCACCCUGGUGUUGACAGGUGCCCUCAAAAUUGUGAAAAGCAAGUGCAGGCAGCUGACAUGUCACAGAACUGCCAGCCAAUAGCUUCUUCUCAGAGAGGGAAGUUAUAAAUAGCCUGGUUACUGGGUGAAAUGAUUGCGAGGUUUGUUCUGCUUCUUGCUGUGGGAGGGAGAACAAGUGAGGCAGCAGAACUGGCAGGGCCUUAUCAGACAGGGUGGCUUUGCAGCAGGAAAAGAGAGGGGAGAACCUAAAGUGCCACUUUUGGUUUGUCAAACAUUUGCCAACUGCUCCCUUGCUGUACCAAACCUGUCACAAACUCACAUCAGAGACUGGGAAACAGUUCAGUCAGUAAGGAGUGGCACAUCUAGCAAACUAGAGAGGUGCCCUAAAUAUUGGACGCAGCAUUCUGCUCGGUUUAGAUCUCCUGGCUUUCAAGAGCUGAUGCCAAGCCCCAGGCAGCUGUUAUGCCAGCCAGGGAACAUUGCUGGAGAAAGUAAAUCGCAGUUGCUUGAAAAGCACUCCCAACUUUCUCUCUGACUGGAAAAAUGGAGGCUGUGGCACUAGGAGAGUAGAGCAAACCACAUAGGGAAACUAGUAAUGGCUGGAAAGGUGAUAUUUGAGCCAUCAGCUUCCUAACCCAGGUGUCAUCCACACAGAAGUCCCCUUUAUUUGUGGUGCAUCGCCGGACUGGCAUUUUUUGCCAACGCAACUGCUGCUCAUAGGACACACGCAGCGAAACAUGCCUGGGCUUCCUUUUGUGCCAUGUUUCUAGGAACAGGUCCAGGCUGUAAAGCUCUGUGUCCAAGCACCUCCCCCCCCCUCAGCCAGUGCUUUCCCCACAAAAACCACUCUUUAUUGCUGAAUCAGAGCAAAUGGCAACCCAUGGAAAAACUCCCAUGGCUGUUUGCUCUGAUUCAGCAGUAAAGAGCAGGUUUUCCUGGGGAAAACAGUGGAGGACAAAAAAAGCGCUUGGAAAUGGACUGAGAAAGUGUGGGCCUUUGUCUAGAAAGCCCAGGACAAAAGAUUUGUGUGGAUGCACCCUGAGUCUCCCCUGUUUGUAACACUGUUGCAUGCCACUGCAAUAUGCAAUGAAAAGUGUCAGGGUCUUAAGUAAUGCACACAAAAUCAGGUGGGUGGUGCCUGAAAGGUCACUUUUUAAAAAAAAAUCAUUUACCUGCAUGUGCUCCUCCAUGUCUGCACAGACUAAUCAUGCAAGUUAAUAAAGAGUGUGAUCUCCCCAUUGACUGGCUAAUUCCCCAGAAAUGACCUGUGGGAGAAAUGUUCUGUCUACCAAGGACCCUUUUACUCCACCUUGCCAUUUUGGGGGAACCAGGCUCUUUAUCUCAAUUUAAGUUGAUGGAAAAGAAAGACUUGAUUAGAUCCCCAGCGGUUGGGGUGGGGUGAGAAGCCCCACCAAGAUUUAUUGGGGCAAAAGGCUCCUUGGCAUGUGUUGGGAUUAAUAUACCACCACAGUCAUGUUCCUACCACAGCCGCAAAUUUAAUUCCUCCACCAAAAAAAUGAAAUGCGAAGGUUUGGGAGGAAGGCACAAGUGCAGGUGAACACAACAAGAAGCAGCGUCCACAAAACAUGCAAAAUAUGACCAUCAGGAAAGUAAAAUGGAGGAUAAAACUUCAUUCCUAUAGACUCCAGCUCUUUGAAGUUAAAAGUCAAGGAAGGUGGGGUAAAGGGCACCAAAUUGAUUCUGCAAGAUUGGAACUAUUCCUGUGGUAAUAGUAACAAUUGCACAUCACUCGUUCACAUGAAAAUCCACAGAGAAAGAGAAAUGCAGCCAGUAAAAAGAACUUGGCACAAAAGAAGUACAAAGAACAAUGGAAUAAAUGAGCAAAAGUGGCCGUACAGUGGUACCUCAGGUUACAUACGCUUCAAGUUACAUACGCUUCAGGUUACACACUCCACUAACCCAGAAAUAGUGCUUCAGGUUAAGAACUUUGCUUCAGGAUAAGAACAGAAAUCAGGCUCCAGUAGCACGGCGGCAGCAAGAGGCCCCAUUAGCUAAAGUGGUGCUUCAGGUUAAGAACAGUUUCAGGUUAAGAACGGACCUCCAGAACAAAUUAAGUACUUAACCUGAGGUACCACUGUAUUAUUAUUGGUUGGGCUGUGGGUCAUCAAGUGCUUCAUGAGCAGGCAGGAAACAAUAGUACCAGGAAAAGCGUGGGUUGAACCUGAGGGCACCAGACAAGUCAGAAGAUGGCUGUUGAGCAUGUGGGCGAGGGAUCCAAUUGUGGAUGGGCAGCUCAGAUUCUCUGUCCGAAGCAGAUGAUCUGUGUUCUCUAAAGCAGGCAACUGAAGUCGGGACAUUCUGUUCCAGGAGAGGCAAGCAUCACAUGGGUCUGCUGGCUUCUGGCCAUGCUAUUCACAGGCUACUGAAUAAUACAACUUCUGCUCCUUGGUUUAAAUUGGCACAAGGGGAAUACAAAAGUGGCAAGUGACGCGGGGUUUCAUGGAGCAGCUUGCGUGGGGAUUUGUGGGCAGUUGUGCUGGUGCUUUACCUGCUUGACAGCUGGAACCCCCAGUGGAGCCGCCUGUCUUCAUGCCAUAUUUGCACAAAGAGCAAUUUUAUGUGACCACAGUGACAUGAUGAAUGGAGAGGUGGCAGGGACCCAUGUUGGGUUGAGCAUGGGAUGAAGCAGUCAUGUGCUCUUUGUCAGGAUGUAUCCAGGGGGCAACCUCUGGAACCCCUCCCUGGAUUCAGAAAAUCUCACUACUGGCCAGCUGCCAAUCUCCUCUUCUUGGGCGCUGUUUCUUGGUGGAUUUUUUCUUGGUUAGGGAUUUUGUAAGCAGAGGCUGCAUGGCCAACUCUCAGGGAUGUUUUGAGGGGUGACUUUCCUGUCUUGGCAAUAGGCUGGGCUCCACGACCUUGUUGGUAUGCACUGUGUGUGUGUGUGUGUGUGUGUGUGUGUGUGUGUGUGCAGUUUAUAAACUAAACAAGCUCUAGCUUAGGGCCCCACUCUCUUGGGGGCCACCAAAAAAUUUAAAGGAAAAAAAACCUGGAUGUACAUUUCCAAAAUAUAAGAUAAAAAACAAAUAAAAUAAAACCUACAUACAGCAACAGUGUUUUGUGUUGUGUAGGCUCCUAUAUGUUAUGUGCAAAUGGUUUUAGAUACCUAUUAGGUCCAUAAAUUACCAUAUAGCAUAUAUUCAACACAAAAAACAGCGACAAUCUGUUGUUGACAAAGGACAGCUGGACAUAUAAAGGGCACCAUUACCUUCAGUAGCUUAGGGCCUCAUCAAAUCUAAAUACGGCCGUGUGUGUGUGUCUAUCUGUACUUUAUAAUCUCCUUUAUAUUCCUGCAAACUAAGAGUGGGCUCAAGUCCAUGAACAUUUCUGCCAUCAUAAAUUUGUUAGUCUUUAACAUGCUAUAUAGGACUCUUUGUUGUUUUUACUUGGAAACUCAGGAAUUUAUUUUGAGUACUGGGACUUAAUGGAGCACAAUAAUCCACUCCUGCUUAGCCAAAGCUUUCUUUACUGGACCAGAGGCAGAGGCAUGUUGUUGAUUAUGUUUACAGUAAAAAUAAAAAUAAAAGGGGUAGUCCUUUUAAUUCAAAUGGGAAUCUAGAUUCCGCCCCCCCCCCCCCAAGCCAGAUAGUUAGGUCAUGCAGCUUCUCUUCUUUAAAACAGUUUGGGGCAAUUUUUGAUGGCAUUCUUUCCUUCCCAUUUUGAGAGCGGAAAGUGCAACCAGACUGGCACAUGCCACUCCAGUCUCCACAAGCUUCUAGGGAUUCCGGGCAGGGUUGUGUUUCAAGGCACAGCAAAGAUGAGUGUCUUUAAGAAGUAUGGUUUAAUUGACACAGCUCUACACCUAGAGCCUUCAGUGUUGCCCCUCUCAUAGCUUCAUCCAGCUUGGGUCUAAAGCAGCCUCCAGCCAUGGUCCCUGGUCUCUGGGCGCAGCCUCCCCCAGCCAAUGCUGCAUAUGAGUUCUUAGAAUCAUAGAAUCAUAGAAUCAUAGAGCUGGAAGAGACCACAAGGGCCAUCGAGUCCAACCCCCUGCCAAGCAGGAAACACCAUCAGAGCACUCCUGACAUACGGUUGUCAAGCCUCUGCUUGAAGACCUCCAAAGAAGGAGACUCCACCACACUCCUUGGAAGCAAAUUCCACUGUCGAACAGCUCUUACUGUCAGGAAGUUCUUCCUAAUGUUUAGGUGGAAUCUUCUUUCUUGUAGUUUGGAUCCAUUGCUCCGUGUCCGCUUCUCUGGAGCAGCAGAAAACAACCUUUCUCCCUCCUCUAUGUGACAUGCUUUUAUAUAUUUGAACAUGGCUAUCAUAUCACCCCUUAACCUCCUCUUCUCCAGGCUAAACAUGCCCAGCUCCCUUAGCCGUUCCUCAUAAGGCAUCGUUUCCAGGCCUUUGACCAUUUUGGUUGCCCUCCUCUGGACACGUUCCAGUUUGUCAGUGUCCUUCUUGAACUGUGGUGCCCAGAACUGGACACAGUACUCCAGGUGAGGUCUGACCAGGGCAGAAUACAGUGGCACUAUUACUUCCCUUGAUCUAGAUGCUAUACUCCUAUUGAUGAGGCCCAGAAUUGCAUUGGCUUUUUUAGCUGCCGCGUCACCCUGUUGGCUCAUGUCAAGUUUGUGGUCAACCAAGACUCCUAGAUCCUUUUCACAUGUACUGCUCUCAAGCCAGGUGUCCCCCAUCUUGUAUUUGUGCCUCUCAUUUUUUAUGCCCAAGUGCAAUACUUUACAUUUCUCCCUGUUCAAAUUCAUCUUGUUUGUUUUGGCCCAGUUCUCUAAUCUGUCAAGGUCAUUUUGAAGUGUGAUCCUGUCCUCUGGGGUGUUAGCCACCCCUCCCAGUUUGGUGUCAUCUGCAAAUUUGAUCAGGAUGCCCUUGAGUCCAUCAUCCAAGUCGUUGAUAAGGAUGUUGAAUAAGACCGGGCCCAAGACAGAACCCUGUGGCACCCCACUAGUCACUCUUCUCCAGGAUGAAGAGGAACCAUUGAUGAGCACCCUUUGGGUUCGGUCAGUCAGCCAGUUACAAAUCCACUGAGUGGUAGCAUAGUCAAGACCGCAUUUUACCAGCUUCUUUACAAGAAUAUCAUGGGGCACCUUGUCAAAUGCCUUGCUGAAAUCAAGGUAGGCUACAUCCACUGCAUUCCCUUCAUCUACCAGGCUUGUAAUUCUGUCAAAAACGAGAUCAGGUUAGUCUGACAUGACUUAUUUUUCAGAAAUCCAUGCUGACUAUUGGUGAUCACAGCAUUCCUUUCUAGGUGCUCACAGACUGUUUGCUUAAUGAUCUGCUCCAGAAUCUUCCCUGGUAUUGAUGUCAGACUGACUGGGCGGUAAUUAUUUGGGUCCUCUCUUUUCCCUUUUUGAAAAUAGGGACAACAUUUGCCCUCCUCCAGUCUGCCGGGACUUCGCCUGUUCUCCAGGAAUUCUCAAAGAUGACUGCCAGUGGUUCUGAGAUCACAUCUGCCAGUUCUUUUAAUACUCUUGGAUGCAGUUCAUCUGGCCCUGGAGACUUGAAUACAUCUAAACUAGCCAAGUAUUCUUGUACUAUCUCCUUAGUUAUUCUGGGCUGUGUUUCCUCUGCUGAAUCAUUUGCUCCAGAUUCUUCAGGUCGGGCAUUGUUUUCUUUAUCGGAGAAGACUGAGGCAAAGAAGGCAUUGAGGAGUUCAGCCCUUUCUGUGUCCCCUGUUUGCAUUUCACCAUCUUCUCCUCUGAGUGACCCCACUGUUUCUUUGUUCUUCCUUUUGCUACGAACAUACCCAUAAAAGCCUUUUUUGUUGCUUUUAACCUCUCUAGCAAGCCUGAGUUCAUUCUGUGCUUUAGCUUUUCUGACUUUGUGUCUACACGUGCUGGCUAUUUGUUUGAAUUCCUCUUUGGUGGUUUCCCCUUUUCCAUUUUUGUACACAUCCUUUUUAAUCUUAACUCAGUUAAAAGUUCUUUAGAUAGCCACCCUGGCUUCUUUAGGCACCUUCCAUGUUUCCAUCUCAUUGGUAUUGCCUGACGUUGUGCUUUUAGUAUCUCCCUCUUAACAAACUCCCAGCCAUCAUGAACUCCCUUUCCUUUUAGUAUUACUGUCCAUGGGAUCUCACCCAGCACUUCCCUAAGUUUGAUGAAGUCGGCUUUCUUAAAGUCAAGAAAUUGAGUCCUAGUAUGCUUGGCUGCUCCUUUCCGCUGUAUAGUAAACUUCAGAAGAGCAUGAUCACUCGCGCCUAAUGAUCCUUCCACUUCUACCCCACUAACCAGGUCAUCCACAUUGGUUAGGACCAGAUCUAAAAUGGCUGUUCCUCUUGUUGCUUCUCCCACUUUCUGGACAAUGAAGUUGUCUGCAAGGCCAGUGAGGAAUCUGUUUGACCUUAUGCUCUCAGCUGAGUUUGACAUCCAACAAAUAUCUGGGUAAUUGAAGUCCCCCAUUACUACUAUCUCCCUUCUUUUUGCAUGCUUGGCCAUCUGUUCCAGGAAGGCAUCAUCUAUGUCCUCCGUUUGGCUUGGGGAUCUAUAGUAAACUCCCACAAUGAGGUCACUGUUAUUCUUCUCCCUUAAUUUUGACCCAAAUGCUCUCACUUUGGCUUUGAGGUUCUAAAUCUUGGAUCUCUUCACAGGUAUACACAUCCCUGACAUAUACCGCCACUCCUCCUCCUUUCUUGUCUGGUCUGUUUCUCUGAAAUAGAUUGUAUCCCUCCAUUAUUACAUUCCAAUCGUGGGACUUAUCCCACCAGGUUUCAGUGAUGCCUAUUAUGUCAUAUUUAGUUUGCUGUACCAAGAGCUCAAGCUCAUCUUGUUUAUUUCCCAUGCUUUGCGCAUUAGUGUACAGACAUUGAAGUCCAUUAAUCAUUCCCCCGUGUCUCUUAUUUAAGGAUUUUUUCCUCCCACCACUAGAUCUGCGUGCUGUUUGCUCCAUUUGGUCUAUGACAUUUGGAUGAUCAUCUUCAUCAAUUGAUAGACUCCUACCUUCAGGAGCACUGUCUCCCUCCCCCACAUUAGUCAGUUUAAAGCCCUCCUGAUGAGGUUUCUGAGAUUUUUGGCAAAAACAUUUCUCCCAACCGUUGUGAGGUGCAGCCCAUCGCUUGCCAGAAGUCCAUCUUCAAGAAACUGCAGUCCGUGAUCUAAGAAUCCAAACCGUUCCUGUUUACACCAUUUGCGAAGCCAGCUGUUCACUUCCACUAUUUCCCUCUCUCCCUGGGCCACGUCGUUCAACUGGGAGGACAGAUGAGAUGACAAUUUGUGCAUUUAAUUGCUUCAAUUUCCUGCCCAGAGCCUCGUAGUCUCUUUUGAUCUUCUGGAGGCUAUUGCUUGCAGUGUCAUUGGUUCCCACAUGAACCAAGAGGAAGGGGUAUUUGUCAGUGGGUUUUAUGAUUCCUUGCAGUCGUUCAGUUACAUCUUGGAUCUUAGCCCCAGGGAGACAGCACACUUCCCGAGACAUCUUGUCAGGCCCACAGAUCACUGCUUCUGUUCCCCUCAGUAGGGAAUCCCCUAUCACCACUACACGCCUCCUCUUAGGUUUGUUCGGGGUCCUUCCGUGAGCUGUCCGUUCCAAGGUCGCCUGCACAUUCCCUGAGGACUGACUUUGCUGCUCGUCUUCAUAUACCUGAUCGACUGUAAUGAGGGAGAGAUCCUCAAAUGGAGUCUGCUCUUCGUCUUCCUUGCUAGGGGAGAGGACCUCAAAGCGAUUGUGUAUUUCUAAACAAUCAGAGCGAACCCUGGGCCUCCUACUUCUUUGAGUCACGUUUCUCCAUAUAUCUGGCUCCUGUGUUGGUGAACUAGCCUCCUUCUCAGGGGAGUCCCCUGUCACCUCCUUGGUGGAGACGGUGUGCUCUGUUGCUUCCAAGAAGAGCUCCAGCUCUCUAAUUCUUUGGAGUGUAGCUACACGUUCCUCCAGUUGCUGGACUUUGUCUUUUAAGAGGGCAAUCAACAUGCAAUUGCUGCAGGUAAAGCUGCCUGCAACCUUUGGCAAGAUGGCAAACAUUGCGCAGGAACCACAGGCGACUGCAGCUGUUCCCUCCCCCUCCAUCUUGAGAACGUGUCGUUCGGGGUGGCUACAGUGGUCCUCCAUCAUAAAAAGCGUGAAGACAGGACAAAUAACUUCCCCCCCAAAAAAACCUAGGUCUCCCCCAACAAACGUUUGAGACUAGCUCCCCUAAAUCUAAAAGAUGGCUCAAACUGCGCGCGCCGCUAGGCUGCCUCAACAGAAACCCUGCCCCCUCUGACCUUUGCACAGGGAGAACAGCUAAUCAGCCACAAAGAAACACACACACACAAGAAAACCCUUUUUGCUCCUUCUUCAACUGCUGCCCUGCAAGCUCUGAUAAGCUCCUCCCACAGCUAAUCACCUGCCUCAACAGAAACCCCGCCCCCUCUGACCUUUGCACAGGGAGAACAGCUAAUCAGCCACAAAGAAACACACACACACAAGAAAACCCUUUUUGCUCCUUCUUCAACUGCUGCCCUGCAAGCUCUGAUAAGCUCCUCCCACAGCUAAUCACCUGCCUCAACAGAAACCCUGCCCCCUCUGACCUUUGCACAGGGAGAACAGCUUCUUACCCCUGUUCCCCCCACCAACCCAUAACAAUACAAAUAGACAGCAAAGCAAUUGUGCAAGUUUUGACUUUACUAAGAUGAUUUCUAAAAGCUUCAAAAAGUGGGUUAAGAUAGAUAACCUAAGGAGGGGUUUUAGAAACCACUGCACUGUCUCUUCCUGCUUGCUUUUUUCUUUCUCUCCCCACUCCUUUUGACACCAUCUCAUAGUUGCUUGUUCUCCUCAAGUUCAACUUCACCAGAAGCUGAUGGAGCUCCCUGAAGAGGUAGAAUUUUAAAGAUAAAAAAUAGUUUGUUGUGACAACAAUUUGAUCAGUCUGGAGCUGCUGCUGCUGCUGCUGCUGCUGCUUGUCUUCAGACCUCUCCACAUGCAAUGCCCUGACCAAAGCUGCAUGUUGGCUAAUCUUAAAGUGGGGAGGAGCUGCUGCACAAAAGAGCUGAAUGGCUUCAAAAUGCCCAAGUCAAGGCGGAGGAGGAGGUCACAGUGGCCAUGGUUAAAUGGACACAAGACUUUGGAUAAUCAAUAACCAUGCCACAGUGGGAAAAUUUGUGGGGAAAAUCACUGGAAAUUGGAAAUUUACAAAUUGUUAUGUCUUAAGAGAGAAUUUUCUAAAAAUGUAACACCUAUGGUAUCUAACACCUUGGAAACUGUCGAAGAUGUUCAAAAGUGUCCCAAGCAACUGCUGGAGGUGUGGAGAAGCUUUCUAUCACAUGUGGUGGCUGUGUAAGAAAAUCCAGGCAUUUUGGGAGAGUAUCCACUUAGAACUACAAAAAAUGAUAAAGAUUUCCUUUAUGAGAAAACCAGAAGCUUAUCUUCUGGGGAUUACAGAUUUGGAUAUUCCACAAAAAAUGAAAGGUAUUUUUUUAUAUGCCACAGUGGCAGCAAGAGUUCUUAUCGCUACAAAAUGGAAGAGUGAUGAAAUCCCCUCUAUUCAUGAAUGGAUCCAAAAGCUAACAGAAUAUGCAGAGUUAGACAGUCUAUCAGAAAAAAUAAAGAACAACCCAAAACAGGAAUUUGUCUCAAAAUGGGAAGUCUUCAAAGCAACUAUAACAGUUUAAACUCUGUCGCAGCAUUUGAAUAACUUCGGUAGUAGCUUUAAGAAAGAUAUGAGACCUAAGAUAAACCAAUAAUUAGUUAAUCUAUGAUAAAAGUGUGUAUUGGCAACAAAUAAUAUAUAAUUGAAAUAAGGAAUAGAUGGGAGGUCAGGUCUGUAGUUCAAGGACCACUUUUUGCUUUAUUGAUUUGUAAUUAAUAUUGUCUUUAUCACUGUUUUUAUUUGCAUUUUAGUUUUGUUUUUUCCUUUUUUGGUGUAUCAACAACAACAACAACAACCACAACAACAGCAUGCCCACCCAGUUAGGCUCCUGAUAGAGCACCAGAGUAUUGCAACUGCAAUAGUUUGUGGAGAUUUCUCUAUGUUUAUAUUUCACCAUGUCUUCAAAAAAGGGAAGCUCUUUGUGUGCUGCUACCAGGUACCUCAGUAUUUGAAGUCAAAAGGAGACAGACCUGCUUCAAGACUGGAAUACUGGUGCAGCAGGAGAGAUCCACAGCUGAGCAGAUUAUGAUCCUUCAUGCCUGUUUAUACCUUUCAGAACAUCGAGCUGAAGGUGGAAGUGGAAAGCCUGAAGCAAGAGCUCCAGGAGAAGCAACAAAGCUUGGACCAAGCCCGGUAAGAGGUGGUACAGAUGGAUCUGCAGAGCCCGGUUCACACACAUCCCGCCCUUAGGAAUGCACAUGUGUGUGUGUGUGUAUUUGUGCAUGCACACAAAGAGAGUUUACCGGGCCCUUCUGUUUAUCUCCUGCACUACACCAAGGUCACAAUCCUGUGUUCACAUUUGAGUUCCCAUUGAAAAGAAAAUCCAGAUCUGGAUUUUCUUUAAUUUAGCAUCCAAGCAAGUUUCUUGCUUUGUCACUAAGGGUGGAUCUAAACAUGGGGGUGAAAAUGCUAUUAAAAAGUCAGAAAUCAGAUCGUUUCAACAAAAGAAAAAAAUCUCUAUGGAAAAUUGUGUUUUAAAAUUUCCUGCUCUCUGGUGCCAUCUGGUGUUGCAUGUUUCUGGCACAUUCAAAUGGCUGUUUCUUUACUAAUGUAGCUGAGUCCCAAGAUGCCUGUUAUUGCUCAUGUAGAGCUAAACAGUCAGAGUCAGAUGCCUCAGGUAUUCAGAAUGUUGUCAUUUCUAUUGAAUCCCAAGGCAACUGGGAGAAGGUUUCUUUGGACUGGGUUCAACUAAAUAGUUGUGUUAGCAUGGCAGGGCUUCCCUGCUCUGCUCCCCCUGGACCCCUCCCCCCAAAUCAGCUCUGCGGGGAGAAGAGGGUAAAUAUUUCCCCCUCCUGGUAAGCAGCCUUAGUGCAACAUCGUCCAGUCUCUGGGGACAGUUUGCAGUCACUAGGAUGAAAGCCUUUGAUUAUGUCACUGAGUGAAACAAGCAGGCUCUGGGACUCCAUUGCUUCUCUUUUCGCAGGGCUGGGGAGCAGAGGGAGCAACUGAACCCUAAAAACAUGCUUUCUGGGGGUUGCUCUGCUCUGUUUGAGUUGGCAUUGGUGCCCUGGAGUUUGACUAAAUAGGUCUAAGAUAAAUGCACUUUCUGUUCAAAAGCACAUUUUCUUUUACCAAGCUGCAGAAGAACUUUGGGUUGGAUCCAGAUUUAGUCAUACUUUAAAGUGGACUCAUGUUUGAUUUCUUCCAAGCAUUAAUGUACGAGGAACGCUUGUGUUCCAAAGUAUGCUGCUACAACUUUUGGUGGCGUUGCUGCAUUGAGCUUGGUGGAUGGAUCCUACUCUGAGUAAGCUUGUGUUAGGUUUGCAUGGAGGUAAAACUCAGUGAAAUAAAUGUAAUUUUCUUCUGUGUAUCUGUGGUUAGGAUUGGGCUAUAACCCCAGAUUGACAGGUUCCUCAACCCUGGCCUAAGGAGUUUUAAGUAUGUGCAAAAACAUUUGUCCCUCGUCACUUUGAUCUCUCGCUUUGAGCGCACCAAGUUCCCUUGGGCUGGGCUUGUCCAUCAAGCCUCGUGUUGUCUCUGCUCUGCCUGCUGGUUGCUCUCUAGGUUCUCAGGCAGAGGCCACUUCCAGCCCUGCUGCAUGGCACCCAUUUCACUAAAGGGGCCAGUGAGGAUCUGAACCUUGGUCUUUCUGCAGGCAAAGCAGUCAGUCUCCACAGAGCCGUGGCUCCUCCUUUUCUUGUUAGUAUUCCUUCUGCCAUGUACCAGGGGUGUCUUUUUCUAUCUUGCCAACCACUGCUAUGAAUUUCAGGGCAGCAGCUGGGAACCUGGGUAGUCAGAAUGAGGCUAAGAUCUCUCGCCAGCAACAGAAUGAACAUGCCUAUGAGAUCCUGGAGAAGAAAAUCCACCUUCUGCAGGAGGUGAGGAAAUUCCCUCACAGGGAUUUAUGUGUGUGUGUUUUGCUGACCAUUUUAGUAGGGCACAAUCAUGAGAUCCUGCAAACACAAAAAGUAUAAUAGAAAUAGAUUCACCCCAGAAGGGUCAGUAUUCAGGUAAAGAAAUGACAUUCUGGAAUGACUGUUACAGUUAUGCUAUAUUAUACUUAUGUUUUUUACGUUUUGUUUGCGUUUGCGUUUGUUUUGUUUUGUUUUUCUUUUCUUUUCUUUCCCCCUUUUUUCUUUCUUUGUGUAUUCGGUAGAAAUGUUUGUAUUCUUUGUUUCAUUUGUAUUUGCAUAAUAAUUCAAUAAAAAAAUUCCAAAAGCUUAAAUCUUAUAAUGAGCUCUGUUUAGAUUAGCCACUCAAGUCUGUUUAAAGAUAAUUAGCAUGUAGAGCAAGCUAAGCUCUUGGGCAGCAUUUUACAAAGCCUCGCUGAGGGUGACUAUCCUGGAAAAAGACAGUUGGGAAAUGAGGAAGUUCAGUUCUAGUGUUGGGUAUCAGUUUAUUCAGGUGUGAGAUUUGGGAGUUCCGUGGCUCUCACUUGUGGAUUCUGUUCACCCUUGCUCCAAGAAGUGCUCCCAUCAAAGGCAGUUUAUAUGUCCCCUCCAUGUUUAAAUAGCACAUGAGGGGCUGCAUGCGUGAGUGCCAUCUCUGGCUGCCCGUCCCAAGUGCAUCAAAAAGGUGCAUUGAAUGCAUCAAGAGAUGUGUGUAGAAUCCUCCACAUGCUGGGAGAGCCUGAUCUCAUCAGGAUCCCCUCUCAAACGGAAUAGCUAUGUAACCUUAGGAGUGGUCCUGCAUUGUCAUGAAACUUGCUAUCUAACCCUAAUUCAGUUAAAUGAUGAGGAAUAUUUGUUUUCUGGAGUAAAUAUGCUUGCAGCCUAGGAGCUUAAUGAAAACCAUUACUUCAAUGUACUUACGGCUAGAGAAUGGUGUACAUGUGAACUCUGACCACUCCUGGUCACCAUUUGUGAUGGAUGCAGACUCUGUAUCAGAGUUAGAAUCUGUAGGUGCAAAACAGAGGAAGCGAUGUAUAUCCAAGUUGAUUUAGGUGGGGUGAAGGGGUCUCAUUCUAUGAUGUGGUUUUGACAGACUAACUGUACUGACAUUCCAUACUGAAUGUUGACUGUAGAUUUCACCAAUGCGUUCAUUCUCAAUGUCAAGUGAGAGAAUGACUUCAAUGAGGUGUUACAAGCAGUCCAAGCCUUUCUCAGAGCCAUCCAUCCUGCCUGUGAGCCUUCCCAAGACAUUUGUGGCCUGCCAAGUAGGAUGAAAAUACUAGGUGCCUCCUCUAGAGCAGUUUUCAGGUGACACUUGGGAAAAAUUUUACAGGGCUCAUGUAAAUAUGCAUCACAGUCUUCUGCUGGCCUCCUCCUGAUUUCUUCUGAAGAGAAAGACUGAGGUCUCUUUGGUUUGGACACAACAGGAGACAUCCAAACUGGAGGCACCUACUCUUUCAGGAUUCCUUUGGCUGAUUUCAUCUCUGAUUCUUCCUUUAGGAAGCCCAGUCGGCAAAGACCAAAGCAGAGAGGAUGACAACUAUGGCAGAGGUUGAAAAGGAUCGCUGUCUGAAACUCACCAAGGAGCUGAUGAAGUUCACCAAGCUGCAGGAUGAGACCAGGAAAAGCCAGGCUGUUUUGGAAACCUACAGUGCUAUGUUGGCUGAGAAAAAUAAGUAUGUUUCUAUGGGUUUAGUUCCACUGAUUCGGUUUGUGUCUGCCACCCGUAAUGUUAAAUCUUUUGAGAAAUUUGGGGGAUAGGUUUUUUUAUUUUGCCCAAAGUUGUGUCAGUUUGCAUUUCUUAGUGCAGAAGGUAGAGAUCUUUCCUAUUUUAAUUAAUUCAAGAGGGUUCUGGAAGCUUCUCUGUAUGAAAGAAACAAGCAGAAGGUUCAUUAUAUUUAGUUAUCACUUCAGAGAAGCUGAGUACAGCUGGCUUAAAAGUGGUCCUGUUAUCUCUUUCUCUCAAGGUCAUGCUGACUAUAAUAAUAGGCCAGAAGGAGCCUGGAUUUGCUCUUUUCUUUCUUUCUUUCUUUCUUUCUUUCUUUCUUUCUUUCUUUCUUUCUGGUGUGGUGUUCUGUACACAGUAUGCUUAGUGUUAAGGUUUAGUCUUAUUAUUUGUAACUUUAAGUUAAGUUAAGUCUGCUGCCAAUCCUAAAUGUAUAGAUUUGACCAUUAUGCUCAUUUGCCUUCAGUAGCAGUAAAGCUCUGCUGGAUGAAAUAAAAUUGCCUCUGGUCUAUUUUUGGGGAAUCCUGCAAUGUGUUUAAUUUUUUAUUCUAACUGUAUGCUGGAAUCUGCUCAGGAUCAAUAUUGAGUAGAAUUCAUGACAAGUUGAAGAGGUCUGCGCAAACUUUGUAUCUCUCUUUUGGGGGCAGGGGUGAACUUGAGGCCUUGCUGCUGGAAGUCUCCUGGCUUGUUUGGUUUUGUGCUUCGUUGGUGGAGGAGGUGCUCCUCUGAGUGACAGGCUGACAAAGCCAUCCGUAGCUCAUUGUAUUUGCCUCUGUGAUGUCCUGACCUGGUCUAACUGCCCACAGUCGUGCCAAAUGGCCAUCCUGCCCUGUAUCUCAUAGUGUUCCUUGCUUCCAGCCAUGGUGACCAGAAUGUUUUUCCUCUGCAGGAAGAUUGAGGAGCUGGCUUGGAAUCUGAGGGACAAGGAGCAGCUCCUUGAGCAGCUCUCCACAGAGAAGCAGAACCUGUUGCAACGUUUGCAGGAGCAUGAGGAAAUGAAAGUGCAGGUAACAAUGCAGCUGAAGUUUCUCCAGUGCAAGCACUGUUUUUCUAAUGGUUCUUUUGCAUCCUGCCUGCCCAAACGGCCUGCUGUUGGGUAUAUAUUCCUUGUGGUCCCUUCUCUAGCCACACAAGAUGUUUCCCUCUGCCUGGGAAGUGUUUACGCUGGUCUUCAGAGGCCAUGAAUCCUUGUUUUCAGGAAGCUGCCUCCCUUUGCCACUUCUCUUCCCACCUGUGCAGAUAUUGGCAACGUGGCCUCCUUGCAUGAACAAGAACCCCUUCAGUCCCAAUCUAAUCCUCAAGCAUCAUUGGACCCGUAACAGAAUCCCCCCAAAGAUCCCAGAUACCUUCCAAAUAUUAUUAUUUUUGCUAAUACAGAGUAAAGCAGACAUGCUUUGAAAAUGAAACAAGCCUCACAAAUACCAUGGGCCUUUUCACCUACACAUUACACUUUGAGUACCUCCCCCCCGCCCCCGCAGUCCAAAUAGAAAGACCAUUCUGUCCUCACAUAGCAGAUGAGCCGACAGCCCUUGUUACAGAGGCAUUAAUGUACAGUGUCAAUUGAAAGAGGCAAGCUUCUGCUUCAGCGAAUGCAGGCAGAGGAGCAGCAUGGUUCCACCUAAGCCCACCAGUAGACAAAGAAAGAGAUAAAAAGCCCCAAAGCUGCCAGGAGUGAGAAGGUGCCUUUGCUGUUAUGUGGCAUUCCUCUCUCUCUCACUCUCUCUCUCUCUUUGUACAUGUGUGUAUUCCUGGAUGACUGUUAGCAGGACUGAGGCAAUAUCGCCCCCUGAAGCAUGGAGCUGCAAAUGUACUUAAUAAAAUGGUCCAGUGACAUGGGAAGACCAGGGAGUUAUGUUACUAAUUACUUAUAAUAUCAGGCAAUAGCUAGUAGCUGCUCAUCCUGCACUGAAAUCACAGGAGGAAAUAAUGGGGGAGUGGGGAAACAACUGCAUUUCUCUACAUACAAAAUAAAACAGGGACGCGGGUGGCGCUGUGGUCUAAACCACUUAGCCUCUUGGGCUUGCCGAUCAGAAGGUUGGCAGUUCAAAUCCCAGCGAUGGGGUGAGCUCCCAUUGCUCUGUCCCAGCUCCUCCCAACCUAGCAGUUCGAAAGCAUGCCAAAAAGUGCAAGCAGAUAAAUCGGUACCGCUCCGGGGGGAAGGUAAAUGGCGUUUCCAUGUUCUGCUCUGGUUUCGGUAUUCCGUUGCACCAGAAGCGGCUUGGUCAAGCUGGCACAUGACCUGGAUACCUGUCUGUGGACAAACUUUGGCUCCCUCAGCCUGUAAAGUGAGAUGAGCUCCACAACCCCACGGUCAUCUGUGACUGGACUUAACUGUCAGGGGUCCUUUAACUUUUUAACAAAACAACAACAACAACAGUCAACUACAGUUAUCUGACAAUGUCCUCUGGAUUCUCCAUUCAAAGGAAGGUGAUUCCAGAGAAAAUAGCUAAUGUGGAAGGAAACUGUGUUUGUUCUCCUUGUGGUGGAAGAAAGCCAAUUAUUUGUCUUAGGUUCCAGUCUAAGUCUCUUUUAAAAGUAUAAAAAAUGUUUUGGUCUUCAAAUAACUUUCAAAAAAAUUCUGUGAGUCACAGAAUUAAAUGCAGCAUUCCAGUAAUAAUUUCAUGACAGAAUAAUUGUCUUACUUCUCCUUUGUUAUUUAUAUAUGUGUUAGAGCCAGUGUACUCCUCCUUUCUUUGUUCCUAAAGCUUAAUGGCUUUUUAUCCUAUGUAUGAAAGGUGGCUCAUUUAUUGGAAAGGCCAUGACCCCCUUUCCAUAGGCACUAAUUUGUCAAACAUACAUUGCCAAUGGCUUAGUUCACAUGUAAUGCUGAGCCAAACUAUUGUUUAGUGGGGAAAACACAAGCAGGUACGUUCCUGGCAGCUGUACUCCUCCCUUGGGAACCAGGCAGAGGGCCUUUUCGGUGGUGGCACCCGCCCUGUGGAAUGCCCUGCCAGCAGAUGUCAAACAGAUAAGUGGCUAUGUGAUUUUUAACAGACAUCUGAAGGGAAGUUUUUAGUGUGUGAUGUGCUUUUACAAUUUUUUGAUGCGAGCUGCCCAGAGUGGCUGGGGCAACCUGGUCAGAUGGGCGGCAUAGAAAUAAUGAAUUAAUAUUAUUGGUCCUCCUGCUGCUGCACUGUGGUUUGGCUAAGUGUGCCAUCCAAACCUGGGCAUGUGGUUUGCCCCCAAAAACCAGGAGAUCAGGUUCAGACAGCACCCUAAACUGAGUAAUGGUUUAAGCAUGGCAGCAGGAGAGCUGGGGGAGGAGUUCAGUGAUGCCAGUCUAUGAGGACUGUGAGUUCACACUAUGCUAUGGUUUGGCUUAGCUUUAUCUGCAAACUGAGUCAGUGUCAUCAUCACUGCUCUGUCAAUUGUAUUACUCACAGAUACAUAAUUCUUCCCUUUCACAUACAUAAUGCAAGCUCAAAGCAUCUGAAUUUGCAUAUCUGAUGUGACUGUACGUUUAAGGUUUGCCUAACACUUUAUUUUUCUGGUUUUUAGUAAGUCACUGUGUUCUAUGUAUUUAAAUCCUGAUUGCAUGAAAGUUCAUUUAAGAUGGCGUAAUCAUAGAACUGUAGAGCUGGAAGGGACCCUCAGCGGUCAUCUAGUCCAACCCCCGCAAUGUGGGAAUCUCAACUGAAGCAUCCGGGAUAGAUGGCCAUCCAAGCUCUGCUUAAAAACCUCCAAGAAAGGCCAGUCCACAAUUUCUAGAGGGAGACCGUUCCACGGCGGAACAGCUCUUCCCGUCAGAAAGUUCUUUCUAAUACUGACCUGAGCCCAUUGGUUCAAGUCCUGCCCUCCAGAGUGGGAGGAAAAAGCUCGCUCCAUCCUUCCUUGGAGGGUUUUGCCUGCAUCGCCGGGCGCUGGGGCCCCUUCCCUUCGGGGAGAGCCGGGAUGCUGGAGAGCUCCGGGGGCUGCCGGGCGGGGCGGGGGACUACGACUCCCAGAAGCCUCCGCGGGCCGGCUGCGGCCGCCAUCUUGCCGGGGGACCGGGCGCGGCCGGAGCAUCUCUUGGCGGGCGGGCGGCGGGCGGCCGCUCGGGGCCGCGCUGGGGAUGCGCUCGGAGUGGUGCCGCGUGUGCGGGCGGGCGCUGUGCGGCACCCACCGGCGCUGGCUCUUCCACGGGGCGUCGGGGGCGCCGCCGUCUCCCGCGCCGCCGCCCUCCCGGCCCAGCCUGCAGGUGCUCCUUGCUCACGCGACGGGGCGCGAGGUGUCCCGCGACGGGCGCGCCGAGUUCGCCUGCGGCAAGUGCGCCUUCCUGCUCGAGCGCGUCUACCGCUUCGACACGGUCAUCGCGCGCGUCGAGGCGCUGUCGCUGGAGCGCCUGCAGCGGCUGCUGCUGGAGAAGGAGCGCCUCAAGCUGUGCCUGGCCGCCCUCUACCGGAGGACCAACGGCGCCCCCGAGGCCCCGCCGGAGGGCCAGCCGGGCGGCGGGGGCGCUUGGGACGCCCGCUACCUGGCGCUGCUCCAGGAGGACUUCGCUUUCUCGGGCCUCGAGUGCUGGACGGAGGGCGAGGCGCGCGUCGACGAGCAGCCGCCCGGAGCCCCCCGACGGUGCCGGGGCUGCGCGGCGCUGCGCGUGGCCGACGCCGACUACGAGGCCGUGUGCCGGGUGCCGCGGAGGGCGGCGGCGGCGAAGAGCGCCGGGCAGCCCCAGCGCCCCGGCGACGGAGAGAGCCUGGACGACGCGGGGAGGCGGAGGCGGACGGGCCGGGGCGGAGGCGCGCCGAGGAAGCCGGCUCGUCCUCGCUGGAGUCGCUGGCGUCGGGGCCCGCGGGCGGCGGCCUGGCGGCGGCGCUGAGCCUGCUGAAGGCCUUCGGCUGCAAGCCCGUGCGCAGCCCCCGCGGGAGCCGGCUGCCGGUGCCGGCGCGGAGAAGCCCCGAGGGGGCGGCCGGGGCUCCGAGAGAGGCGCCCGAGCUGCGCGAGCUGUGGGAAGAGCUGUGCGCCGACUACGUCCCGCUGCGGCCGAAGGUAGCGCCCUCCCGGGCCGCCGCGGGGAAGGAAGGGCUGCUGUCGGGGGCCGGGAGGGAGCCGAGCGGGGAGGAGAAGCCUGCCGGCUCCUUUUUAGGUUUCCGAAGGAGCGGCUGGCCGCGCAUGUCAAUGGGCUACAAAUCCUUGUUUUCGUUUUACCGUUAAGAAUGCAUUUUAUUCAAAACGUAUAUUGGACUUUGUGCAACACAAGUGGAUGUGUUGAGCAUCAGGGCAGCAGAACAAAAUCCCGCUUUCUGUGCUGUCAUGUAAUUAAGUACAAAAUGUGAAACUGCAAAGUUGGCAAAAUUAUUUUUGAAGGAGGAGAAACCCUUAAAAGGCAUGGAUUUAGGAGGGGGUGGUCUUGUAAACCGAGUGUACACCUGGCAGCAUUGUGACAAUUUUCUCUCCUCUUAGUGACCUUGUACAGAUGGGAUCUAAUAUGGGGUUGUGCUGCCUAUAGACAGACUUCUGCAGUUUAAAUAUUCUAAAUAAUUGGUGUGUCACCUUGAAUUAAUGGCAGCUCCCCUAGAACUGUGUCAGCUGCAGUCGCCAACAUUCUAGGUACAAUAUGCAAUGGAGUCUUGGAUUCUCUUGGCUUUGCUAGAAUUUGAAAUCUCAUUAAGUUCAACUUCUGGUUGUAUUUAAGAAAUUGUGCCUCUGUCAUCUUUAAUUUAGAAACAUCCAUGUCAGCCGAAUUGGAUUCACGUCAGUGAUAAGUGCUGAUUUCAGCUAGCAGCAGAAAAUUUAAAAAAUGCAUACCAAUGAUUGGUGACAAUGACAUUUUCAUCUAGUUAUCAUCCAGCUUUGAUUAGGGGAAGCUCACUGAACUGCUUUUAAACACAGUAGUGGAAGCUUCGCAUUAAGAGCUGAGCCUCCGAAGCCUUUUGCGGCUGAGGAUUAUAUUGAGCUUGUAACACCUUGAGAAAAUCUUGUUCUGUUAAACCUUGGGGUUAUCACUAUUGCAAAGAAGUAGGUCCUUUUCUAGAGCUUUGGCUUAAAUUGAAGUCAGUAGGUAUGACAAGACUGCAAUUGUCGUAGCACUGAAAAGAUCCCCAAAUCUGUUGGCCUUCAGCUGGUUUGUGGCCUUUUUGACCCAUAACUUGAGUUGCUACCUGGCAAUCCCAUGCGUGUUUACUCAGAAUUAAGUCCCAUUAAGUACAAUGGGAUUUCCUCCCAGGUAAGUGUGCAUCGGAUUGUGCCCGUGGGGUGGGUCUCACAAGCUAAAGAGAAAAGGUCAGAUCAGUUGUAGUAAAAUCAUAUUUGAGAAAAAUAUUAAAAGUGCAUGCUGAACAUAAGUGCUGGGUGUGCAAGAGUUUGAAGGCCACUGUGCCAGAGAAUAACCCGUGUUUAAUUUUAAGAAGAUAAUGGAUUUAAUUUUCUGUUUUGAUCAUUUACAAACCCACACUCUUAUCUUUGAGGGCAACAAAAUACUGUCACCAGCCAGGGUUGCUUUCAUUGUCAAACUGCAACAGAGGAGGCCUUUUUAAUCCAGAUACGGCUUGCUUUAAAGCUGUACGUGGAAAAUCAGAAACGGGCCAAGUUACAUGUCUGCUAGAAAACUUGAUAUCUGGUACUUGAGCCAGAUAUUGUAUUCUGUGCUUAACAUCUGAGGUAAGACACUGAUGCAGUUUUAGGAUGCCAAGGUGAUGAUGCCUCCCAGCAUUAAGGGCUAGAAUGUCAGAUUAACUCUGAGGAAACCUAGAAUCAAAUCUGUACUGAGCCUUGAGCUUCACUUUGGGUCAGCCUGCCUAAGCCGAACCUGCCUCACAGGCUUGUUUUGGUAAUAAAAAGGAGUUGGGGUGAGAACUAGGUACAUUAUGAUUGUUUUUUUGGAGACAGGAUGGAAUAAACUAGUUGGUAAAAACAGAGGAGCUAAGUGGCUUGGUUUUAAAAUUCCACCAUACAUUGAAUAAUACAUAUAUUUUUACUCCAAGGAGUGGCUGUAGAUCUUUGAAACUCCUCUCAAAAUAAUCAGCAAGCUCCUCUUCGGUUCCCUUAAAUGAGCCCCAAUGACUUGUCUCAUGUAGCUUUUCUUUUAAUGGUUUUAUGUUGACCUGCUGUUUUUAGUGGCUGCUUAAUUUUACUCAACCUACUGAUUAAAUCUAUUGCUUUUUAAUUGUGAUGGUAAGCCGCCUUGUCAUGCCAUUGUCCUGAAUGGUGGGGUACAAGUAUUUGAAACUAACAAAUAAAAGUAAUCAUCUUAAAAACACCAAGAAAUGUCAAAUAGGAAAAAGCACUACAAAAUAAUGAAAACAGUAAUUUUAAUGGCAAUAAAGUAACAAGCAAUGAUAGAAGAGCCUUAUUAUACCACCAUCCCCUUGAAACACUAGCAAGCAAAAGCUCUUGGAAUUCAUUCUCUGUUCUUUGUUACUGUGACACAGAAUAAUUUCCAAGCAGCUUAAUACAGCACACAACUUUUCUGCAAGUGUGUACAGCUUUUGGAGCAUGUGGGACAUUAGUAGCAUUGUUGUUUUAGACAUACUUUAUUAGGAAUACACAGUUUUUUUACCUGCGGAGGAGUGAUCAGCUUGCAGCAGAAAAAGAUCCUGGUCUUCUCUAUAAAACAACAACUCAUUAAUUUGGACGCAGCUUAGUAAGGCUGUGACAAGAAACGUCUGAGUAGAGCUGUCAGCAGUAGUGUAUUGCCCUCACUCAGAAAAGGCUGUGCUCUGGGAAAGAUGGAGCCAUUCAGGAAAUGUUUGUUUGACAUCACUGUGACAGAUUCAGAUAUCAGAAUCUAAAUCUGUUCACUAUAGAGAGGAUAUUCCAUACAUCAGACCUUUAAUGGCAUUUGGGAGGGCACUCAGAUGAAGCAAAAGGGUUAUGAAAUAUUUUUACUCCACAACUCAGGGGCAGCACAGAGCGGGGCUAUUUAAGGUACAGGUCCCUGGGCAGUGAUUUCCCUAGACGCCUCUGGAUCCUGAAGCUCAGCGGUGAGUCUGAGCCUGGUUGCAGUACAGACUUUCAAGGCACAGGACACAAUUGUUAAUGCCAGACCUUGCUUUUGCCACCAUGGGGAAAGAGAUAAAGACUACAGAUUACCUCAGUAGGAAGUCAUGAAGUUGAGGCAACUUUGUGCUGAUGAACAUGAAUCAGACUCCUUGCUUAGUGACUUAAAGGAGUAUGAGGGGAAAUGGUGCAACAGAGAACAAAUAUUUUGGAGCUGCCUUGAAUGUCAUUGUGUGUCAGAAAGGCAGCAGGAAAUAUUUUAAUAAUAAAUUCACACAGACUUCUUGUACUAGACAUAUUAGAUCCAAUACAGCUUGAAGAAACAAAGUAACUUGAGUUCUGGUUAGUUUUGCUAGAACAAUGAGGAAGAAUGAGGAAUGAAUAGCAAGAAAUGGAAUUGAGAAGAGCAGGGGAAGGGGAUAAUUAAUGAUACUUUAAUUAGUAACUGAUGGAAAAUAAGAUAUUUGGGUAGAAAAUGGAAAUGUCAGGGAACUUAAAAGCUGUGUUUAUGGAAUUGGAAGAGCUAAAUUGUCCCAAGGCCAGCCUCUCACUGUGAAUCUCCUUCAUUUACCAGUCCAUUUCCCUGCUGAGCUAUAUAACAAUGGAAGCAAACUGCAAAAGGAACCUUAUCUGAGCAAAUGUCACUUUUUUCUCACCCUUUUCAGUAUUUGUUUGAAGACCAGCAGCAACUGACUCCAAGCAACUUAUCACAAGGCAAACAAGCAUCUGAACUAAAUAAUGUAGAACUGCUGGAAAAAAUCAGCUGCCUUGAUGCUACCAACAAGGUAUUUUUUAAAUAAUAAAAGUCAAAAGUGCAUUAAAUAGAUUUGGGGCUAAUGUGUGAGUAAACACAACACAUGGUGAGACAUCUAUAGCCUUUUCCUGGCCUAUGUCUAGUUGUAUGGUGGUCAUAACAUCUACAGGUGCCUGUGCCCGUAGUAAAAAAUGCAUAGGUUCGGUCCUAUUUUCAAAAGCUGGAAGGGUUUAGAUUCCAUACUUCAGGCGAUGUGUGUUAGAUGAAAAACACUUUGUCCAAGACAUGGAAAUGCAGAGCUGGGGACAACCAGACACAGUCCUAUUGCCUCAGCACUUUCGAUGCUGUGCACUUCCUCCUAAGAGUGGGUUGGGGACUCUUCCUCCCUGCUUGGUCUGUUCCUUUUGAACUGGUUAUACCGCUCAAUUCCUACAUUCCAGUCACGAGUCUCAUCCCAUCAGGUUUCAGUAAUACCUAGCAGGCCAUAUUUGCCAUCCUGAAUUAAAAGCUCCAUUUCAUCUGCAUUUGUGUCGAGACAACUGAAUCCAUGGGUUGGGGCAUGUGGGCUUAAACUUUUGUGCUCAAGCCUAAAAAACUGUUCUGGGCCAGUUGGAGCCAUCAGUGUGUUACACACACGCACACACUGUCAUUUCUGCCUGUGGAUGUGAUCUGUCGCAGUCAUAAGCUGUCAGUUUGCUAGUAUCACAAAAUGCAACCUAACACUAGGGUGAGGCUAGGGGUUGUGCAUUACACAUUUACUUUAAAAAUGAAACCUGAAAUCCUCAGGUUUCAUCUAAAAUUUCCCAAAAUUAUGGGGCAGUAAACUUUCCAAUAACACAAUAUAUGUUGGAGGCUUAGGAAAUUGCAAUUCAUGUAAAUAUGUAGAAAGGUUGAGUAAUUCAGCAGUAGGUUAAAGCUGUACAGGCAUACCUCAUUUUAUUGCACUUUGCAGAUACUUCUCCUUACGAGGAUGUGGGCGCAGCUGUAGGCAGCACAGCUGCUUCCAGGGAAAGGAAGCUGCCUCCCUCUCCCCUCCACCCCUGCAGCCAGCGGGGCCUGGCUUAAUAAACCGCAGUAGAGUUUAAACAUAACUUAUAUGCACUGGGAAACAAAGAAAAUUGUGGGGCUCACUUUAUUGCAAUAUUCCCUUUAUUUUGGUGGUCUGGAACCAAACCUGUAUUGUCCCUGAGGUGUGCCUGUACUGAGAAUGGAAAAGAGUAUCUUAUAUGGUCGAGUUCAAAGUGUGUGUUUGUUUACGACAUUUAGCAGCUGCAAGAGAAACUGAAUGAGAUGGAUUUUGAACUUAAGUCUGUUCAGCAUACAUCCCAGAGACAGGAUCACAAAAUCCAGACCUUGAAUGAGACCUUGAAGAGCAAAGAGAAAGAGGUUUGUAGUGUUGCCAUCUCCUUGUCCAGUAAAUGCUGAAAUAGAGCCAGUGAUUCAAAAUUUCAUCUAACUGUUAUUUGUAGCAUAUGAAAUCUUCCCAGUAUGUGAAAUUGGGUAAGAUAAUUCUAUAGAGAAUGGGGUGAGCUGUCCUUUCUGGUACAGCAUUUUAGGAAAUUCUAACAGUCUUGUUGCACCUUGGGGCGGAAUAUGCCGAACAUGCCCACCAGCUGAAGGACUCUGUCUUGUGCAGCGGGGCCUCUGCUUUGUGCUCUACCUGAAAUAGGCUCUGGUGGGGAUUCAUCCCCCCCCCCCCCAGAACAGCACUCAGGGGAGGAGUUGGGAGAUUGCUCCUUGAGAUUGCAAGUGGCAGCGCUUGUGCAGAGAGAACAUGUGAAAUAAUGCAAUGUUGAAAUCCAUUAUCUCAACUACCCCACUACAGAUUAUGUCUCGGGAGGGGGAGGUGAUAGGUGCCUUUGCUAAUUUCUCGCUGCUCAAUUCUGUCCUGUAGUCUGAAGAACUGUACCGUGUAAUUGAAGGGCAGAAUGAGACAAUAGCCAAACUACAAGACACACUACAUAAAACACAACUUGGGCAAUUGCAGGUAUGUAUCUUAUUUUGAUAUUUCUUGUCUUAUAUCGAAUAUGUCUUGUCUUAUCCCAGACAUUUGAACUAGAGGUUCAAAGUAUAUUGCCCUGAUGUUUAGAGUACUGUAUUUCAAGAAAAUUAGCUGUAGAUUGUAAUAUAUGGUAAACAAAGAUAAUAUAAUAAGUAAACAAAGAUAAUUCCCAUUAGAUUCCAAGGAGACAAAAUACACAGCCAAGCUAUUCAGAUUAUGUAGUGUACAUGCAGAUGCCACUAGCUACUUCCUCACUGUCUGAAUAUGUUCCACCCUUAAAGAAUUUUGCCUGCAGCAUUGGCUACCGGCAAGAGCCUAUGAUAUACCAUGGAAUGCACUUUUAAAAGCUCCAGGAUUUUUCUGGGCAGUGAUUUCAGUCUUAACCCCCCCACCUUUUCUGUUUUCACCUUUCUGCAGAUCCCAGGGGGCUCCUCCAUGUUGCAGCAGACACAGCCGGGAGCACUCCUUGAGGUAGAGAACACACUUUUCUUCACUCAGCUGGAAGUGCAGCAACUGAAGACGGCUCAGCAGAAAAAGGAUCUCCAGUUGGCUGAGGCCAGGAAGACCUCCUGCCUUGUAGAAACAUGGCUGCAAGAGGAGCAGCAGCAGAAAGAGGCUGCAUGGAAACACAACCAGGUAUGGCAUGAAUUCGUUCGCUGAGCCCUUUUCACCCAUCAAAAUAUAAUAAUAAUAAUAGUAGUAGUAGUAGUAGUAAUAAUAAUAAUAAUAAUAAUAAUAAUAAUAAUAAUAAAUUUAUUUAUCCCCACCCUCCCCGGCCAGGACCACGCUCAGGGCAGCUAACACCAAAUAUAUAAUACAAUAAAAACACAAACGAUUGAUUCAAAAUCACAUUAAAAUCAAAAUGAAAUUGAAUGGCAACAACUAUAGUGGUAAGGAAUAUUAAAUAUUCAUCAGGCCCGGCCAUCCGUGCUGGUCCCAUAGAAAGAGGGAGGUCAAAGGCCUGGCAGAACAGCUCCGUCUUGCAGGCCCUGCAGAAAGAUGUCAAAUCCUGCAGGGCCCUGGUCUCUUGCGGCAGAGCGUUCCACCAGGCCGGGACCAGUCUAACCUCCUUGAGGCCCGGGACCUCCAAAGUAUUAGUGUUUGCAGACACUAAGGUCCUCCGCGGGGCAUACCAGGGGAGGCAGUCCUGUAAGUACGAGACUUCUAGGCCAUGUAGGGCUUUAAAGGUCAAAACCAGCACCUUAAACCUGACCCUGUACUUCACCGGGAGCCAGUGCAGCUGGUAUAGAACUGGCUGAAUGUAGUCCCAGGGUGAGGACCUCAUAAGGAGCCUCACUGUGGCGUUCUGCACCUGCUGGAGUUUCUGGGUCAGUUUCAAGGGCAGCUCUGCAUAGAGCGAGUUACAAUUAUCAAGCCUGGAGGUGACUGUCACAUGGAUUGCUGUGGCCAGAACAGGGUGAGAAAGGUAAGGGACCAGGCCUAAAUGGAGCUUGAACAGCUGAAUGUCUUGCAUUGUCCUUUGCUGUACUUCAAGGGCCAGAAAAUGUUUUCAUGUCACAAAUAAAAAGCCUCACGUUACUAACUGUAAAAGUAAGGUUCACACAACCGGUUUGUGGCAGUGUGGUGGAAAUGGCCAGAGUUUGCCUUUUGGGGAGUGUGAGCAGUCCUGUCGCUUUCCCUGUUGCAGCUCAGUUCAACCUUUCUGCCCUUUUGAGAGCUUCAGAGAUGCUUCCAGGCCUGAUUGACUAAUGACUACAUUGUUGUGUUGGUUUCCAGGAGCUGCGUUGUGCUCUUCAACAAGUAAGAACAGAGCUGCAGAACAAAAACUGGCAAUGUUGUACUUUGGAAAGAGAAAGAUGGUCAGAGAUGCAGAAACAAGAGCUGAAACUGAAGCAUUUGAAGCACAGGCUGGCUUGCAGAGAACAGCUUCUACAGGUGAGAUACAGAUGGGUUGUUAAAUUCUGUUUGGGCAAAAACACACCUUAUUUCAGAUGGUGUGUGUGUUUAACAGGUGAGAAGGUCCAAAGAUAAAACCAAAACAGUUCCCAGAGUUGUUGGUGUUGGGUUGGGAAAUACAGUUGCUAAAGGGAAUCUUCCACACUAGUCUGGAAUUAACCAGCUUUGUUCAUCUGCAUGAUGCUGUCAUCCUGUAUAUUUUUUGCAGUAGUUCUGUCUUUUCUCACAAAGGCUAUAACAUUUUCAAAAGAACAGAGAAGUGGUGUAGAGCUGUUAUACAGUGGUUCCGCUCCUUCCUCCUGGGCCGUGUUCAGAAAGUGGUGUUGGGGGAUGAGCGUUCAGACCCCUGGGCUCUCACUUGUGGGGUGCCUCAGGGUUCUGUCCUCUCCCCCAUGCUUUUCAACAUCUACAUGCAGCCGCUGGGACAGAUCAUCAGGGCAUUUGGGCUGGGUGUUCAUCAAUAUGCGGAUGAUACCGAGCUCUACUUCUCUUUCAUGUAACGAUGCACGGGGAAAUGAACCUAUUGCAACUCAGCACACAUUUAUUAUAAGAUUUGUGGGGAACUGCAUUUUUGUUCACUUUUACUUGGCUAAAAUAUGUGAAAAGUAUAGUAAAGAAAAGGAAUGACACCCACCGCAAUGAGGUUCAAACACCCCAGCAGCCAUUUCACACCAGUUGGUGCCAACAGAGCUUAUUGGGAUGUACUCAAAGGAAAAGCUCAGUAAUGGAAGGUUUAUUUAAUUCUGCUUUUGGCUUACAGUGCAUUGCUAGGAAUCUAACAACACAUUAGAAACAGGCUAAAACAUUAUCCCAUUGUUCAGUUAAGAUGAGGCUUGUUAAUUCUUUAUUCCAUUCAUUUCUCAAAGUCUGUGUGUCAGAUUGACACUAAACUUCUGUAAAAAGUAAUAGCUGGGUUUUUUUUUUAGCUUCUAAGGAUUCAGUCAAGUGUUUGAGUAUUUCCUGUGUCUUGGAUGUGGAUGCAUCAAAUAUCAAAGGAAAUCCUAAUCUAACCAGCACUUCCUGCAUGUACUGUUUAUAAAUUUUAUCAAAAUCUUUUUCAGUAUCCUAAAAAAAGAGAUUACUUUCUUAUUCUAUUUAAAUCUAUUAGAUCAGCCACUAGCCUGAUAUUGUCUGAAGCAUGUUUAGUUUUAGUGAAUCCUGCCUGGUCACUCAUUAUUAUUGGCAAUAUCCCUUGUUGCACUCUAUUUGCCAAAACGGUUGUUAAAAUCUUUAUAUUUACAUUAGUUAAUGAUAUUGUCUGGUUUUGGUAUAACCGAUACAUGCUUGAUUGAAUGUCAUUGAAAGAAUUCCCCUCUUCAUAUAAUAAACAUAGUUUUGAUGCUAGAAGAUCCACACAGUUUUAAAUCAUUCAGAUGGGAAUCCAUCUAAUCCAGAUCUUAAAAUCAGAGAUGCUAAAAUUGUUUUUGUAUACGGUUUAAAUUUGGUAUUUUUUUUUAUAAAAAAGGACAUGUGUAUCUUCCUUUUCUACUUUCAUUGAGUUGCCCAUUCUGCAUGAAAUUUAAAAAACCUGGGUAUUAAUAUCACUUGGAGAAUUUUAUAAUUCACUGGUUGCCCCUCUAAUACUGGGAAUCAAUGCUCUGGCUUUCUUUUGUUUUAAACAAUUAGCCAAGAUCAUGGCUGUUUUUUCACCAUUUUCCUAAUAUUUCUUCUUUGUACAUGCAAGCAUGAAUUCUGUCUGAUGAGAAAGAAUAUUAUUUAAUUCAUCCUUUUUUGUAUUUUGUAGAUGGAUUUCUAAUCAUUUGUGCCCAAGAUUCUUUCAUUUAUCAAGUUAUUCUUUCCCUUGUUUUUAAGCUGAUUUUUAUUGGAGGCAGGUGCUAUAAUAUGUCCACUGAUACGUGCUUUGUACGCUUCCCAUUCAGACUUUCACACAGAGGUUGUUGCUUAAUUCAGUUCAAAAUAUUGUAGAGUCUCUUCCCACUUUGGUUGAACAAAAUGUUAAUCAUUAAGUAAAGACAUAUCAAUACACCAGAUACUAGAAGCCUUCCCCAGGUUAUGGCCCCCACAUAACUGCAUUAUGAUCAGAUACAUAGUAGGGCUGGGUGAUGUAUCAAAACAUUGCCCCAAAGCAGUUUGAGGUCUUGACUGCAGUUAAGGAUUUCAGAAUUUCCAACCCGGCAGUAUAUUGCGAAUACAAGCCUCCUCCCUCCCUCCCCACUCUAGCCACUUGUUGGGAUACUGCCAGGGAGACAAAGUCCAUCAUGGCCCCCAAGCCGCCUCCGGACGUCCAUCGAUCUCCCGUAGACACACAGUAUCAUUCAAUUAGCGACAUGAGCUACCGGAAAUAGCUUGCCACAUUCCAGAGCUGAUGCACGCUCUAUCAGCAGAAUUCACACAGUGAAAGAUGCACGCAGGAGAGCAUUAUUUACAAGUUUAUUCAGCAUUGGUCAGAACAAAGAAAACAUGACUGCCUGCUUCGGUGUCUCAGGCACAGAGAGAGAAACGAAAGCAAUAGACAAAACAUAAACUUCCUGUGAACAGGAAAUACGCAGACUCUGUGACUCACAAAGCCUGCUCACUUUUAAGGUGGAACGGAAAUAUCCUAACACUGCCUACCCUUUGCAUGUGUUCAUUGCCUUCUCCAAUCACGGAAACAACCGCUGAGACGGUUAGGGUGCCAGUGGCAGAAAACUCAUUCUGAAUCUGACCAGACACAGAUUAGAGCUCAACGCUGAGCCUACCAAGCGACGGCGAAGAGAACUUUCACUUUUCACUUUCUUCACUGCCUCUAUUGCAUCUGCAGAAAAUAGCAGCAGGAGACUCUUUCAGGUGGUUCGUAAUUUAACGGAACCACCUUUGCCAUCAGGGCCUGGUAUAGACCCCAAGAUCUCCUGCAAUGAUUGUGCAAAGCUUUUUUUGCAGAUAAAUUCACUCAGAUUCGGACUGCUUGUGGCUACCCCCAUCCUGUGAGCAGGCAUGCAAUGGUUUUUCAGAAAGCUUUCAAGGUACGCCCUAUCUAGGCUGCUCUAGAGUACAUUGCAGUGGCCAGUCAAGGUUAAAGGAGUCGAAGGUGCUGGGCCAGUCCUUGCUGUCUCAUGAUAAAAGGCCUUGCUUGGCUGUGGCUUGUGCCCUGACCUUGGGUAACUGUGGGUCAGAAAAGUUGCCUCCUUGUCCCUAUUCACAACUGCUUCAUUUGCCUUCCCAAGAACGCUUGGAUCUCUCACCAGCAUUGCUUCUCUCUUGGAGCUUUCUGAAGUUGCUCAGGUGUUAUUGAUGGUGUCAAUAUGUUCCAUUUUUGCAGGAAUCUAAGGAACUUAUUCAGUAUCACCAGAGCUUGGACAAGAGCCCCACAUCAGCUGAUAAUAUGGUGAAGAAAUUGCAACAACGAAUCAAAGACAGGGAUGCCAUCCUGGAGGUAAUUACAGAGGUGUCCAGCACAAUCUCUUGUGUAUUUUUUCUGUGUUCACACUGGUGCCAUCCUUUGCUGUCCCAGGUCUCCUCAGCUGGUAGGUUUUGCGGAGCACAGAGCACCCUGCUCUGCACCUCUGAGGUGGCCUGCAGCUCUUAGGUGGCAGUCUGGGUGCCAGUAGGGGGUGGGGCUGCAUCUUGCCCUUUCCCUCAGGCAGCCAAAUGUCUUGGACGGCCCUUGCAAUGCCAAGAGCAGAUGUCCUCUUUUCUCUCUUGUCUGGCGCAUUGAAGAGGAGAAGGGGAGCUGAAUCUCCCUCUUAACAAUGAGUGGGGUGUGAGUUGUGAGUUCCACAAUUUUGUGGAACCCUUUUUCUAUGUUUGUAAACCAUUUAAAUAGUUUAUAUGUAUUUUAUUAAAUUAUAAUCUUGGUUGCUUGUCUUUGUGACGCUUGCUACUUCUUUGCCCACUCGUGGCCUUUUUUUUUUUUUAAGUAAUAUUUAUUAAGAUUUGAAAGGUUACAAAAAGAGAAAAUAAAAAAACAACAACAGCAUCCUAAGCAAAAACAGAACAUCACAUCACAAUAAAGAAAAAAAGAAAAAAGAAAGAAAAAAAUACAAUGAAUCUUCCCAUAACUUAUCUUUCAUUUACUUGUUUUCUUGACCUCCUCACACCUCCCUUUUUUGUAUUCUAGUUCAUUUAGCUAUUUCAGCAAGUCCUUUCCAUCUUUUCCAGUUUUUGUCCUCUAUUUUAUCUUAAUAUAAUGUAAUUUUACUUUCCCUCCUUUCACCAUUUAACAAUCUGUUUUUUUUCUUAAUCCUUUACGACAUCUCUGCUAAAACCACAUUACUUCAUUCCAACAUCCUUCUAACAUUCCUUAAUUUUACAAUGUUUCUGUAAAUAAACUUUAAAUUUCUUCCAAUCUUCUUCCACCAACUCUUCUCCCUGGUCUCGGAUUCUGCCAGUCAUUCCCGCCAGUUCCAUAUAGUCCAUCACCUUCAUCUGCCUUUCUUCCCGGGUGGGUAGAUCUUGUCUCUUCCAAUACUUCGCGAUGAGUAUUCUUGCUGCUGUUGUGGCAUACAUAAAGAAAGUUCUAUCCUUUUUUGGCACCAAUUGGCCGACCAUGCCCAGGAGAAAGGCCUCUGGUUUCUUCAGGAAGGUAUAUUUAAAUACCUUUUUCAUUUCAUUAUAAAUCAUCUCCCAGAAUGUCUUAAUCCUUGGGCAUGUCCACCAAAGGUGAAAAAAUGUACCUUCAGUCUCUUUACAUUUCCAACAUUUAUUAUCGGGCAAGUGAUAUAUUUUUGCAAGCUUGACUGGUGUCAUGUACCACCUGUAGAUCAUUUUCAUUAUAUUCUCUCUUAGGGCAUUACAUGCCGUAAGCUUCAUACCUGUGGUCCAUAACUGUUCCCAGUCAGCCAUCAUAAUAUUAUGUCCUACAUCUUGUGCCCAUUUAAUCAUAGUUGAUUUCACCGUUUCAUCCUGAGUAUUCCAUUUCAACAGCAAGUUAUACAUUCUUGACAAGUUCUUAAUUUUGGGAUCUAACAGUUCUGUUUCCAAUUUUGAUUUUUCCACCUGGAAGCCAAUUUUUUUAUCCAAAUUAUACGCCUCCAUUAUUUGAUAAUAAUGGAGCCAGUCUUGCACUCUAUUUUUUAAUUUUUCAAAACUCUACAGUUUUAAUCUGUCUCCCUCUUGUUCCAAAAUUUCCCAAUAUUUCGGCCAUUUGGCCUCCAUAUUGAGCUUUUUCUGAGCCUUCGCUUCCAUUGGUGACAGCCACCUUGGGGUUUUAUUUUCAAGCAAGUCCUUAUAUCUUAUCCAGACAUUAAACAGUGCUUUUCUGACAAUAUGGUUUUUAAAUGCUUUAUGUGCUUUACGUGGCCUUUUUUGUUGCAGCGAGCGGUCGAUGAGAAAUUCUGUGUGCUUGAAGACAAGGAGCAGGAGCUGCAGCAGCUUCGCUUGGCUGUGAAAGAGCGAGAGCAUGACUUGGAAGAGCUGCGCAGGGUCCUCUCCCAUAAUGAGGCUACCAUUCAGGUGGGUUGCAGCAGGAAGGGCAGUGCUUAUGCCAUUCCUUCCAUCUGCCAUGGCUUCCUGCCCACUCUUGAGACUGACACUGUAUUAAUGCAGCACUCUUCAAGACGACUCUUGCAGCAAUUCCUUUUCCAUUGCUUUUAGGUUGACUUGAGCUAUGUUAGGGUUAAUCCAGAGUUUCAGAGUAGCACUCAGCACAACUUAAUUAUACCUAAUGGUGCCAACAAGCCAGCCCAACAUUUCUAUCCUCACAUAGAAUCAUAGAACCGUAGAGUGGGGUCCUCUAGUUCAGCCCCCUGCAAUGCAGCAAUCUCGGCUAAAGCAUCCAUGACAGAUGGCCAUCCAAGCUCUGCUCUAAACCCUCCAAGGAAGGAGAGUAAGUCCACAGCCUCCUGUGGGAGACCGUUCCACUGUUGAGCAGCUCUUACUUGCAGUAGCUCUCCAAAGUCUCUGCAAAGGGCUUUUCUCUCCUGAAUUGGGUUCUUCUGCAGCAGAGAUUGCAGGAGUUGAACUUGGACCUUAAAACGUCCAAAGUAUGCAUACCACUGUAGAGCUGUGUGCCCCCCCCCCCCGUGCCUUGUGCAAAAAGGACCUGAUGGAAAUAGAUGUUGCUUGUUUUGUACCAUGAGAAAUCUAGACGGAGGUCUGGCUUGGCCUUCUGUUGAUCUCUUUGCUAUCCACUCUCUCCCCUCUCCCGUAGGGAAUGGAGAGCUUGCUGAAAGCAAAGGGUCUGGAACUUGAGCAGCUGUUGACAAGCUACCAGAAUUUGCGCUGGUUGAAAGAGGAAGUUGAAGCAAAAUCUCUCAAGUGGCAGGCAGAGCAAGAGGGAACAAUCCGGCAGCUGCAGGCGGCUUUGCAUGACAGGAAUAAGAAAGUGGAAGUAAGUGAGAAAGGCAGCUCUGUUGGGAGGCCCUGGGACUGUUGCCCCAUCCUCUCAGCCAGUGAUUGAUCCAGGUUCACAGUCAUUCUGCAGGUACGACAUUGUUACUAAACCAGAAUCCAGAAAGCAGUUGCUGGUUGUGUUGAUCAUUGUACAUUGCCAGAAAUGGUGCAAUCAUAGUUGAAUAACCUCUGAAAUUUCCUCUUCUCCUUGAUCUCAGCACCCUGUCUGAAAUAGGAAGGCCUGCUUUCCUCCUCCCUCUUGAUUAUCCUUGUCAUUGUCAUUUCCCUAGGCACUGUCAGCAAAACUGCUAUGCAAGCUGGGGCCGGGGCAGAGGGAGCUUGUGGAAGAGCUGUAUCUCUGCCUUCAGCAGAAAGAGCAGAUCAUAGAGGAACUCCUCAGUGACAAGAGCCGGCAGACUGUGGAGCAAAUGGCUGAGCUUCAGGAGUUGCUUCAAGCUGUCCACACCAGAGAGCAGCAGAGUUGUGUAAGUGGGCAGCUGUGCACUGGGGUUGGCACUCUUCUCUUGGGCUUUCAAUGCCACUCUCUCCCAGAUGCAUCUGCAGGCGUCUCUGUCUCAGCAAGAGAGACUCAGUGGUUGGGGAGGUGGAGCUCCUGCAUGGCUACGAUGGCUACGUUCUUCCUCUGCUUCCAGAGGUAAUAUGUCUCUGGAAACCAGAUGCUGGGACUCAGAAAUGGGGAGGAUGCUGUUGCCCUCAGGCCCUGUUUCCAGGCUUCCCAUGGGCAUCAGGUGGGCCUCCGUGAGAGGAGGAUGCUGAAUGGCCCUUUGGCCUCAUCCCUUGGGAUUUUUCUUACGCCCUCAGGUUCUUCUGUCUAGUAUGCUUCCUUCUUUGUGUAUUCUGUUUAGGAGUCUUUCCAUAUCAAAUAUUUGUACCUCAUGCUUGGGCUCUCAUGACGGGCUAGGGAUUCUGUGAGCGCACUCCCCACCCUGCUGAGUUGCUGGAUGUGGUCUCCGAGGGGAUGUUGGAGGCUUGGCAUCCACACCCAAUCUGCCUUGUCUGGUGUGGCUCAGGCUCGCAGUUGCCCCAGAGCCCAUGGAAUCCUACCUCAGAUUAUACCUGGUUCAGCCCAUGUGGCAGGGUGUGCUUUUGAUCUGUGGUGUACUUUUGAUCUGGGCAGGAGUACGCUGAUCUAGAGUCUACACUGCUGGGUGAAACUGCCACCUCUCCCGAGUCCCUCUGCCACCAGUGCCUGGCUGCAGCUUGUUUCUGCCUCUGUGGCAGAGGGACUCGGGAGCAGCAGUGGUUUCACUCGCAAUAUACCACCAGGAAGAGCCGCCUUCACGGUUGGCCCUCAUACCAGUCCUAGGUGAAGUAUCAGUACUGCCCAGAGUGGCUGGGACAACCCAAUCAGAUGGGCAGGGUACUACUACUACUAUUAUUAUUAUUAUUAUCAUUAUUAUCAUUAUCAGAUAUCUUCUGAGAAAAUGGCACGGGCUUUAAUAGAAAGAAGUUGUGAGCUGCAAGAUUUACGUCAGCAACUGCAGGGCCAGCUUUCACAAGAGAAGAUGGAAGCUUCCACUGCCCAUCUCCUACAGAAGGAUGACUCAGAAGUAAGAAUGUGCUUCUGUGAGAGAACAUUCCCUCCAAGAGGUUGGCCUGAGAGGGGGAGGGGAAGGCCUGCUUGGAAAGAAAAGGGGUGAGGAAAUGGAGGUCCACGCUGCAAUAAUCUGUGCCCUGAGCAGACUCUUCCAUCUUCAGUGGUGCUCAGCCUCAGCCUCCAGUGCCGCUUGUGCUCAGGGCUUAGGAAUCAAGUGGGGAAAUGGUUGCAUGAUGGCCUGGCCUGGCCUGCAAGCCCAGGACCAUAUGGAGAGAAAUGGUUUCUAAUGAUGCAUUUAGCACCAUAUCUAGCUUGGCCCUAUGUGUGCAGUUUUAAAGCAAAGUGUUUUCAGAGCAGAGCCUUUGAAGUCUUUCCUAAAGGAAAGAAAUGAGAGCAAUGUUGAAGUGAGUGAGCAGAAUUGGUGCUUCUCAGAGGGAGAAAACAGACUGUGAGCAAACACUGUAGUUUCUCAUUGUUCAACUUUGGAGUUGAAUACUUUAUUCAAACUCUCAAGGCCUAUGAAUUAUCAGUGAAAUAAUAUGUAUAUUUAUGUUCUUAGGCACUGAGGCAAGAAAGCUCAAGCAAGAGCCCCACUCCCAUGACAUCUAAGAACGGGGAUGGCCAUUUCAAUGUGGAGAAAGGUUGGUCCAUAAGCAGCUUCCAUUCAGUUUAACCCUUGGCCACCCAGAAUGUUUGCUGGCAGGAACAAUUCAGCUGCUUCAUGGUGCAUGUGACCUCUAAGCCCACGGCUGCUUGUCAGGGAGAUGGAGCUCUUUGCUUUGCCUGCAGGGGCCCUUUGCUCCUCCAGGGAACUGCCCCUGCCUGAGCACAGUGGGCAGGUGCUGCCUGUCAUUGUAGUCCAGGGAUGGGGAGCCUUUUGCCCUCCAGAUGUUGCUUGGACUUGCAACUCCCAUCAGCCCCAGCCACCAUGACCAGUGUUGGCAGUUGUAGUCCACAGGUUCCCCAUCUCUUGUGUGGAUAUCACUGCACUAGGUUUAAUUUGGUGCACAGCACCCUCCUGUGUCCUGAAGGAAAAUCACCUGGCUUUGAGACUGCCUUUCUGGCACUGGGUGAAAGCUUUUUUAUUAGUCCAGGGUUUCUUUGGGGAAGAGGGGAGGGGGAGCAGCUGACCUGUUAAUCUCUGUUGCUAAUAAUGAAUAUGAUUCUGUUCUCCCAUUAUUUAUUUAUUUUGCUUUGUUCUUAUUAAUUUUUAUUAAUUUACUUUGUCUCCUGUUCUCUGCUGAUCUAGGAGUUUCUUUGGGAAUGCCCUAAAUAAAUAAAGCUGAAUCAGCAUGUGAUUAUAUAGUUGCAUGCAUCUUUCUCUCUGUGUGUAUUCAUUUAAAAAAAAAACUUUUGGGAGGAAAGUGGGAUCCUUAACUCUUUUUACUCUGGUUGUUUUUCAACUGAAAGUUCCCCUUCACCUCCAGUUUUUCUCUCCACAGGGAUUGCACCGCUUUUGAUUUUUAAAGUUGUGAGACGGGUUAAGAGGUAUGAGAUCCCAGCCUAACAUUGUUCUGCUUUCUCUCCAGGAGCUUGGAAGGCAACUGCUGGACUUGAGGAAGAGCUUACUGGUGCCAAAGAACAGCUUGAGCUAUUGACACAAAAGGAGAAGGAAAGCAGAGUGAGUCUGAGUCAAGGUAUUGAGGAACAGAGACCCCUGGCAGCACAACCAGCAUGCCCAUGUGCUGCCUGCUGAGCGGGAAAGGAAGGGCUGUAGUUCUGGGCAGUUCUCCUAGGGAAGGAUGCCAUGUGCCAGCUGACAGAUCUAGCAGAUGGGCAAGCCUAAGACAGCAUGAGAAACAUUUGCCACAUCCUCAUGUGGCACUUCUCUCCCUUGUCUUCUCUUUGCUGUUACUGGCUCUCGUUUCUCUUCUCCACAGUUGGAACUUGCUGCUCUUCAGUCUGUCCUGGUCUCCCAAGAAGAGGAGCUACAGGUUCAAGCUUCUGAUGUUGAAUCUCUGACUAGAAGCAUCCAGAUAAAAGAAGAACUCAUAAAGGUGGGACAAAAGGGCCCUGACUCUGGUUCUCUCUGGCUGCAGAUAUCUGCGUGUAUAGUUUAGUAUAUGAUUUAACACUGGCAGCAGAAAACCUUUGGUUAAAUGCAAAAUUAUAAGAAGCAGCAGAAUGUUUUAAUAUGAAGCAGAUUUAGUUUGUUUAAUCGCAGGCCGCCUUUGGAAUGUUGCAAAUGAAAGACCUGUGUUGGGUUUUUCAUUCAGGGCCUCCCAUUCCAGAUGUACUCCACACUUUAAUGAUGUGGAAGAUCUCUUGACUGGAAGUUGGUGGUAGACGCAUGGCCCAGGGCCAUGACUGCACUUUUCCAUUCUCCAAGUCACUCUCUCCUUGACUUCCAGGACUUGCAAAUGCAGCUGGUUGACCCUGAAGAAAUGCCAGUAGUUGAGCGACUUUCCCAGGAAGUGUUGAUGCUUCAGGAAAAGGUAGCCAAGAUGGAACAGCAAGGACAGGAAGUUGCUGAAAACAGAAGACUGCAGGUAUGGCAGAAAAGUGUCGCAGCGAUGUGGUGAACACAGGCUAGUUUGAUUUAUGUCUGUUUUCUGCUCCUCAAAGUUGCUCAGAGUUACCUAUGUAGGCUUUUCUCACAACAGCACUGUGAGACUACAGUGAGAGGGUGACUGGCUGAAAAGGACUGUGAACUUCCUGAGCAGGCAUUUAAUCCCCAAACGGCAGUCUAAGGGCAGCCCUCUGUUGAUUGCACUUCACAAACCAAGUUUUACUCAGAGUAGACCCACUGAAAUUAAGGGGUCGAUUUCUCUGUCUGUGGGAAAUUGGAGGCUUUCCUCCUUUGCAAAAAACUCUGAUAUCAGCACCAUUAAAAGCAGGCUUGGUUGAAGUAUGUGCAGUAGUCCACCUGCAUCUGCCUUCGGUCAAGAUCUUCCUCAGGAAAUAAGAGAAGCAAGCGGCAUAAAUGCAGCUCAGGUCACAAUCUGGCACAAGGUUGUUUUUGCUUGACUGUUAAAUAGCAUUAAAACGCUCACGUAAGCACAAAGUGAAGGCAAAUGUUUGCGCUUUCAGCUGCUGCAGGUGUUGGAGGGGCUAGCAGCAGAGAAGAAUCAGCUGAAUGAAACCCUGAAAGCCGAAAAGCAGCUCUACAGCACUUUGGUGAAGUUUCAAGCUCAUCCUGACAGGUGAGGAGAUGCUCUGUUCCCCUGCCUCCAGUGCUGAGGCAUUUGAUGGGUAGAGGCUGGAGUUUUCUUUGUAGCUGCGACUAGAAACUCUUUCGCUUAUGUUCCCUUGCUUUCCCACCUCUUGCUGUUUGCUUGACAUAUCUACAAAGAUUAUAGGCUAGUUUAGUAAAUCAUAAACCCUCAAGGUGUUAUUUGGAAGAACUGUUUGAAUACCCAGCUUGUCAGAAGUGAGCACCCACCUUGCAGCACCCACAGCUUUCCCCUGUUUUCUCUCUGUUGGCGAGAGCGUUGCUGAAAGGCAGCUGCGGGGAGUGAGGUGGUUGGUGCUUUUGAAGGAAUGAGAGUAAGUGGUGACCAGAGAGAGGGUGGUAGACCUUGGCAGAACAACUCCUAAACUGCUCCUAAUCUGCUUCCCUUUCUGCAUAGCCUUGCCAGCUCUCAGCGUGAACAGACACUGCAGGUGGAGCUGGACCGGGUCCAGGCCAUCCGUGGGCAACUGGAAGAGGCUCUUGGAAGAAGUCUGGCUCACCUGAGCAGGCUGGAAUCGCUGGAUGGCAUUGGAGGUGGGGAACAGGAGCGUGUGACAGUCCUGCCCAAGCAUGCCUUCUGAGCUCUGGCCGUCACACUACUGCUAGCGCAGAGCAAGCCUGUCUUGACACUGGGAGGCUGAUAAGGGCUUGCUGGAACCCAUGUAUGUGUCAUUCAUGUUCCUGGUACAAUCUUGCCAGGGAGAUUGUAUAAUAGAUUUUGGCAGCCAAUAAUUCCUUUCUAGUGGCUCCCCGUCACCUCUUCCCCCAUUUGGCUGAAUAAAGAUUCUCCCAUCCCUGCUCCCUCAGAAUCUGUGUUAAUUGUUCUGUGCCAUACCAAACAUGCAUUUGUCAUAGAGGGUUUUGUUUUGUUUUGUUUUGUUUUGUUUUGUUUUGUUUUGUUUUGUUUUGUUUUCGGAGCCCCAGUUCCCUGUGUUUUCACCCACUAACUCCACAAAGCUAUUUAUUAAUUAAAUUAUUUAAUAGCAGACUCUUCAUAACAACUCACAGGGAUAAGCAUAACAUCAAUGGAGGCAGGCCAGUCUGGGGAGUUGCAUGUUGCUUCAUUGUGGUGAUUUAUGUGAAUUGUUCCCUGGCUAACCUUGGGGAGUCUUUGGACCUUGAUUUUGCAUCCCAAUUCUGGCACAAUUCCUGUACUGCCAUGCUAAGUAAUGCACAGUGAGUGAGUGAGUGAAUGAAUGAAUGAAUGAAUGAAUGAAUGAAUAAAUAAAUAAAUAAAUAAAUAAAUGGGUAUCCCGCCAUUCCCAGCCGAGGCUGGGCUCAGAGUGGCUAACAUCAUAAAAACAACACAAUAAGCAUAAAAACAGACAACAAUUAAUUAAAAUACAUCUUAAAAUUAAUUCAGACAAGUUAAAAUCCUGGCAAUUGAGAGUGGUUAAUAAUUGCCAGGACCAACUGUUUCCACUGAUCAUACAAGGACCUUUGAGCGGGUUGGGGGCCUCCUUCGGGCUUGUUUUAUACAAACGAAAGUAAGUCAAACCGCAUCCUGCCCAAAGGCCUUGCAGAACAGCUCCAUCUUGCAGGCCCUGUGGAAAGAUGUCAAAUCCUGCAGGGCCCUGGUCUCUUGUGGGAGAGCAUUUCACCAGGCCGGGACCACAGCCGAAAAGGCCCUGGCUCUAGUCAAGGCCAGUCUAAUUUCCCUGGGGCCCGGGAUCUUCAAGGUGUUGUUAUUUGCAGACCGUAAGGUCCUCCAUGGGACAUACAAGAAGAGGCGGUCCUGUAGGUAUGAGGGUCCUAUGCCGUAUAGGGCUUUAAAGGUUAAAACCAGCACCUUAAAUCUGAUCCUGUACUCCACUGGGAGCCAGUGCAGCUGGUAUAGCACUGGGUGAAUGUGAUCCCACAGCAAAGACCCCGUAAGGGUGCAUUCUGCACCCGCUGGAGUUUCUGUGUCGGUUUCAAGGGCAGCCCCACAUAGAGUGAGUUACAGUAAUUAAGCCUUAAGAACUUCCUGACAGUAAGAGCUGUUCGACAGUGGAAUUUGCUGCCAAGGAGUGUGGUGGAGUCUCCUUCUUUGGAGGUCUUUAAGCAGAGGCUUGACAACCAUAUGUCAGGAGUGCUCUGAUGGUGUUUCCUGCUUGGCAGGGGGUUGGACUCAAUGGCCCUUGUGGUCUCUUCCAACUCUAUGAUUCUAUGAUUCUAGGUGACCGUUGCAUGGAUCACAGUAGCGAGGUCAGGGCGAGAGAGGUAAGGGACCAACUGCUUAGCUUGGCAGAGAUGAAAAAAUGCUGUCUUUGUUGUAGCUGCAACCUGCGCCUCCAUAGAAAGGGAGGCAUUGAAGAUUACACCCAAACUCUUGACGGAAGGCGCUGGCACUAGUUGCGCCCCUGCAAGGGAUGGGAGUUGGCCAGCCAAAGGACCUCUGUCUUCGAAAGAAGACCUGUUAACAGGAAUCUCACCCAGGGUAUCUUCAUAAAACAUCAGCCUAUGCACAUUCAAAGUCCUGUCAGAACAGCUGUGAGGAGUUACCUUCACUUGCAGGAUUCAACCCAAAUUUGGCUUUUGGCGGGUCCUAAGUUUAGCUAGAUCCUGAGUGCAUUCACAGAGACGGAAUGCAAGCCUUCAACCCCGGACUGACAUGGCUGGAAAAGAUUGCUGUGGAUUCAGGUGGCUAAGAGGACAUGACCCCUGCCCAGUCAGUCAGCAAGCAUUAUGUUCCAUUUCCCCCAAAGAACCCAUGGAUCUAAUGGAAAUUGUAGGCCUGUAUUGGCUUUGAAGUGGCAUUCUGUAAAGACAACAUGUUACUUACCCUGAAUUAACUCCCUUCAUGCUUUGUAAUGAGGUUGCUAAUACCUCCAACUUGGAAUAGUCAGCUUCCAAGAUGCUUUGCUUUUGCUGUUCCUUGGUGCAGUACUUUAAUGUGUGGGCAAUGAGCUAGAAGAUUAAGCCUCUCUGUGCCUACUUUUUAUGACAGCAAAAACUAGCAAAUUCCCAGUAUAGGGCCCGUGUUUACCAGUUACUGGAGACAACAGAGGAGAGCUGCUUUCCUUUAUGCCCUACUUGUCAGCUGCUAGGAGCAUCUGGCUGGCAAAUGCUGGAAAUGGACAGACUUUAUUGCUGUGCUUCAGACCAGAAAAAGCAAAAACUUACUGGUACAUAAACACUAGAUCAAAUAUUUCUCUUGGUAUCAGUUCUCAUUACUGAAGGCAGACCCAGAGGCCACAGAGGUGGACACUUCAUCAUUCCACUAGAUUUGGAACUUUUCUUUGUCGUUCACCCAUAAUGUUGGCAUUAUUUAUUAUUGCUGCUGUUUUGUGUCUCACUUGAGAAGCAGAUGGUGAAACUCUGACUGCAAUCUUACAUACCAAGAAUAAGUGCUAUUGGGUUCACUGGUGCUUGUGUCUGAGUGGAUGUGUAUCAGAUUGUGCGGUGAAUCCUACUUUUUUCAGUGCUUAACUAGGAAAAGAGCCAUUGGCUCCUCAUUGCCAUUGUGAGUGUAACUGGGUAGCACACCACCUGUGGAAUGCAAGCAGCCAGCCAUUGUCCCGUGUUCAGCUAGGAGUUGGGAGAGUGCUCCUAAAUUCUUGUGUAUCAUGGAGUGUUUACUUGCUUUUUGUAUGUUCUAUAUUGAAGUAGGUUCCUAGCCCUCAUACUUGCUGGAGUAGGACUGAAAAUGAGAGUAAAGCCUGCUGAAGAUGCCAGGGAAACAAGCUCAGAUCUUGGGCUUUGAAGUAGGAAGUUUCUAAACCAUUUUGGAAAGGGCUGUUCCGUUUUAGGUUAGUUGAGGAAGAAAAACAGGCUUGGAUCCUGAGAGCAGUUAACUUACGGAAAUUCACAGAAGAGAAAUUUCCUCUUCCUUCCCUUUGCCCCUUUCCUAUACCAUUCUGAACAAUAUAGGGUGGGUGUGGGGGCUUCAGGGGGAGAAGCCCCAAUAGGACUUGCAUUCUAAUGUAAGUUAAAGUUGGCUACCAGGGCAGGGAGCUGGGCCUGGAAACUUCCUUUUUCUGAGCUUAAGUUCCCUUAGGAUCCAAACCACGGGGUUCCUUCAGCUUAUGGCAAGAGCCUUGUUGUGAAGCAAGGGGCCCCAUGUCAGUCCAAGCCUUUUAAUUAAAACGUGCCUAAUAUUGAAAGCCUGUUUUUCCCAUUCAUGGAAUUAUAGAAGAAACUGGGAGCCCUUCUACUCUGCACAAGUAGAUGUUACACUGGGAAUCAGCCAGUGGUUAAAAUAAAAAUAAAAAGUAGGACAUGGGAGGAAGGGUGAGACUUCCAUGAGGGCCAGAGUCGGGGAGAAAAGAGUUAAACUUCUCCCUUUACACAGCGGUUCUGACAGUAAUCACGUUACCAUACCUACUAUUUUAUUUUUAAACCAUGCUGGCACCUAGCUUUGUCCUAAGUUGUGGAUUCAUUUGCCAUCCUAGGGCAAUUCUAUUGCUAACUUGUGAAUAUAUAUAUUUGCCAGGAGGUUUCUCUGUUUACAGUACAAUCACAAUUUACUCAUGUUUAAUAUGUGCAGUUUCAGCUUUAUGUGUUUGAAGUGCGGCUGGUUGAAAGGCGGAGAGUUUAAAAGCAGAGAGUUUAAAAGUGCUUUUUGUGCAGGUUUUCCAGGUGUGGAGAGGGCCUUUAAGCUCUCUGCCUUAUGGGGGGGGGGGUGCACACCAGACCUGCUUGGUGUGCCAGCUCUGGGAGGCAAGAUGGCUGGCGCGGGGGGCAAUUCUAAGGGGGCGCUGUGACUUGGGUGUAUUUUGUGUAUACAGUGGUACCUCGCAAGACGAAUGCCUCGCAAGACAAAAAACUCGCUAGACGAAAGGGUUUUUUGUUUUUUGAGCUGCUUCGCAAGACGAUUUUCCCUAUGGGCUUGCUUCGCAAGAUGGAAACGUCUUGCAAGUUUGUUUCCAUUUUCUUAACACCGUUAAUACAGUUGCGACUUGACUUCGAGGAGCAACUCAUAGAACGCGGUGUGGUAGCCAUUUUUGAGGUUUUUAAAGACUUUGGUGAUUUUUGAAGCUUUUCCAAAACUUUCCCGACACCGUGCUUCGCAAGACGAAAAAAAUCGCAAGACGACAAAACUCGCGGAACAAAUUAAUUUUGUCUUGCGAGGCACCACUGUAUGUGCCAUCUCCAGAACUUAACUCCCAUGCAAGAUGUGAUUGUACUGCAUCUCACUCCUGGUUUUCUCCUGCCUGACCUUGAUGUGUCACCCCUUCCUCAUAGCUAUUUACAGGCUGGCAGUGCCUAAACUUGUUAUGCCUCCCAUUUGUUUACUGGGCUGCUUUUUAUGAACAGGGGCUCACAAGGUUCCAUCUAAGACUUCUUCUGCCCAGGAAGCUUAUUGUUUUUGACUAACAACACAUGGAAGCAAACUUAAGUUUGCAGAUUUUUGUGUCAUCCACACCCAUUCAUUAUGAGGCAGAAUUAGCUGUGGCUUUCUGUUGCAUGUACUGUGGCUGGCAAACCCAGAUUUGUCCUCUCUGAUACAGGCGAGAGGUAAGCUUUGGCUUGAAUGAUUUCCCACAAAGUGGCUCUCUUAAUGUAGACACCUCCCCCCCCCCCGGCAAUUGUCCCCCUGCCUCCUACGCCAGUCAUCUAGUUACCUGUUACUUUCUUUGAACUUCUACAACUUUGCCUUUGGAGUGUCAUCCUGGGGUCAUUCCAUGCCAAAUCACCUGGUGCCAUGUGCUCUUACGACUCAGAUUUUCUUCCAAAAAAAAUUAUGUGUAGAUACCAAUGAGAUAACCUCAAUUUAAUUUUUUUAAGAUUUUUUUCGUCCAAAAUUAGGCGCAGGAGAAUUUAAUUUAUUUUUUUUCCACGCGAUUUAGGGUAAUGCAAUUUCUGUGUCCGUUUAGAAAAAAAAAAUCCUGUUUCGCUUAUUUUUCAACCAAUUGGGCUUAUUUUGGUAUCAAAAUAAAGCUAAUUGUGGUCUCUUUCAAAAUAAGGUAUACAAAUGGUAUUAGCUGCCACAGAAAAGGGUCACUGACCAUUCAAAGUGAAUUUUUGUCAUUUUAUUCCCGGAAGGUUCAAUAAACCCUAGAGCACAAACAACAACUAACACAUGUAUCAUACUUUUUUUGUAGAAUGGGCUAACCAUGUACUUGUUAUGUUUUAAAAAUGAGGGUGUUUUUUGUCAUUAUAAAAUAAAUUGUUUUUGAAGUAAAUUGUUUACCAAAAAAAAAUUUUUUUUGGUACAGCUUUAAGGUCUCUCUGAGCUUGAAAUAACUCACACAUUUGUGAGAAUAGAUAAAAUGGUACCCUCCUAUGUUAUAAUGUCAUCUGAUAUAUUUUUAAAAUUAAGUUUUAUUGAUUAAUAAAAACAAAAUUCGUCUUAGAGCCCUUGUUCAUUUUAUUGUGCAAUGAUAUGGUCAAAGCUAUUUUGUUUCCCAUACAUGUAAUAUGGUCAAUGAUGCUGUUGUUGUUUUUUAUAAAUUUUAUUGGAUUUUACAAUUUAAUAUUCAACCAAAUACAGUCAUACCUCGAGCUGAAUGUGCUUCGGGAUGAGCGCGUUCGAGUUGCGCUCCGCGGCAACCCGAAAGUAAUGGAGCGUGUUACUUCCGGGUUUCGCCGCUUGCGCAUGUGCAGAUGCUCAAAAUGACGUCACAUGCAUGCGCAGAAGCGGCGAAAAGUGACGCCCGCAUACGCAGACGUGCCAUUGCUUCUAGAUGCGAAUGGGGCUCCGGAACGGAUCCUGUUCGCAUCUAGAGGUACCACUGUAACACAAUGUAACAUUUGUCAUAUAAACAAAAAAAGGGGGGACCCUCCCCAUGACUUCCCUCAACUUCCCCUUCUGGCUUUUUAAAGAUUUAUUACUUCUGCUUAAUUUUUGUCUUAUUUAAAUUCUUAUCGUUUGGCUUAUCGAACCUACCAUGAGAGCACGGUCGAGUAUUAAAAUCAGGUGAUCUGGCGUGGAAUGACCCCCCUACGUAAAAGCUCCCAGUGUUAGUUUGCCAUUGGUGGCUGCAGCCUUCAUUCAGUCUCAUUGCCAGCUAAUGCAACAUUGCGAAGCUGGAAGGACAGGGCUCUCCUGCUUUUUAGUGUAAGAGGAGGGAGAACUUUGGCAGGAAGAGACUUCCUGAUACUGCAAGGAAGUGGAAGUUUGUGUUGCAUGUGCCCAAAUUCUCCUGUCUGUACAGUCUCUAAAUCAGAGUUGCCAGUUAUUCAGCUAUAGUGAGGGGGGAAAGUAUUUGAACCCCUGCUAAAUUUGCCCGUUUGCCCUCUGACGAAGAAAUGACCAGUCCAUAAUUUUAAUGAUAGGUUUAUUGUAGCUGUGAAAGACAGACUAACAACAGGAAAACCCCCAGAAACCCAGAAGACAAGAGUCAGAGAUUGAUGUGCAUUAUAAUGAGUGAAAUAAGUAUUUGAUCUCUUUGCAUAAGAUGACAGUAAUUGGUGGCAAAACCCUUGUUGGCAAUUACAGACGUUUCUUGUAGGUGGCCACCAGGUUUGCACACAUAUCAGGAGGUAUUUUGUUCCACUCCUCUUUGCAGAUCCUCUCCAAGUCAGUAAGAUUUCAAGGCUGAUGUGUAGCUACUCAAACCUUCAGCUCCCUCCACAGAUUUUCGAUGGGAUUAAGGUCUGGAGACUAGGCCACUCCAGGAUCUUAAUGUGCUUCUUCUUGAGCCACUCCUUUGUUGAUCAAAUACCCCCCACUCUGCCAUCCAGUGUCUCUCCUAUCAACUUGUCUUUUCCCCAGACUUUACUGGAGGUGGUGUGGUGUGGAAUAGAGCAGAAUGCAGGCUAGCAGCUCUUCUGAAGGCUGAGAAAUGUUGGUGAUUUGGCUUUGCUUGGAGUGCAAAUCCCUCAAUAAAACCUGAGAAUGUGGCAGUCCUCUGUUGAAUGAAGUAUAGAGCUUUGUCCAGUGCAUGUGUGCACAUGCAUGAUUGUCACACUGGUUGUGGAUGUGUUAUUUGGGCAAGAAUUUAUAUUUUCCCAGAUCAGGGUUAGAAAGAUGUCCCAGGCAGAGCUGCUAGGGAGGUCUGCUUGGAAAUCAAGCCGCUGCUCCUUUGUGCAUGGGCACCGAUAAUGAAACAGGGCAGUGUAUUUCUAGCUCCUAAGCAGAGAACUCUUCUUCUGGUCUCUAGCCGCUCUGGAAUAAGAACAUUAUAAUGCUGCAGGAGCCAGGGAGGGGAUGUCAAAAAAGGACCGGGGAAGGGGAUUUUCCAGCACUUCCGAAGCUUUUUGGCAUUGUGCUAUAUGGUGAUGAAGGGCUCAGGUUCAGGGUUGGCUUCCAAUGGGAACGUGAGAAAUCUCUUGCUAUGUAGAGGAAUGGGGAGAGGGGUCUAGAGAGGAAGGAAGGGCAAGGCUGUCCUCUUUCCAUUUCUACCCUCACAAAACGUCCACUCUAGUGAAGGAAGGGAAGGUUUUCCGUCUUCUUCCUGGGCAUCUUCCUGACCUUAAUCCUCAUCUCCAGAUUACUGUAAACUGUUAAGGGGGCAUUCCCCCCCCCAUUCAGCAGUUUCUAAAAAUUCUUUUGGGUUACUUUCUGAUUUACAAACCAAGAUACUUCUGCAUACCUGGGGGACCCCAUGGAAGCACCCCCUCUGUAUACAAUCAUAUAUACAAAGACAUCUAGCGUUCCUAAAUUAAAUCAAACAUAAAUAACACAUUGUUUCUUUCUUCUGCCUCUUCAUUACAAAGCAGUCCUGCUCAGGAGGGGCAGUGUCUAGAAAUCUGGGGAAACGGGGGUAAUAACUGUAUUUUAUUGCAUUAAAAAAAUACUCCUGCUGAUAAAUUUCUAAUGAUACAGUAGACCUCUCAAGAUACCAGCAAUCUCAUUUCAGAUUUAUGCAUAAAGUAGCAAUAAAGAAGAAUUCUUUUGAUGGGUUUCUCAUGGCCUAUUAUUAUUAUUAUUAGUUUGUUAGAAUAGUCUACAGUACAAUUCCGUGCAUGUUUACUUGAAACAAAACAGUGGCUUCAGUGGGAUUUACUUGUAAAUGCUCAGAGAAUGACAGCAGUGAUGCCUGAUCCUACAAAAGUUUGCUCAGAGAAAAAUCCUGCCGAGCUCACUAGUUGCUCCCAGUCAGGGGUGCCAACUUGAAUAAAAUAUUGGAGGGGGUCACGUAAGCCCUGCCCCACAUCAUCACAAGACCAUUUGAAUGGCAAUGCCCCUCAGCUUUGGGAGGCCCUGACCACCUCAGAUAUUUUAUUGGGGGGGGGGGGGUAAAGGGACCUUGGCCCCCAGUAGUUGGCUCCUCUGCUCCCAGUCAAGGGUGCAUAGUUCUUCAAGAGAUACUGGCACACAUCUGGCUCUUGUGGAAAGAAUGGGGCCAAGACUCUUCAGGGAGCAGCUCCUAUUGGGUAAGUGGAAGGCCAAGCCCAAAUCCCCCACAAGGUUUUCCAAACCAUGUGAAGCAAAGUAAAACUCGAGAGUCAGCCAAAUAUUAAAUGACAAGUUAUGGUGCUAUCAAUGCACACAAGGGGAGGCGGAAGGCCUAAAGGCAUCUGUAACCCUAACGGGUGUUUGUUCAAAAACAGCUCAGUGGGACCAGAAUGCCGACCUUUUUUUUUGGUUGGUAGUGGGAUGGAAAAUGGGAGGAGGGGGAAUGCAAUGGAGUCUCCAAGAAAAGAUUGGCUGGAUGGAAUGUGGAACUCUGAACAGGAGCACUCCUGUGGCAGGUCCCACUUGAUAAGGGAAAGGAAAUGGAAAUCUGCUUGAAUCUGAGAAAUCUGUUAAGCCUUGACGGGCAUGCGGGAAGUAUGUGUCUCCAGGCUGAGCAAAACCAAGAAAUCAAUUGGGAAAGAGACCUUUACCACUCCCUCUCGAACAGCCCUUUCAAUCCCAUACUUUAUAGAGAAAUGCAUCAGCCAUGUAAAUAAAAUUUAAUGUUGUGCAGGGACAAAUAUGAUUAGGAAAAAACAUUCUGCUAUGGGAAUAAUGAAACCCAAGAGUAAACUGCUUUAUAUACAGAAAACAUAUACUGUAUGAUGGAACCAGACACCACUAAGAAAACGGCGCAACUGUAAAACAGAAUAUGAGUUAAAUCAUUCCCCUUCAGAGUGUGUCGCCUGCCUUAGAAGUCAGAGUCUUCACAGCAUUCUUAACAUCACCUGGGUUGGAAGUUCCUUUAAAAAUUAAAACUAUUUAUAUCCAAGACAACAUUAAAAUUCAUUAUGAAAGAAAACCCUUAAAUAUAAGUAACAUGAAAAGUCAUUAGGUUCUUUCCUGUACUAUAGUUUGCAGUACAUGAGAUUUUACUCUUAUCUUGGGAUCAAUAAAAUCCCACUGAGAUGAGAAGGGUUUUCCCAGGCAGAAAUGAAGCCCUGUUCAUUUGUUCACUCAGAGCGACAGGCUGCUUCCAUCAGAGCUCUUCCACAGACCUUUUGCCAAAGCUCUCGAGUUUAGAACAGGGAAGUUGUGGUCCUCUAGAUGUUAUUUGACUACAGCUCCCAUCAUCCAUGACAAUUGGCCAGUGGGGGCCGAAAUACAUUAUCAUCUUAAGAUCCCUGCUCUAGAACAUUAAGAUGAUAAUUCAAAAGUGGGCUGCAGAAUAAAGGAAAUCAACCCAAACUUUCCUCACUGAACCUAUUGAGGCAUCUCCAACUCCCCAAUUAUUAUUUUUGCUACCAUGGCAGCCGGAGUGGUCAUAUUCAAGGGUAAGAGACCAACUAAGUCAGUAAACACACUGCCUUGUCUUCCUCUUUUAUAGACUGCUUUUGGGUCCCCCAGGGAGAUGCAGUUGCAGCAAUCUUGACACCCUCUAUUUUUGUCCUAGCGGGUGAAGGAUAGGAGCUUCCAGGGUCACAGGACUCGGGCAACACUUGAGUAGUGGAGCCAAGUAGCAGUUUGAGCUUCCGACACUAAUCUGCUGUUCAUUUGUUCUAAAUGUACCUUUCAAUAGACAAUUUCUUGAUAGUUGAAUACAGUAUUCUGAGGCCAUCAAGGAUUGCAUAAGGAUAAUUUCCUUACAGAGCUCCUGUGGUAUCAAAAGUGCAGCGGAUGAAUACAGUCUGCAUGGGAGCACAUCCCAUGUUCUUUAGUAUACAAGACUGGUGUUCCUACAGUAACCUCACCAGAAGGAUUUCUCAAUGUAUUUAGCCUGAUUUCUCUUUGGGCAUGUGUGUUGCAAUUGAUUUGAGAUCAGUGAGGUACUCUUGGGGACGUCUUCUUUUUGCAAAGGAGACCCUGCUUUUCUCAGAACAGAUUUCCUAUCACAAAAUUUCUAUAAUAUAUCUACACCCAAAUUUGUUGUAACUAGCAACCUGUAGGGUGAGUGCCAAGCUCUGUAAGCCACUGUUAGCAUGUUCAGACUACUCUUCUUCCUACCAGGCCCAUCCUCCUUUUAUAAUGCAAGGCCAUCAUGAGCUAGUGUGGCAGAAGAGAUAUUAUACAUUUGAUAAGGCUGAUUCUAAGCCUGACUUGGAUUUUUUUCAGGGUGCUCUGCAGAAAGUUCUAGCAGGAUAUCAACAUAGCAGAGAAAGAGGUGCCAGUGCCACGAGAGGCACUUCAUUGCAGGGGCAAGAAGAGCCUGCAUCCAAUCUGAGAUGGAUGCUCACUUUUCUAAAAAAAUCAGAGUGGAAGGGAUCCUUCAAGGCCACCCAUCCAGCUGCUUAAUGCACACAACUGGGUUUUGCUGGAACUUAUUCAUAGGCAGGCAUGAGAGGAAUGAAUGGGGCCCAACAAGAAUGACUUGUGUGCCACAAUGUAUACUUUAGUCCUUUAGUUUUGGUCCUCAGACCCCUCAAGUUUGUUUUUCAGUUGCUACCAAUGAGCCAGAGUCUGCUCUGAAGGGUUGGAGCUCUACCCUCUGGUAAAAUCAGAAAAUAAAUCUGCUUUCUGACCAGGAGGUGGCGUCACCACAGAUGUGAAAACUGCUCUGGACACCAAGGCUGAAUGCACACUGUAUAGCUGAAACACAUUGGAAGCACAUUUUCUCUCUCUCUCUGUCUCUCUCUCUCUCUGUGAACACACACAGAGUUCAGAAGCACACCAGAAAUAGUUUGUCUGCAGCCCUGAGUGAAGCUGUUUAAAGCCUAAUUUCCCCCCGUUUAACAGAUUAUCAUGAAUGUAUAGGGGGAAAGCAGUGAGAUUGGUAUUGUCGGAAGCUAAUACCAUGUGCACUACACAAACUAAAUGGGAAUGCAAAAAGCUGCAGACCCACAGCAAACUCCACUGAGGGCAAACCCUAAGUUGUACAGACUUGCUUUACACAAGACUAAAUACCCAGCUCUUAAGAAUAAGAUAAGCUAAAUUCAAUCUGAAUUGCUGCUGUUUGCAAAAAAGAAAAAGGUUGUUGUGUUGGCUGAAUAACCCCAGUUUUGAGGAGGUGGGAGGGUCUCCUCAAUUAAUGUAAUCUGUUUCCCCCAAUUUUCCUACUUUCUCUGCUUCUCAUUCUCUUCUUCUUGGUCAUAGGGGUGUUCACACUACACUUAUGUUGGCACCUGUCUGUCUUGAGUGAAGACAAACUGCUGCUUUAGCAACACCAAAGUGACCUCCCUGGGGCACAAGGCUGGGCAAGUGUGUCUGGGAGUCCUGGGCUGCCCAGGAAAGACCAUCUUGGCCUUGCUGAUGUGGCCCAAAGGAAAGCAGAGCAAGCAACACAUUUGGCACCAGCUUGGCUGCGGGAGUUGCCAGGAGGAGGCAGACAAGGCACCAUCCAGCUGCCUUAGGGACUCCACUCUGGAUUUGUGUAGGAGGGUUACUCCUUUGCCUUUUCUUCUCCCAAAGGUAUCCUGUAAGGCAGCAGAGGUUUAGGAUCAGAGAUUUCCUUCUCCUAGAUGGGCUCUUUUUUCAGGCAGGUGAGCCCCAUCUGGCCCUCACUUCCCUCUACAGAAACUGCCUUCUUGACCAUUGGACCCACUUUUGGUCAUAUCUGCUCAAUCUACCAGAGCCUGUCUUCACAUGUAGGGGAAGUCCCUCACUCAUGGAGGAUUUGAGACCCAUUGGCUCCCCUCAGCUGCUUUAGCCGGCCAGUCUAAGCCAUUCCUAGGAUUGUGGCCGCUGCCGCCUGCUGACAGUUGCUAGGAGCCACAGGUGAGAGCUGAGUGCAGAGUGGGGACCAAACUACCCUAGAAGAAGCAUGACGGGCCCCCACCAGAGGUACUACUCUUCCCCUAACACCUCACAUGGCAUUCAACAAAUUUACAAUCAGUAUACCUGCGUACACAAAUAGUUGAGCUGUACACUCAGUUAUUCACUUGUAAAAGUCAACAAGUGUACAGUUUGUGGACACAAUACUUGAACUGUGCAAAUGUGCACACUUCCACACAAGCACUUUUACCUGGGUAGAGACAGAUUGCACCUGGUUAAUGAAUGAAUAAGCCUCUUGUGUCUGGUUGUUCCCUUACAUCUUUGGAUCUUUUUCAGUUUCUCUUUCCCCUUUCUUAAUCUGUUAGUAUUGCAUGGCUUUACCUUCUUCUAUCUUCUUCUAUCUCUCUUUCUCGGCACAAAAUCCUUGGGGAAGGGAGCUUUUGUACCUUGCUUCCGUUACAAAGAGAGGAAAUCUGGUGCAAUUUUAACUGAUAGUUUCAUUAAGAAACACUUCCUCAUUCUUUCCUUGUGCCUGCCUUCUUCUCGGUCCCCAUUAACCGCUCCCCCUUUACCACUGGCUCCUCUUCAGGACAAACUUUCAGAUUACUGAAUGGACCAGCGAAAUCUAGCAAUGUAGUCCAUAAUUCUGGUGCUCUAUACAUUUUGGUAGGGACGCGGGUGGCACUGUGGGUUAAACCACUGAGCCUAGGGCUUGCCGAUCAGAAGGUUGGCGGUUCGAAUCCCCGUGACAGAAUGAGCUCCCGUUGCUCGGUCCCAGCUCCUGCCAACCUAGCAGUUCGAAAGCACGUCAAAGUGCAAGUAGAUAAAUAGGUACCGCUCCGACAGGAAGGUAAACAGCGUUUCCGUGCGCUGCUCUGGUUCGCCAGAAGCUGCUUAGUCAUGCUGGCCACAUGACCCGGAAGCUGUACGCUGGCUCCCUAGGCCAAUAAAGCGAGAUGAGCGCCGCAACCCCAGAGUCGGUCAUGACUGGACCUAAUGGUCAGGGGUCCCUUUAGCUUUACCUUUAUACAUUUUGGUGGUUACUUGAGGCCAGUUCAUUCCAAAACACCCACACCCACACUGGAGGAAUCCAAGCUUAGGCACUGUGGGGCAUUUGCUUGGGCCUGGAGGGCACAUGCAGCAGGACAUGCACUGUGUCAGUAGCCUAACUUUCUGGCUGUAUCUGUAUCUGCUGCAUAGGGAAAGGCUGCUCCUGCAGUAAAGGGAAGAGCUGCAAGUGCUGAAGUAUUUUCCUUGUUGGAAUCUGCAGUCAAUCUGGCAUCAAGUUGCUGCAGAGUCUGUGCUGGCAGUUAUGCAUGGAAAUUUAUACAGGCCAGGGAGAAGUCUCAAGGGUCUGCUUUGUGGUGUCAUUCCCAGGUCCAGUGGCAGAGGAGGAUGCUGAGGAUGCCAGCACAGAGUUCACAGACAGUAUUGAAGAAGAGGCACAGAGAACCACUCGCCAACAGGUGAAUCAGAGAGCAAAGCAUCAUGCUCAAAGGGGCAGAUGCUUCUUCCUGGGAGCAGUGUGGUCCUGUGUAACAGUGGAGACAUUGUUCCUUUGGCUUGGCUUGAGGAGGCUCUGCCCAGGAGGCUGAGUGAGGCAGCCAAAUUCCACCCAUCCCUGCAAUCACCACCAGAGAAGCAAGGAGAAGUGGCGGAGACUUCUGGUGAGAUCUUGCAGAAGUCUCGAGAUCUCAAGGAGCUCUCACCACUGCUGCUCCUCACUUCUCUCAUGGUGUGUGUGUGUGGGGGGGUGCCCCACCUGCCCCCUGUCCCUGUCAGAGAAGCACCUGCAGCUUCCAGGUUCUGGAAAGACCCUCUCAUCAGAUCCUGCCAGAACCCACAACCACAUAACCCCGGUAAGCAAGGCUUUGGUGUGUGCGAACUGCUGCGUGCAAAUUGUUGUCAUUAUGUUGGAAGUCCCAGUAUCGGUCUUCUCCUUGCUGAAGCUGUGCACUUCUGCUUGUUUAGCAACUCAUUCUCUGGCACAUCUUCCAUAGACUGGGUGUUCUGGUCUUUUAGGAGUUAUCUCCUCUUGUUUCAAUUACAUGUUUUAGCACGCCAAGGAAGGAGCUGAUGGCAACUUCGUGGGCCAAAGCAGUUUCCCCGCUCCCUCUCUGGAGAGAGAAAAGAGCCUGCAGGCCCAGCUGCUUUCUGCAAAAUCCGAGACUCAGCAGCUUCGAGAGCAGAAGAAGAAGCUGGAAGGGGAGUUGCAGCAUCUCAAGGGGCAGAUUGAAGAAGCUGGGUUCUCCUCAAUGUCUCAGCUCAGGUAGGCUAGGGUGGCUCCCGGAAAUGUCCUCCUGGAGUGCAGCAACCUCAGUUCUAACGUAAUUGUUUGUUUGUUUUUAAUUAAAUUUAAUUUCUAUACUGCCCUUCCAAGAAUCACAGUGUAGUGACAGUGGUACCUCAGGUUAAGUACUUAAUUCGUUCCGGAGGUCCGUACUUAACCUGAAACUGUUCUUAACCUGAAGCACCACUUUAGCUAAUGGGGCCUCCUGCUGCUGCCGUGCUGCCGGAGCCCGAUUUCUGUUCUCAUCCUGAAGCAAAGUUCUUAACCUGAAGCACUAUUUCUGGGUUAGCAGAGUCUGUAACCUGAAGCGUAUGUAAGCUGAGGUACCACUGUAUAAAAACACAAAAAUACAUAACAUAGUAACAAACAAUAACCCCUUUCCACAGUUUAAAAGGCCAUACAUUGUUUAAUUAGUCAAACACCUGGAAGAAGAGGAAUGUUUUCUCCUGGCUCCUAAAGAUAUGUAAUGAAGGUGCCAGGAGAAACUCCCUAGGGAGAGCAUCCCACAAAUGGGGAGCCACCACAGAAAAGGCCUAUUUUUGUGUUGCUGCCCUUCAAUCACCCAUGCAGAGAGCACACAAAGAAUGGCCUCAGAGAGCAAUUGCAGGGUCUGAGUCAGUUCAUAUGGAGAGAAGUGUAGUUCUUUUUUAAUAAUAAUAAUUUUAUUAUUUAUACCCCGCCCAUCUGGCUGGGUUUCCCCAGCCGCUCUGGGCGGCUUUCAGGAUAUGUAAAAACAUAAUAAAACAUCAAACAUUAAAAACUGCCCGAUAAAGGGCUGCCUUCAGAGGCCUUCUAAAAGUUGGUGGGUGCUCUUACAAUGAAGACUGAUAGUCCUCCUCUUUCCUUGCGUUUGUGAUAUGAGCCAGUGAAACUGAAAUCAAAAUAAAAGGUGUCCAGGCAAAUGAGAAGUCCUGAACCCUUGUGAUGAUUUUCUUUGGGGCAAGAACCACAGAAGUUAAAUGUCUGAUAAGGUUCAAAUAUAGAUGUUUGGAGCAUGUUCCAGGUUGCGGGUUAGGAAUAGGCCUUUUGGCAGGUCCCAGUUGCACAAUGGCUAGUGAUGGGCCAGAGGAAGAGCUUGUAGUUGCAGGUUGGAUCUCUAGCAGAAUGCGCAGAGGCCUUCCAGCCAGCUCCCAAUACAUGCUUCUAGUGCAAAACUGUGCAAGGACGAAUGCCUCGUACCCUGAGGUCCUCUGAGGUCAAAACUUCUUUACACAGGCCGUGAGAAAGACUCUUCAUUCUUUCAGCCUGAGGCGUAUGCAGUGAGGAUGACAAACGCUUCCUCUGCUUUUAAAAUGUUGUUUUCCAACCACCUCCCCCCCCCUUGAAUAUGCUAAACAAAGGGAAUGAUCCUAAUGCUGGUGGAGUCUCAAACACUUCCUGGGCCAGGCAUUGCUGGGAGGAAAGGUUCAAUACCCGGCUAGUCCAGGAGCAAUGCCUGGUGCAAGCGGGAUAAUCCAGGAUGGCCCAGGUAGUGCUCUGCAGGUGUUGCUGGGCCACAUCUCCUGCAACCCCCAGCCAUGGACCAUGCUGUGUGGGGCUGAUGUAGAACAACAGUGGACCAACAACACCUGGAGGGACACCACAUUGGCUGCCCCAGACUUGCCAGUUACCAGUAGUGCUUAAUCUCUGGGUACUGAUUCCUAUGUCUCUACAGGAAGGCCCUGCUGAGUCUGUGUCUCGAAAAUGCAGAGCUCAAGGAGCAAGUUGGAGAAGCAAUGUUAUCCGAGGGUUGGGAGAAUGAGGAUGAAAAGGAAGAGCAAGAGGACCUGAAGUUGGAAGUCAGGAAGCUGCAGGAGAAGCUGCACUCUUCGGAGAUGGUGAUUGGCCUCCUGAAAGAACAGCUGACUCUGAGCAGCCAAGCAGGUGGAAGCAUCUUCCAGCAGCAGGUCGCUGCUGGUGUGACCCAGGAGUCCGAGCAGCUGCAAGUGGCCUUGCAAGGCAGCCUCAAGGGGGCUCCCCAUGACAGUGCUCCACAGCGCCACUGCCCACGUCCCCAGAGUGUGGACACCAGCCUAAAAGAGACUCAGGUAACUCUGGAUUACCUCAGAGCUGGGGAAGAUUUGCCCUAGGCUAGCAGCAGCUGCCAUUUCUACUCAAGAGUUCUUCCUGUUCGAUGGCUCUCUGGUCUCCUGCACAGAACAGAUUUUAAAAGGAUAUUAACUUCCAUAAUGAUGUUGGGCAACGGCAGGAUUUACUGUUCCAAACUGUUGUUUGCAGUACUAACUUAAUGUGCUUUGUAGUAAGCUUUAGCAUCUGUUUAAGUGGGUAAUACAUGUAGUCCUUUUGCGAAAUGUGUCUCACCGGGUUGGUGCAAGUCAAGUGCAGAUCAAGGUAGAAUAAAAGACUGGGUGUGGGCAGUGUAACCUACGAGGGAUAUUUCAUGGGUCAGUUUAAAGUCUGCCCUGAAGACUCACAUGUCUUUUCUGCUGUUGACUGAUACAACCCCUCAUUUCUUCUCCAAAGGUGUGGGAAGUCAGACUGGGAAGCAACUCCUGGCAGCAGCUCAGGCAGCCAGUCCAUCUUCUCCCCUCAGAGCUGCCUCAGUGCAAAAAACAAUGUCACAGGCUGCGGGGCAAACUCCUGGUUUCAGAGGCCACCGUCCUGGCUCAGGUGGCACAGCUGGAGCAGUACCGGGCCCUGCUCAGUGAGUACGGUUGCCCCAGACGUGUGGACACGGAUGAGGGACACUUAAAUCCUAAGGAACAAAAAAGAUGCUGGUUGAUUGUCUGCAGAGAGUUCAUUGUGAGCUUUUGCUGUCUUAUUUCCUGUCCUGAUACAACACAAACUGUGGAGGAAGAGCCGAAAUGCCCAAAGAAGGAUUCCCCAUUGAGCAUGAAGUAGCCUUACAGGGGCGGGGGGAGGAAUGGGCAUGCCAGCAUUAAAAAGGAAGGAAAUGUAAGCAGCUCCAAUUCCCCCCAUUUUGGGUGUUGGUUCCAUUGGUUUUUAAAGCAAAAUUACGUCAUUCUUACACAAUAAAUAUAUUUUAGCUUGAACAAUCAACAGUUCACUUCAGUUAAUUUCAGCUUGUAUGUAGGCUUCAGUGGCUGAGUUAUCUUCCUUUUUGGAAGUGGAAAUUUUGGUCAUGGGAGCACAGUGCUUCCUCUCAAGGGAUGCAGCCAUUUAACCCAGAAUACCACCAUUAUUGAUAAUAAUCCAAAAAAUGCUACAGGGAAGUGUUGUGGAUGGCGUGCAAAGGCCGCAGGGAAGAAAGGGACUCCCUGUUUCGUGGGGGCUCUGCAACUGCUGUUCUCUUCCUCAGUCUUUCCCUCAGGAUUAUGUUCCCAUAAGGGAGGGGGGGCAGAGAGGUUGUGUCCUGGAAUUUGCAGAGGUGCCCAAGGCUCUCUAGUAGCCUUUGCCCUUCAGCCAAAGGCAAGAGGCUAGUAUUUUUGGCUUUCUUUGUAACAGGUGAACCCACAGUGCAGCAGGACACCAAGCAGAUACAAGUGGAUCUCCAGGACCUGGGCUAUGAGACCUGCGGGAAAAGUGAAAACGAGGCUGACCGAGAAGAGGCAACCAGUCCUGGUAACAUGGAAGCCCCCCCAGGCUGGCUGUUGCUGCCCCCAAGGCCUUUUUGGAGUUCCAGCUGAGCUCUUGCCCCACAAGUGACCGAGGGGGGGGGGGCUAAAGCAAAGGCCUCCCGAUGCCAGGGUGAUUCUAAAAGUGGGAUAUAUCUAGGGCAGAGGUUUUCAACCUCUGCCCUUUCUGAGUCCCCGGCUCCCUUGAGCAAUUACAUUCUUUCUGCAGCACCCCUGUGGGGCUCAGGAGCCCAGUUAUGUCCCCCCUUGUCUGCCGAGCUGGCAUUCUCUCACCCUUUUUUGAACACCUUCUCUCAUGGAGGGUUUCCCCAGCCUCCUCCCCUCUCCCCUCUCCCCUCUCCCCUCUCCCCUCUCCUUGGGUGUCCUCUGAGCAGCCUCUGCCACCGCCCCGGUCUCUGAGCUGCCCCCCUGCCAAAAAGAGAGGUGCUUCCUCACACUGCCUGGGAAGACGGUGGCCCCUUGCUCACCUUGGGAGGCAGCAGAGGCAGCAGCAGGCACUGCUGGGCCUGCACGGUGGAAAGGCUCCCCUUCGGCACCAGGCACUCACCUCCCAGGCAAGCCUUGCACACAGCAAGCACCAGGAAGGCCAGGGCAGCGCCUGCCUGCCUGCCCAGCCUCCCACUUGUCCGCCCAUUUCCAACAGCAAGGGUUAGUGGACUGGCUGGCUGGGCUCCCUCACCCCCUUGCUGGCUUACUCCAGUGCUGCCUCAGUUCCUGGCAACCAACACCCCCUGGCCAGCCCCAGAGGCACCAUUCACCUACGGAGCUUGCAACCAGGGCUGCUGCCACAAACAGCUGUGCCAGCCUUUGGGGGGCAGAGACGCAAGAGAGCCUCAGAGGAGGGAGGGAAGGAAAGAGGGACAGAGGCCAGGGUGCCAUAGCAAACUGGUUGAAAACCACUGGUCCAGGGACUAUUUCAUAUGUUCAUUGUGUUAUUUUUAGCCGUACAUCUAAAAAAUUGUAAAUGCAGCCCAUGAGCUCUCAAUCCACAGUGUGGUCCAGGAACAGCUGCCAGGAAGUUGGGAUUUGCAGCAACUCCAUACUGAGUGAAUGUUUGGUGGAAAGGACCCUAAUGCACAGGUGGAAACCCUUUUCGGACUGGUGGACCAGAUCCUCAUCUCCCUCCACCCUGUGCGCUAAUCUUGACUACCUGUGAAUCAUCUGACAUUAUUAUAAUGUCAGGUGACUGAUAGGUGAGCUCCUAGGGGUGCAAGAAGGGGGUCUGCUUCACCAGCAGGACUGAACCCCAUCAGCUGAUGUAACACGUAUCAUGCCAUACAAAAAAAGAGAGAAAUAUAUUUUGAAGCUGCCAAGAAAAGGGAUUUGCAGCCCCAAAUGCCUUUGUCAGGGGCUCAUUUCCUGGUUUCUUAAUGAACCAAUCUCAAAGUCUGUUGGAACAAAAUCUUAAAAUCCCAAUUAUGUCAGCUGGUGGGCGUGGCUUGGGGGAAAUGGCCUUGUGGGCCAACUUGCACCCCCUGGCAGGGCAAUAUUGGUCGUCCCCUCCCCCCGCCCUAAUAUCUCACCUUUCAGUUGUUUCCCCAGAAUGUGAAGAACAUGAUAUGUUCCAUGAGGAGUUGAAGCCUAGGAAGAACAUGCUGGGCUCCCCUCCCAGCCCAUGUGACGAUGCUGCCAUUCUCCGCCAGCAAGUGCGGGACCUCCAGCUACAGCUGCAGAGCUCGCACAGAGUCAUCCAGAACCUGCAGAGUCGUGUGCGCUCCAUAUCUGCCACGAGUGACUAUGGCUCUGGGGGCGAGCGCCCACUCCAGCAGAAACCAGGCUAUGCCCUGGGCAGCUCCCCCUCGCACAGCAUGACGGAAGAAGAUGAAGGCUGGUACUCAAACAGCCUGGGCUCCUUCUGCCCCGCCAGCCUCCAGCCCAGCCGAGACCUGGCCAGGCUCAUCCAGAGGGUGUCCCUGCUGGAGGCUCAUCUGGGAGAGAGCAAGCCCAAGUGGCUGCUGGCCGAGGAGCUGAAGCCUGCAGCAUCUAUGGGGUAGGACUGAGGCAGAGUUCCAGGGGGCAGGGGGGACUGAUCUGCUGGGCCUGGGAGAGUCCGACCUUCACAAGGCAGCCCCUCCAGUGCCUUCUUGCUCCUCCUUUGCCAGGGGGUGGAGUACUAGUACUUUUAAUUAUAAUAAUAAAAUGUUGUUUGAAUGUUCUGCCAUGCGGAAACGGCUCGUAUAUUGAAUAUACCAGAGGAUAUCCAGAAGACCAAUAUAUGAGCCGUUUCCGCAUGGCAGAACAUUCAAACAACAUUUUUUUAUUAUAAUUACUAGUACGAUUAUUAUUAUUAUCAUCAUCAACAUUAUUCAAAUUUUUAUACACCACUUCAUUUGCAGAUCCCAGGGCCAUUCACAAGAUAAAAUUACAAGAUAAAAGCACAAAAUACAUAAUAUAAACAGAAACAAAAAACUCCAUAAAAUGUUAAGGCCUUCUUCCCCUCCCACAAGACAUGGAAACGGGUGUCGGAUGUUAAUCAGCCCAAGGCCUGGUUGGAGAGGAGCAUUCUCACCUGGCACCUAAAGGUGUAUAACCUCCCUGAGGAGAGCAUUGACCUUGUGAAAUUAAUUUGGCAAAGUCAAGCAAGAGUUGUGGAUCCGUUCCAAGGUGUCUUAUUCCCCACGGCAUCCCCCGAAAGUCCGGUGCCUUUCUUUCUCACUGGGGGCUGAGUGUUCCUCCAUCACUUGGUGAGGGGGGAGCCUUGCCUCUCACGGUCCUCUCUUCUCCUGCAGGAAAUACAAUUCGUUGGUCCAGGCUCAGGCUCGGGAGCUCUCCCAUUUGCGCCAGGUGAUUCGGGAGGGACGAGGGGUGUGUCACCUGCUGAAGCAACACUUCCAGGACACCAUCAAGUCCUUCGAGGAGCUCCUGAGAGGCACCGACUUUGAUUACUUCUUGGGCCAAAGCUUCCGUGAACAGCUGGCACAAGGGAGUCAGUGGGCAGAGCGGCUGGCCAGCAAACUGAACAGAAGUGAGUUUCAUCGGCUCUCACAGACUUUGAGUUUGAGGGCUUGUAGGGGUGCAGAUAGGGACCCUAGCACCCACCUGAGAGCUGCUGGAACUGAGUUCCGGCAAGUUCCAGCUGCAAAAAAAGCCCUGCCAGUGGGGAAGUACAAGCUCAGCUUCCUUCCAAGCCAAGGCCUCACCUGGGAUAGAGGGGUUAACAUGACAAAAGGGCUUGAAGGCCCAUCUUGGGCCUGGGCAGAUGGAGGUUGCCAUGGGGAUGGGGGGUGUUUGAGAUGUCAUGAAAAAAGCAAGGUGUACUGAGAAGAAGAAGAAGGGGAGAAUAGACAGAGAUCCAUCUUUGGGAGGCUGGAUGCAGAGCUGGCUGGAAGACAUGCCUUGAACUCCAGUGCUGCUCUGCUGUGGGGAUCAAGUCCCUCUUAAACUGACCAAGCUAUGACAGUCUCCGCUGUGUCUUCAAUCCUCCAAAGGAACACAAACCCUGGGUGAGCACCUGGAACUCCUGGGAAUCUUGCAACCACUCAGCAGAGAGUGGGAGUGGUGCCCAACUUCUGUAACACUACUUAACUAUCUGCUGUGGGCAUUCCUUUGACUGGGAGCAUUUGCAACUUGAGUGAGUUAGAGUGGAAUGUUCACUUACAGUUUCUGGAGUUCAAAGGCUUUAUUCAUGCAGAAACUAUUUACAGGACAAGUGGAGAAAGAGAACAUAGCAGACGUUUUGUCUCAACAAGUUGGGAGAGAGAACAGACUAAAGUGAUUCAGCUUUUGCAGGUGGAGUUAACUUAGACCCAUGAGUGUUGGCUUGAUCACUAGACAAACAGUUCCCUCAUGUGGUUUAAAGUAAUAUGUUCAUUAGCUACAAGCUCAAGAGAAGGAAAUGUUUUUGCUUCUCUCCAACAAGCAGUUAUUCCCACCAUACAGCUUGAGUGCUAAGGCCCAGAGACAGUGUGUUCAUGCUUUAUUGAAUCUUUGACUGAGACAGGUUUUACAAUUAGGCUUUCCUAACAUUGUCUGUGAAAAAGUCUGAAAACCAUAUAGGCAAGGUUUUUAAGAAGCUUUUUUUUUUUUUUUUAAGGGCAGGGUCUUGUUGGAGACUUUGGCGUGACAUCAGUUUUUCUCAGUAUGGAACCCACAUUUUCCUCAUGACUUCCUGUUUUGUCCCCUAUUAGAGAGAGGGAGAGGGAGAAAAAGUAGAGGGACUGCAAAAUCAUGGACUAACCCUGUUCAUCUGAAUUCUGUUUCAGGGAAUGACCUAAAAAUGGAGGACAAAUCUAGUCAUGAACUGCUUACUCUGAGGUAACUGUAGUAGAUUCCUAGCUGCAGGCUUAUUUUGACAUUACUUACUCCAAAUUUGGUACGUCUACGCAUCCGUUUUACUGCACAUCUUAUGUAUGGUAAAUUUUUGCCACUUGGCAGAGUGAUACAGCUCUUCACUUAGUCAAUGGUCUUCUGUAUCCAGUUUCUGUCCUCCCUAUGGGCAUAACUACCCCUCUGCUUCCUUUUUACUUGAAAAGUGUGUGUCACUCCCUCGCUUGGGUCAUGCCACAUUACAAUGCUUUUAAUAAAGACAUCCUGCUUUACUAGCCUCUGGAGACUCCAGGCUGAACCCCAGUAUUGAACCCCAGUAUUUCCAUAACAAUUUGGUGUUAGAAGUGGGAUGCCUGGUCCUCUAGCUCAGGGCUGGGACACCUCAUACAACAACCAGUGGCCCUUAGCAGUGUGGGAUCCUUUGUAGCCAACGCAUGUCCUGUCCUGUAAUAAGUUAUCUCCAAGGGAGAAUUUGUGCCACAAGUAGACUUUGUGAGUUUGCUGGUUGGCACAGAGGACAAGAAAGAGAUCGGCAUGAUGUUAAGUUGACAAGAAGACACCUUUAACAUUUGUGUGAAACAGUUUCACCUGCUCAGAUUCCUUGUUCUGCACAGCCACUAAAAGAGCAGAGAGCCCUGCCCCCCCCAGGUGAUGUGUCUUCUUUGGGGAGGUGGGAAGUCUCUCUGUGGAAAUACUUUGUCCCUCCCCAGACUGAGCAAGGAGCUCCAGGAGAAGGAGCAAACCAUCCAGAGCCUCCAGGCGAAGCUCCACCUGCGCUCAGUGACCCCUUCCAGCAGCCGCACCAUCUCUGAAUCGCCCCGUUCUGGCAGCAGCACUUCCUUUCUCUCAGAUGGCCUGGACGGCUGCUCUGACAUGGAUGAGGGCAGCGAGUGUGUUUUCUGCCAGGAGGACCCUAGUGAAAACCAGCCCCACAGCCUCCGAAACAAAGGUAUAGUCUGAAAGACCUGCCGGAGGAAUGCUCUCUCUCCAGGACUGCUGAGUAGCAUAAAUUGUGCCAGGCGCAGAGACCUCCAAGGACAACGCAGCAGGGAACCUGGAACGGAGACUGGAUCCUAGUUGCUCCAGUUCUACAUGAAGGUGCAAGGGGAGAGAACAGAACAGACCAGGCCUGUCCAGUAGUCCCUUCUCUCCCAAGACAGCCUCUCUAAGGCUCUUGCUUACACUUGGAAAAGCUCCAUUGCAGACUUUCUCCACAGGGUGGGAGCUGCUCCUAGGGGGCUUCCAUGCACAGAUAAAUGUACAGUCUUGCUAAAAACUUUGCAUGGAAAGUCAAAACUAAACCCACAGUGGGGUUCAUGUGUCAGAGAUUGCAAAAGGUUGCCAAACCGUUUGGAAUGAAGGGCUUGUGAGAGGUGAACAAGUAGAUAUCCACACAAUGGGAUUGCUUGCUUUUAUAAAGGAACAACACCCGAAUUACAGGUAUGGUGGGGUGCAGGAUGGAGAGCAUUGUAGAAAAGGACUGAAUACAUGCCUCCUGUUAGUAAUAGGAGAAGAGAAAACAUAUUCAGAACAAGGCACAAGAUUUAGGUUGAACCACAGACAAUCCAUGUUACAUAAUGCUAAGUCUGGUGAACGUUGUUUUGUUCAGACAUUUCCAAGUUCCCAAGGAAUUCACAAAACCAAAGAGACACACACACCGCACGAGUCUAAAAGCAAUUUAGAUUUGCAAGUGAGAUAUUCUGAAUGUGUGUAUCCACUCCUCCGCCAGUUAUUCAGCUGGUGUAAGGUUAGAAGAAGGCUCAGAUCACCAAACUACCUGGUCCUCACGGGGCACCCAAGGGCUUGGGAGGUCUGCACCAUUGCUGUGUAUAUGGGAACAUGCCUUGGUUGCAUUUGAAUACCAUUUCUGAAGGUGGGAGGCAGAUCAUACCUGCAGUUCAGAUGCUUGCUAUACUUUUAAUGCAAUGGUUGUACGACUGCUUUUAUUUUGUCUCUUCUCACUUAAUAUGAGCCACUUUGAGAGCACCAUGUUUUCUUAAUGUGUAGGGUAUAAAUUUAGCCAACAAACAAACAAAUUAUUAUCACUGUCCACAUUUCCUCUCACUCUUGUCUCGUCCAUUGUCAUAUGAUCAGGGCUCCUUUGCCCCCAGAGUUUAGCCAUGAUACUCUCCACAUGCAAAAGCAUUUCCCAUCCUCUCUUUGUGGCUUCUUUUAGACUGUUAUUCCAGCAAAUCUUCUGUGCAACCAUCUCCCCCACCUGCUGCAGCCACAUCUCCUGCUGCUCCAGCGGAGCCCAUCCCAAGGAACCUUCUUCUAUCUCCUUCGCAAGCCACCCAGCAGCCUUGCAGAGGUAUGGUGGACCACAUAAAGCAGAGUGGAAUGGUGGGCAAAUUGUCGGCAUGUGUGGACCUUUAGUUAUAACUUAAUUGAUGUUAUGAAGAUCACCAUGCAACAUAGACGUGUUAGGAGCAAAGGAGGAUACAGUAAAGAAUAUUCAGGGAUCUUAAUUGUCAAGGGGCUAAAGCAUCUCAUUCACCUCCUCCCCUUGGGGCUGCUUAUGACCCAGGCGUUUCCAGCUCAAGCCUCACUGCCUUUAGAUGUGUCAUAAUAUUGAAGACAAAAUGUAGCCACAACCUUUUCCCUGCAUCUUCAACUUGUGGGGAAAACUCCCAUGGAAGAGAAUGAUUUCCAGAUGGCUUGAAUUCCUAUACUGCUUAUUUUUAGAACUUAACCCUUGACAUCAUCAACAACAGCUUUCCCUCAGCUGGGCUGCCUGCCAUCCUGCACCUUUUUUCUGAAUCAGUCCUUUGGUGAGGAGGGAGAAUAUUUGCAGUUUCACCACAUCUUUGUAAAUGUUUAUUUUUCUUCCCAACAAAUAUUAUUUUAUAAAGGUGUUUCAUUGGGGGUAUAGGCCCAGUCAAAAUUUCCUGGGAACCAGCAGAGAGCCAAUGUCAUGACUUCAGAACAGGCACAAUAUGGCUGCAUCUAGGAAAACCGCUCAGAAUCCUAAUAGCAGAAUUCUGCGCUAGUUGCCAUUUUCAAACUGUCUCCAAGGGCAGCCCCAUGCAUAACACAUAACAUACAGAGGGUAAAGGUAAAGGACCCCUGACAGUUAAGUCCAGUCGCAAAUGACUCUGGGGUUGUGGCGCUCAUCUCGCUUGACUGGCCAAGGGAGCCAACGUUUGUCCGCAGACAGUUUUUCUGGGUCAUGUGGCCAGCAUGAGUAAGCCACUUCUAGCGAAACCAGAGCAGCACACAGAAAUGCCAUUUACCUUCCCGCUGGAGCGGUACCUAUUUAUCUACUUGCACUUCGUGCUUUCAAACUGCUAGGUUGGCAGGAACUGGGACCAAGCAACGAGAGCUCACCCCGUUGCAGGGAUUCAAACUGCCGACCUUCCAAUCGGCAAUCAGUGGUUUAGACCACAGCACCACCUGCGUCCCUGACCCAGAGGUUAUCAGAGCAUAAAUAAUCACAAUCAUGCUGUGUCUCUCCUGGAAAGCCCACAGCUGACCAACCAGAUGGAGCUGGUAAGAAGGACCCUUAGCCACCAAAGCCACAAGGUCAAGUGGGGAUGGAUAGAUCAGCGUAUGUCCAUCCUGUGCACAAAAACUACUCUGCCUCAUCCCAUUUAUGGACAGAUCAUUUUAGGGAAAGUUCUAAACUAUCCACAUAGCUGGGGGGGGGGAGAGAUUCUCUUUCGUGGAAUCAGUCAUUCUCGCUGAGCAGACUUCUUGAGCACUCGCUCAAGAGGCGAUAUUGUGUCCUCCAAGCUGCAGCCAGCAUCUUUGGAGAAGAGCCGACUUGGUUCAUAUGUUUGUCUGUCACCUCACCCUCUUAACCUUCUCUCUCUCUCUCUCUCUCUCUCUCUCUCUCUCUCUCUUAUUCUGUGCCUAGGGUUCCAUCCAGACUCUUUGUCCAAGCCAGCUGGUUUGGUUUCAUUUGCCUCCAGGCCCUGCUCCUUCCUGCCUUUGGGGCCUUCUCCUCCAGCCCCAGCUCCACUCCUUGGCUGCUGCAGGGCGCCAGUUUUCUCCCUGGCUGAGGCACAGCAGGAGCUGCAGAUGCUGCAGAAUCAGCUGGGAGAAAGUGAGCGCUUGGCCUCCCUCUCCAACCUCCCACAUGGCUUGCAUGGCUUGGUGAACAACCAUCUUUGCAUGGCCUGACUUCACCUCUUAGAGCAGGGAAACUAACCACCUCCUAGGAUAGCAGAGGCCAUUGCAGACCAACUUUUGUAUGUUCAUUUGGGGCUGGUAUUUUGAGGGUUCCAGAAAGGCAAUGGACACUGACACUGUAGGACGGACUGUGUUCACUGCCAAGAGCAGGGUUGAGGGGGAAAUUAGAUUCAGUUUGCAUUUAAAGGUGAAGCCACUGAAUUCACACUUCUCAAACAAUAUGAGAACCAAAUACAGUCAUCCUUCAACAUCUUUGCUUCCCUCAGCCAACCUGUAUUUCUGGGCCAUAGUGAUGAACAGAGAUGCCACAUCAUCACACAAUAGAUCCCCAAUUAGGAUCUUCUCCCUCUGUGUGUAUUUUAAAUUAAUCUUUAAUCUCAGAGGAUCCAGAUCAGACCGGGAAUUUUAACAGGUAAUCCUCCCCACCCCACCCCCCGCACCAUAUUCCAAAUUAGAACAAUUUCUCCCCAUCCCUCCCCAGCUUCUGGAAGGAUUUUAAUCAGGAGAACAUUGAGGAGAAAGGGGUCAGCCCCCUUCCCUGAUCCCCAGUGUGAGUUGAGCACCCACAGCUCCCUCCCUUUCUAUCUCUCUCUGUGUGUAUCUAUAUCUCCCACAGGAGAUUCUGAUUACAGAUCUCCCAUGUUACAUCUAGUGUGGUUUGAGUUGCCUUGCUUUCUGAGUCUUUCUUAUUGUUGGCAACUUGACAGCUGAAAGGACUUGCUGACCAUAUCAAGAAACAAUGUGUUGUUGUUAUUUAUUGCACUUACUAGCUGUCAUGUUGUUUUAUUUCACUCUGCAUUGCAUCUGCUUCUCUUUGCCCUUAAACACUGUCGUAGCCUAGAAAACCCAGACUGGUUUCAUAGACAGCAGGAUUUUUCCUGAAUACUAACAAAUCUUCCACCAGCAAGAAGCAGGUGCCUAAUUUUUCUCUCUAGAAUUGCACCCAAUAUAGAGUCGUGUUCUGGUUUUCAGAUGCCAAAUACCUGGACACGUGCUGUAGGGAGAAAGUGGGGAAGUUGGCUGAAUGGAGUAGACAGCAGCAGCAGUCCCCACUCCCAUGGAAAGCUUGCAGUGUCACAUAAAAGUGAGCAUGGUGUCCUGCCCUCCUCUUUCUGACUUUCUGCUGUCCCCUCUGCCUAGGUGUGCAGCUGCCAGCUCUACCUCCUGUGAAGUCAGGGUCACCGGCUGGCUGCCUUUCCACGGGCUUCCCUGCUGUCUCUUCCAAGCCCUGCCUCCAGGCCUGCCCUCAUGUGGACCAGUUGCUUCCCAUGCAAAACUCUGCUGAAUGGAACAGGAAAUCUGAGGGGUGGGUGGGGGAGAGCAACCCCCCCUGUUGUAUGCACCUGAACUUCAGAGAGCCACAGGAGAGAUGUGUCUCUGGAAUCCUGCCAUCAUGUUCUUUAGCAACACUUUCUAGCCAGAAGCUCUCAGGUAAACCCUGCAGUCCUGUCCUCUUCAUUGCAUGAGUCAUGAGAACCAUCAUUACCAGCCUUCUUUGAUUGCAUGGUUCCAGGGUAAGAAACCACUGAGUAUUCCUUGGAUCAUGAGUGACAUCCUGCUCUGGAUCAAUGGGCAUUUCCGGGCCUAGCUCUGGUGAGAUUCACCAGCAUCUCUUACUAUUACUGGUAUUACGCAGGUGGUGCUGUGGUCUAAACCACUGAGCCUCUUGGGCUUGCAAAUCAGAAGGUCAACGGUUCGAAUCCCCAUGGCGGGGUGAGCUCCUGUUGCUCUGUCCCAGCUCCUGCCAACCUAGCAAUUCAAAAGCAUGCCAGUGCAAGUAGAUAAAUAGGUACUGCUGCGGCAGGAAGGUAAACAGCAUUUCUGUGCACUCGCUGGCUUCUGUCAUGGUGUCCCGUUGUGAUGGAAGCGGUUUAGUCAUGCUGGCCACAUGACCCAGAAAGCUGUCUGUGGACAAACACCGGCUCCCUUGGCCUGAAAGUGAGAUGAGCGCUGCACCCCAUAGUCACCUUUGCCUGGACUUAACCAUCCAGGGGUCAUUUACCUUUUACCUUUGCCUUAAUAUUGCUCUUGUAGAACAGGAUGUGUGGUUCCACCUUUUCAUGCCAGGUUAUAAAUUUGAGGAUGAUAGUAGCUUGCACAGGUCAGGUCUCCUUCCUAUGCCAGGAAAUUCCCAGAGCUUCAGAAUUACUUUCGGCACAUCCUACCUUGGCUCUCAUCUCUCUUGCAUCUGUGCCCUUCCUUGCUGCUUGAGCACAGCUGGUGGUCUGCUGGAGGAACACCUUUCUGAGAUCCAGAUUCUCCGCCAGCGCCUAGAAGAGUCCAUCUCUGCCAAUGAUCACCUGCGGGAGCAACUGGAAAAACGCCUGUCUCUGGUGCCAAAAAGUCAUGGUAAGAGGAAAGGCAUCCUCACCCUCUCCUCAGGGAGAGAUCUGCCACAGAUGGCACUCAACCCCAAAGUGCUCUGUUGGUGUCUAGAUAUCACACCCGUCACACACCCCCUCAGCUGGGAUCCAGAGGAAGCAAUAAAAUUGACUGAAGGCAUUAUACAGGAAGACUUUAAUUUAGAAGGGACCUUUCCUGAAUGGGACCAUGAGUGACUAGACAUUACAGAAUAAUCUUGGAAAUGCAGAAGAGUAUUAUUGGGUAAAAUAGCAGUAUGUUAAAGUUCUGUUUAAUUCCGUUCCAAGUGGAAAAGCUCUAAGGGGCUCUCUGUAUAUUUCAUACUUUCAGAUCGUACUCAAGUACAAAAUGCUCGUACGAAAUGCCCCUCACUUUUCCUUCCUUGCAUCCAGCCAUUCAGAGUGCAAGGGAUCUCUCCCCUCCCCUGUCUUCUGGUGUACCUGGAUGACAAAUGGAAAGAACUGAAGUCCAGCUUGCCUCCCACAAAGCAGACCCUUCAAAGUCAUUUCCCUUUCUGCCAGUCUGUGGAGGGAGAAGCUCUGAGGCUGGUAGGAGAUGGAGAUCAAAGCUCAGCUUGGACAGCUGGCCUUUCCAUGUCAAGGCCAACCUCCCUUCUACAGCAGCUGGAGAUUCUGAUGGUCACAUGUGAAAAGGCACUAACAUUUUUAUUUUAAUCAAAGAAAUAAUGGCAGUGUAGUUGCAUUCUGUUUGAGGACUCUUUAGUAAGAUAAAAGCACCCCUGACUCUCUCCCAUCCCCAGAGCUGGAGCAGCUGCAGGAAGCUCUGCUGGCAUCCCACUCAAAACUGCAUGACGGCGAGAUGGAGCUGCACCAGCAGCGAGCUGAGCAGCAGCGGCUACAGGAAGAAAUCCGAGGCAAGCAGCAAGACUUUGUGCACCUCCAGGAGGAGUUUCUGGCUCUGCAGAAGAACAAUUCCAGGUAGGCCAAACAGAAUGGCAGAAGUCAAGGAGAUGGAGCAUCUCCUUGCCCUCAAAGUCUUAUGGAGAUGGGAGCUGUUGGGUGUGGAGGCUGGAUGACUAGGAAUUGGGGUGGAGGGACGGGCUUUCUCGGAGGCGGCCUCAGAGCCAUUCACAAGGAUCCCUACAAUGGCAGGCAUCUCCACAGCAAAGACUAACAGGUUUAGUGUGGCGUAGGCUGUCCUGGACUGCAAUCCAUUUCAUCUGAACAUUUCAUCACUCCAGUCCACAAAAGUUUAUGGCCAGAAUAAAUUAGUUUUUAACUUGGUGAAAUCUGCUUCAUUAGUUUUACUGUAAGAUUAAUAAGACUAGCCUUCCAGAAAGCAUCAGACAUUGUUUGAAAAAUAAAACCCCAAAACACUACAGUUGAAGGAAGGAAAGAACUUUUGCUGGAAGAGAACCCAAAAGGAGGGUGAAUGGGCUUUGAUCCCCCCCCCAAGUUGGGAAAGGGAAGAAGAAGAAGGAACGCUGAUGAAGCUGCCUUUAGGCUUUCUGCUUCUUCUUGUCCCUUCAGGAUGGGCCUUGCAGAGACAUCUGACUUCCCAGCCAGAGAUGGCAAACUUCCAUUCAUUUCUUGGGGUUCUCCUUGCAGGCUUCAACAUAGAGUGGCUCUGCUUCAGCAGCAGUGCGAGCAAAACCAGCUGCACUUCCAGACCCUGCAGGCUGAAUUACAGGUCUAUAAGUUGCUGUGUGGCCCACAGUUGAAGGUGGCCUCAGGUGGGUACUAAGCUGCUUCCUGGGACACCCCUGGAAUGCUUCUGGGGGUGCUGGCUGGUUGGGCCUGGGCACUGGAGAAGCAGGUGGAGGCCUGGACUAUAUGGAAUUGGCAGAAAUAACUGGCAGAAUCCGAGACCAGGGAGAAGAGUCGGUGGAAGCAGAUUGGAAGAAAUUUAAAGACUAUUUACAGAAAUAUUGUAAAAUUAAUGAAUGAUAGAAUCAUGUUGGAUAGAAAUUAAGCGGUUUCCAGCUGUAAUGUUCUAAGAGAAUAUGAAAAAAGGGUUAUAAAUGGGUUAAAAUCUAAUGGUAAGGAUUUGCUGAACCAAUAAAUUGAAGUGGAAUACAAAAAAGGAGGUACGAGGAGGUCCGGGAAACAAGCUAAAGGAAAAUAAGUAAUAGAAAAUAUGUGUGUUUUUAACUGUUUUUAUUUUGUAUUUUUCUUUUUUCUUUUUCAUUUUCACUGUAAUAUUUCAAAAAACCUUAAUAAAUAUCUUAUAAAUAAAAAGAGAGAGAAGCAGGUGGAGGCCGAGCAUGCAGGACAUCGGAUCUGCCUCUGGGAAGUCCGGAGUGGAACAGAUCUAUCCCGGAGCUCCUAGGAAGUCUUCACAGGGGCCAUAGGGUUCCCCACUUACUUUGUUCACCACCACCACCAUUAAUACUUGUAUACCCCUUAAUAUGCAGAAUCUGUAAGCAUUUUACAUGAAACGCAGUGAGAUAAUUAAAAAAGAAUGCAUAUGCAACAUUUAAGCAAAAAAUACAAAUAUAUCUGUAAAAACAGAGAAGCUAUCAACAAAACAUUCAGUUCAACAUCAUUAAGUAAUGAAAAAGAACAACAUGAUGAAUCUCAUGAGCCCAGGAAUGCCUGCUGAAUGGGGGGGGGGUGUUAAAGCUGGCCGCUGCUUCUGCCUCACAUUCUGCAGUACAUGGAAGACCCUCUGACCGCUGGUCAGGUGGAUCAGGGUGGAGGAGAGUCCAGCAAUAGCAGGAGAGCCACAGGUUCCCCAUCCUUGGUUUAUCUUUUAGAUAAACUCAGCAACAGUUAUUGGGGGGCUCUCAGAGAAGGCAUGUCAUUCUCUUCCACUUUAUUAUUUUAUUAGUGUUGUUUGGUACUAAUUUUUUUGCUUGUAUCUGUAAAAACAUAAUAAUGAACUAGCAAUUCCCUUCACUCCUAGAUGCUGACAGAAUGCUGGCUUGAGUAAUUUGCCUUAUGACUCUUGUAUCAUUCCUCUUCCUCCUCAAGAUUCGUGUGACUCUUUGAUCCUGUUCCCAUCAUGACCAGACUGAAAUUAAUUAAGCAUGUAUUUAUUCCCUAAUCUUUUGGGAAGUUGCAAUACAUUAUGAACAGUAUUGCUUGAUGGGUUGUGCAGUAUCAGAGCAGGUAUUGGAUGAGAAUAUUGUGUAAUAUUGGGUGAGAAGUCUAGCAUAGUCAGAAGAUUACAAUAAUAACGAUCAUAAAGUAUUGCAACUUCCCAAAAGAUUAGGAAAUGGACAUAAAAGGGCGACUUUUCAAAAGAUUAGCUGCAGACCAAUGGAACCUGUAGAUAAAUAUGCUGGAUAAAUCAACUAAGUCUUUCCUCAUAUACCUUUUGAGUUGGCAACUCAAAAACUGACAACUAAUAUACCUAAACAGAGCAGCCGACACCAUCAGUGGAUUAUUUUAGGGUGGAUGUCUUCCUUGAUCCUCCCUGGAAUUUUCACUAAACCUAAUUCUCUCCACACAUGCAAGGAAAGUCACACCUGACCUGUGUGGAUGCAGGUCAAGGCAAUAGCCAGAAAUUGCAGAUCUUGAUAUUUCACCCAACUCUCACUAAGUUUUAGCAAGAUCUCAUGCGAUCUUGCCAGAAGUCGGUGCUGCUUCUCCACUGGUGGUGGUGGGUGGGGCAGUAUGGCCACGAGGGCAACAGCUCUUGGGCUUUUGCUGCCUGAAGUGGCUGCCUCCCCCCACCUCAUAGGUGAGCCAGUCCUGCAUCUGGUUGUAGCUGAAGAGAGCAAAGCCUGUGUGAUCUGAACUCCAAAGAGGUGCUGACCCAAUUAGGUUCCAGUCUGGUGCUUUGCUUUCAGGGACACAGAAGCAGGAGAAGCCGGUGCUGUUAAACGAUAUCAGCAGCCAGGGGUCCCAUGUGAUCAGCCACCUCAAGGACUACAGCACCCUUAAGAAACAGAUUCUGGAAGGCAAGACUCUGAUCCACAAAAUGGCCUCUCUCCUGCAUCCUGGCCAAGAACUACAGCAAUCAAAGGUAAAGUGGGAAGAUGCAGAAAAUAUAAACUCCUCCGGAGCCACGUGGUCUUUCUCAGCCACACCAUCACGAGACUGCGAGACCCAGGAAUGGCCACAAGUCGUUGGGACUGCAACAGAUAUCACAGGGUAUCUUUCCAGCCCACCUGGGCCAUGGGGAGAAGAAAGGCUGCUCCCUCAUGUUAGGACAGAGGUGCCUCCUGGGAGGACUUACUGAGACAGCUUGAGGACUACCAAAUGCAUACUCUCCAGAAUUACAGUCCCAGAAUUAAAAAACCAUCCCAGCUUCUGAUUUGAUCCCAGAAUAUCCCUAUUUUGCCCGCCAGUGCUAUUGCCCCCACGCUCAGCGAGGAGGGUGAGCUGGUUCUUCUCCCGAGUGGCGGUUGCCUCUUCAUGGCCUUUCAAUGGCUGCCAUUGCUGGCCUCCUCCCUUGGGCAGCUUGUAGUGGCUGCUGAAGGGCAGCCAAGGAGGAGGAGAGGCUUUGGCUGCUGAGGCCCAUCUCCCCAUGAUGCACCGGCUCCCAGGGGCAGGGAGAGGGCAGGAAGAAAGUGGGAGCAGAGCACAAGGAGUCUUGAUUUUGAUUUUUUAAUGCUUUAUGUGUCUGUGUUUAAUCUUGCUGCUUUCUAAAAUUUAUUGAUUGGCGUGUGCUUUUCUUUUUGUAAGUCUACCAAUAAAAUAAAAUCUGGAUUGAGGGGUUUUCUCAGGACGGUGGGGGGGGGGCAUGCCCCAUUGGGGUGGUGCUGGUGGCCCUCACCAUUCUUCUGACAGGAAAUGCUCUGCAGGGCGGGGGAUGCAAAAAAUGGGGGCGGGUCAAGGAGGGCCAGUUGUCAGGUCGUAAGAAAUGUCCCCUAUUUUCAUCUGAGGAAUGUUUGAGAGUAUGCAAAAGUUAAACAUGGGCGUCAAAGUGGCUGAGGUUGUGCAAGAGACUCUCUUGAUAAAAGUUUCUUCUCUCUGCUGCUGUAGAUCUUCUGCCAAGAAAGGAUCAGGCAACUGCUUGCCAACAUGAGUUCUUUGCACCAGAUCCUGGAGAAGUCCGCUUCGCUCCUGGCAACGUUCUGGAGAGCAACCCUUCCCGGCCCUCACAUCUCUGCGCAAGUAUGACAGGCAGCAGGGAGACGCUUCCUCUUCCCAUGCAAAGCAUCCUCCUCCUUUCCUUUAGGAGCAAAAUUCCUUGAAUGCCAUGUGACAGAGAUCUUCCUUGUGCGCUGUCUGCCUCAUGCAGCCGGGUGUUUUGUUUUGCAUGUGGGUGUGUUGGAAAGGGGACGAUGGAGACAUAAGAAAGGGCAGCGUAUUCUAUGUGGUGCAGAGAGAGAGAGAGAGAGAGAGAGAGAGAGAGAGAGAGACUGCUCUUAGGAAGUGGCAUCUCAAGUAGUUUUGUGUCAUGCUGCAGGCAUUCCUAACUUAGUCUCUUAGGGCUGAUUUAUAUGUGCAACAGAAUGAGUGCUAGAAUGGACUAGACUAUUCAAUUCGGCAAAGAAAAUUGCGUUUAUAUACCACUGUAUCAUAAAAAUAUAUCACAGAGGUUUGUUUACAAGAAUAUAAAAACAUAAAACCAGACAAUAAAAUAAUAGAAUGUUAAAAACAAGUUAAAAGCAAAAAAUAAAAUAAAAAAUAAAACAAACAUCAUCAGACCAUUUGGGGAAAGUACUCUAAAUUGCCCGCAUAGACCUAAUGAAACAGAAAUGGUUUCAGCAGGCAUUUAAAGGUUGGCACAGGAGAUGCCUGCUGAAUCUCUAUUGAAUCAUAGAAUCAUAGAGUUGGAAGAGACCACAAGGGCCAUUGAGUCCAACCCCCUGCCAAGCAGGAAACACCAUCAGAGCACUCCUGACAUAUGGUUGUCAAGCCUCUGCUUAAAGACCUCCAAAGAAGGAGACUCCACCACACUCCUUGGCAGCAAAUUCCACUGUCGAACAGCUCUUACUGUCAGGAAGUUCUUCCUAAUGUUUAGGUGGAAUCUUCUUUCUUGUAGUUUGGAUCCAUUGCUCCGUGUCCGCUUCUCUGGAGCAGCAGAAAACAACCUUUCUCCCUCCUCUAUGUGACAUCCUUUUAUAUAUGGCUAUCAUAUCACCCCUUAACCUCCUCUUCUCCAGGCUAAACAUGCCCAGCUCCCUUAGCCGUUCCUCAUAAGGCAUCGUUUCCAGGCCUUUGACCAUUUUGGUUGCCCUCCUCUGGACACGUUCCAGUUUGUCAGUGUCCUUCUUGAACUGUGGUGCCCAGAACUGGACACAGUACUCCAGGUGAGGUCUGACCAGAGCAGAAUACAGUGGCACUAUUACUUCCCUUGAUCUAGAUGCUAUACUCCUAUUGAUGCAGCCCAGAAUUGCAUUGGCUUUUUUAGCUGCCACGUCACCCUGUUGGCUCAUGUCAAGUUUGUGGUCAACCAAGACUCCUAGAUCCUUUUCACAUGUACUGCUCUCAAGCCAGGUGUCCCCCAUCUUGUAUUUGUGGCGCUCAUUAUUUUUGCCCACUUGCAAUACUUUACAUUUCUCCUGUUAAAAUUCAUCUUAUUUGUUUUGGCCCAGUUCUCUAAUCUGUCAAGGUCGUUUUGAAGUGUGAUCCUGUCCUCUGGGGUGUUAGCCACCCCUCCCAGUUUGGUGUCAUCUGCAAAUUUGAUCAGGAUGCCCUUGAGUCCAUCAUCCAAGUCAUUGAUAAAGAUGUUGAAUAAGACCGGGCCCAAGACAGAACCCUGUGGCACCCCACUAGUCACUCUUCUCCAGGAUGAAGAGGAACCAUUGAUGAGCACCCUUUGGGUUCGGUCAGUCAGCCAAUUACAAAUCCACUGAGUGGUAGCAUAGUCAAGACCGCAUUUUACCAGCUUCUUUACAAGAAUAUCAUGGGGCACCUUGUCAAAUGCCUUGCUGAAAUCAAGGUAGGCCCUAUCCACUGCGUUCCAUUCAUCUACCAGGCUUGUAAUUCUGUCAAAAACAAGAUCAGGUUAGUCUGACAUGACUUAUUUUUCAGAAAUCCAUGCUGACUAUUGGUGAUCACAGCAUUCCUUUCUAGGUGCUCACAGACUGUUUGCUUAAUGAUCUGCUCCAGAAUCUUCCCUGGUAUUGAUGUCAGACUGACUGGGUGGUAAUUAUUUGGGUCCUCUCUUUCCCCCUUUUUGAAAAUAGGGACAACAUUUGCCCUCCUCCAGUCUGCCGGGACUUCGCCUGUUCUCCAGGAAUUCUCAAAGAUGGCUGCCAGUGGUUCUGAGAUCACAUCUGCCAGUUCUUUUAAUACUCUUGGAUGCAGUUCAUCUGGCCCUGGAGACUUGAAUACAUCUAAACUAGCCAAGUAUUCUUGUACUAUCUCCUUAGUUAUUCUGGGCUGUGUUUCCUUUGCUGAAUCAUUUGCUCCAAAUUCUUCAGGUCGGGCAUUGUUUUCUUUAUUGGAGAAGACUGAGGCAAAGAAGGCAUUGAGGAGUUCAGCCCUUUCUGUGUCCCCUGUUUGCAUUUCACCAUCUUCUCCUCUGAGUGACCCCACUGUUUCUUUGUUCUUCCUUUUGCUACGAACAUACCCAUAAAAGCCUUUUUGUUGCUUUUAACCUCUCUAGCAAGCCUGAGUUCAUUCUGUGCUUUAGCUUUUCUGACUUUGUGUCUACACGUGCUGGCUAUUUGUUUGAAUUCCUCUUUGGUGGUUUCCCCUUUUCCAUUUUUGGUACACAUCCUUUUUAAUCUUAACUCAGUUAAAAGUUCUUUAGAUAGCCACCCUGGCUUCUUUAGGCACCUUCCAUGUUUCCGUCUCAUUGGUAUUGCCUGACGUUGUGCUUUUACUAUCUCCCUCUUAACAAACUCCCAGCCAUCAUGAACUCCCUUUCCUUUUAGUAUUACUGUCCAUGGGAUCUCACCCAGCACUUCCUUAAGUUUUAUGAAGUCGGCUUUCUUAAAGUCAAGAAAUUGAGUCCUAGUAUGCUUGGCUGCUCCUUUCCUCUGAAUAGUAAACUUCAGAAGAGCAUGAUCACUCGCGCCUAAUGAUCCUUCCACUUCUACCCCACUAACCAGGUCAUCAACAUUGGUUAGGACCAGAUCUAAAAUGGCUGUUCCUCUUGUUGCUUCUCCCACUUUCUGGUCAACGAAGUUGUCUGCAAGGCCAGUGAGGAAUCUGUUUGACCUUAUGCUCUUGGCUGAGUUUGACAUCCAACAAAUAUCCGGGUAAUUGAAGUCCCCAUUACUACUAUCUCCCUUCCUUUUGCAUGCUUGGCCAUCUGUUCCAGGAAGGCAUCAUCUAUGUCCUCCGUUUGGCUUGGGGAUCUAUAGUAAACUCCCACAAUGAGGUCACUGUUAUUCUUCUCUCCCUUAAUUUUGACCCAAAUGUUCUCACUUUGGGUUUGAGGUUCUAAAUCUUGGAUCUCUUCACAGGUAUACACAUCCCUGACAUAUAACGCCACUCCUCCUCCUUUCUUGUCUGGUCUGUUUCUCUGAAAUAGAUUGUAUCCCUCCAUUAUUACAUUCCAAUCGUGGGACUUAUCCCACCAGGUUUCAGUGAUGCCUAUUAUGUCAUAUUUAGUUUGCUGUACCAAGAGCUCAAGCUCAUCUUGUUUAUUUCCCAUGCUUUGCGCAUUUGGCAGGAGUUCCUCAGGAGUGGGCAGAUGAUCCUAAAGGCUCAACUUUUCAUUGUUUCCAAAUGAGCCUCACCAACUCAGGAAAUGACAAGAGACACUCCUGCACAUGAUCUCAGUGAUCGAGCUGGACUAUAAGGGUUCAGGUGUCCCCUGAGGUACGCUGGACCUAAAUUGUUCAGGGCUUUGUAAAUCAAUACAAGGAUAUUGAACCUGGCUCGGUAGCAGGUGGGCAGCCAGAGCAGCAGUUUUAACAAUGGUGUGACCUGUCCUCAGUCAGAAGCUUCCGCCAACAGUCUGGCUCCCACAUUCUGCCCCAGCUGGAGCUUCCAAACCAGACCCAAGGGCAGCCCCACAGAGAGCGCAUUGCAGUAGUCUGUCCUAGAGGUUACCAACGCAUGAACUACAAUGCUGUUUUACUUUUGAAAAGUGAAGAAUUAUAAAAUGUCUUUUACUCAUAUGUUGCUUGAAGAGGUGCAGCACAUUCUUUUACCUGCAGGAGUCCAUAGCCUCGUUCUGUUUCAUGGUUGGACUGCGUCACUUUUGGAGAUGCCAUAGAAAAUAAUAACCAGCUUCUUUCUCAGGAGCCAUCUCGGAAGGAGGAGAUCCAGGAGCUCAGAGCCAGACUAGCUGAACCAGAGAGUCGCCUGCGGACUGCCGGCCAUGGGAAGGAGAGCAUGGAGAGCGUCCUCCUUAGCCACUGUGAGCUGCCUCCCAGCUGUGAGGUGGUUGGUUGGGCAGGGGUGGGUGGCUUGGCUGUGCAGUCCUCAAGGCAUUCAUCCAGCCUACAGAUCCAGAGCGGGCAAGACUUAGGGUCCUCCUGCCCUCUUUGCAGCUGAAUCCACAGCAACCAGAAAACAACGCUGGGUCAUGUUUUGGGGCAGGAAGGGAGUGGAGAGGAAGAAAACUACAAGUUUACACUACAAGUUUACAUCCUUGUAAUUAAAAAUAGGAAUGGGUGAUUGCCCUCCUUUUUGCCUCAGAAGUACUUGGGGGGUUUCAGGAAAUUACAAUCAAAGACUCAAGAAGUCUGGAGGGCCUUUUCCUCCACGGCCUCCCACAUCUGGGUGCUUGUCAUGAGGCAGAGGGAGCAGAGGCGCCUGCUCCUGGGCUGUGUGCCGGCCUCAAUUCUGUUCCCAGUAAUCGGAGCAGAGGUGCUCAGGGAGUGCCUUGACUCAAAUGCCUGCCUAGUUCUAAUGGUAUGUUUGAUAAAGUCUUCCCAGCCCCACAGCAUAAGCUAUUGUUAUUACAUGUAACAGACAUUGUUUUCUUUGACUUGGGGCUGUAUCCUAGCAGUGGGCUGGCUACUGUCCUGUGCAGCAGUAAGGCAUAUUGGGCCUCUGCAUAGCUGGCUGGCCCCCCACUGCCCUCUACUGCACGAAGGGAAAUCUCACAAGUUGCCUGGGCAAUGAAGGAAAAGCAAUGAAGGGGUCAGGGAGGAAAUGUUCAGAGACAAGCCUGAUUGUUACUUUGCUUACAGUGACAAGGACAUACGAUGUGCUGAGGAAAGCAAGGAUGAACCUGGAGGUAAGUCCAAGCCCACUUACCUGCACAAUGAUACAGGUGAGCCAGGAGGCCACAGAGGAAUGCAGGCCUGGCUAGGCCAGAGUUCACUUGGCCUACAAGUCGUGGUGGCGUUGCUGUUGAGCACCACAGGGCUUGCUCCGAAGGCCUUACUCCACUGCUGUCCCUCUUUCUUGUGCAAGGCUACAAACCCUUUCACACUUCUUAACUACCCACACAGGUGUUGGCCCCUGGGUCACAGGGUCACCACCCCCAGGCUCAUGUUCUUGAAAAAAGGCAUCCCCAUAAUGGGGAGAGAAACACUCAGACUUUUUCCUACUUUCAAGGGCUUUUGUUCAGUUUACCACCCUCCCUGCCUGCUCUAGGCCAGCAAAUUCUCCAAGAUAAUCAUAGAAGCUGGGAAAGAACUGUGAGGAAGCAGCAGCUGAGAAAGUCCUAAGACCAGGUUGUCACUCGUGUGCUGCUUCUUUUUCUGCUACUCCAAGGAAGAGAAACGCUGCCUCUUCUCCAGACUGUCGGGGAGCGCCUUUAACCUCCAACCUGCUGCACAAAUGCCUUAUUGCCUUUCAAAUCCAGACUAUCACCAGCUUAGAGAGGGAGGAGGUCCUGUUCCGCUCUCCACACCCGCUGAGAUAGUGCUGGUCCCUGGCUUUCAUGUGGGCUAAGCAGCCUUGUACCCAGAAUAUAGGGGCCCCCAAGCCAGUUUUGUAGUCUGCAGUGGGUUGUGUUUACUCCCCACCAUUUGCAGCCAUGGAUUUCAAUUCAAAGUUGGUGUUGCAAAAGAUAUUGUCCCAUGGCACCAGUGUACCACUCCUGCCCUUUAGAGCCCUCAGAGCUCCUUGUCCCCACUGCAUGGUAGGGUAGGGUUAAGCAGCAGGAUGAGAGGGAGGGAGUUAACCCCGUUCUUAGACCUCUGCUUUGUGCACUAUCCUCUCUAGGGGAUCUCCCCCCAGCCUCUUCCAUCCUGUGACCAUGUUCUUGCAUGAGCGAAGAAGGAAACCUAGCAGCUCAAGUGCCCAGAAGCAGGUGGAAGAAAACGAAAUUCAAUUACAGUUCGUCACCCAAACCCAGGCAUCAGAAAAUGACCCUGCCCCAGACCGGCAGCUCUUCAUGGUCCAGCAAGCCCUGACUUUUAGGAUUUGUCCUGGAACCCAACCACUGCCUGACUUGCCAACUCCAUCUCCUUCAGGGUGCGGCACCAAGCUGCUCCCGACCACUGCCUGUGUGUGCUCUGGAGUGACUGCUGCUAGGGAUCAGGCUGCAAUUUGCCUGGAAAUGAUCCAGCCAAAAGUGCAAUACUAUACUAAAAAUAAACUACUGCUAUAAAUGCUGCUAUCUGGGGGAAAAAGGAGUGCUCUAAAUGUGGCUUCAUCCGAAGCUGCACUCGUCUGACUCUGUGAGGCUGGCUGGCUGAGGCUCAGCUGCUUCUAGCAUUCUCCUGUGUAUGUUGCUGUAAAUCAGGGUGUAGAAUGUAAGGCAAUGCUUUCCUUGCUCCAGAGAAGUACGGCCUUGAGAUAUAUUAUUUGAAAAUGUAAUUAUGCUGAAUUACUGGGGAAAGGGGAGAGAGAGCAAGGCUCCCUUAGCCCCGGCAACAUUUGACUCUUCAGCUACUCAUUUCCAUCUUCUGAACUCAAAGCCAGCCCCAUCAGCCCUUAGGCUGUUUUCUGGUGUGUAUCUCAAGUCACCUUCUGCAAGACUUCUUGUGACUGUUGCUUACCUGGAACAGGUAACACCAGUUUACAUGUAAUGCACACAACAACUAAUUGUGAAAGGAUUAAAGAGUCCUUACUAUAGUCUGUAUGCUGUUAAGAAGGGCUCUAAGGGAUGGAGGGAAUGAAAGUUGGCUUUGCUUAAAUUUAUUGAAAGACAUGAACCAUGUUUUCUUUGUAUUAUUUGAAUUCCCAAUAAAACUUUUUUUUAAAGUGAAUGAAGUUUGCUUAUGAUGGAAACGG